GUUCCCGGCCUGGACGCCUCGGCUGGAGGGACUGCUGUCAGGAGGACGAACAGAACUACACGGCGCCCGCCUGUAGUUUUGUUUUCUACUGAGGGCUUCCUGCGCCGCUCGGCUGCUCUUCUGGACUUUCUGACUGUUUCUGGAUAAAGGUUUUAGAUUUGCUGCCCCCCCCCGCCCCGCUGAGGGCCCCCCAGGCAUCCUUGUGCUGACAGGGUGCCGACCGUGAUGUCAACACAGGCGCCGACGUUUACUCAGCCGCUACAGAGCGUCGUGGCACUAGAGGGUAGUGCCGCCACGUUCGAGGCUCAAGUUAGUGGUUCUCCAGUUCCUGAGGUGAGCUGGUUCCGUGAUGGCCAGGUUCUUUCCGCCGCAGCUCUGCCCGGCGUCCAGUUCUCGUUCAGCGACGGCCGCGCUGUUCUGAGGAUCCCCGCUGUGAAUGCCGCACACAGCGGGCGCUUCUCCGUCAGAGCUACCAACGGCGCCGGGCAAGCCACCAGCACCGCUGAGCUCCUGGUUACAGCCGAGACGGCACCUCCCGCCUUCCUUCAGAGACUCCAGAGCUCCUCUGUGAGUCAGGGCAGCCAGGUGAGGCUGAGCGUCAGAGUCUCAGGAAUCCCCACACCUGUGGUGAAGUUCUACAGAGAAGGAGCCGAGAUCCAGAGCUCCACCGACUUCCAGAUCCUCCAGGACGGAGACCUGUACAGUCUGCUGAUCGCAGAGGCCUUCCCGGAGGAUUCUGGGACGUAUUCAGUGACGGCUACCAACAGCAGCGGACGCGCCACGUCCACCUGCGAGCUUCUGGUCCAAGGAGAAGAAGUUGUUCCCAUUAAGAAAACAAAGACUAUCAUGUCCACGUCCCAGAUGGAGACGUCUGGGUCCAGAGUUGAGAGGAUGGAGGCCAGUUUCCAGGCCACCACCAUGAUGGAGAUGCACGUGGAAGGAGGAAUCAUGACUCAGCACAUCGCGCACAAAACCCCCCCGAGGGUCCCCCCGAAACCCACCUCCAGGUCCCCCCCGUCCUUCGUAUCCAAGGUAACGGGAGGCCGGCAGCAGUCCCCGUCCCCUGUAAGACACGUGAAGGGGCCGACGCCCGCACCUGUCAGACCCGUCUCUCCCUCCAGCAGGAUGUCCGUCUCUCCCAUCAGACCCGUCAGGUCUCCUGUGAUGAGCAGAAAACAGGUUUCAGCCUCUGCAGAGGUCCUGCCGCCCUGGAAGCAGGAGGACUACGUGGCUGAAGGCUACACCAGUAUGACCAGUAUGACCAGUAUGAGCAGUAUGAGCAGCUCCACUCAGAUGCACAUGGAGAAACAGUGGGAGCACCAUGUGGCCGGUGGCAGAGAGGGUGAGGGGGAGAAAAAAGCCGAGGCGGUCGCCACCGUGGUGGCCGCCGUCGACCUCGCUCGCGUUCGGCGGCCCGUGCAUGAGGAGGGCGGCUGGGCUGAUGAAGAGGAGGAGGUGAAGCAGCAGGCAGCAGCCGUCACAGAAAAACAGGUCGUUACUAAAACAGCCACCGCUGAAGCCGCAGCAGCUGAAGAUCAGCGACAGGUCCAGAUCCAGCAGAUGCAGCAGGUCCAGAUGCAGCAGGUCCAGCAGAUGCAGCAGGUCCAGCAGGUCCAGCAGAUGCAGCAGGUCCAGGUUCAGCAGAUUGAGAGAACCACCCAGGUCUCCUCCCACGCGGACUCUGGCGCCGCUGUCCCUCAUUUCACCGUCUCUAAAGUUUCUGUUCCUAAACAGGAACCGAGCCGCGAGGUGUCCAUCACUGGCUCGGCCAUCGCUGCUCUGCACAAAGAGCUGUCCUCCCCCACUGCAACCAGGAAGAUCAUCAAACCCGUCAAGUCUCCUAGUCCGUCCCGCAGAUCGAGGGUGGAAACUAGAGUCACACUGGAGCCCCUCCCACCGCCAUUUAAGGACGUCAGAUAUCAGAGCCAGUUUGGGGGCGGGGCUUAUGCAGUGUGUGAGGAGGAGUUUGAGGACUGGGAGCCCCAGGAGGCGGUCGCUGUGCCAAUGAGAGCCCAGGAGCCUGCUGUCCCGCCCACUAUCAUGGCAGGACUGAAGAACCUGACGGUGACUGAGGGCGAGUCGGUGACCCUGGAGUGCCAGAUCAGCAGUCAGCCCACCCCCGUCAUCAUGUGGUUCAGAGAGGACUACAAGAUAGAGAGUUCAAUCGACUUCCAGCUGAGCUACGAGAGCGGCUUCGCCCGGAUGACGAUCCGUGAGGCGUUCGCCGAAGACAGCGGCCGCUUCACGUGCACCGCCACCAACGAGGCUGGAACCAUCAGCACCUCCUGCUACCUGCUGGUUAAAGUGUCAGAGGACAUAGAGAGCAGAGAGGAGAUGGUGACGGUCACAGAAACAGGAAUCACACAGGCCAAAACCUUUGCCGUCGAGACGAGGGAGCAGACGGAGGUGAGCGCCGGAGAAUCUGCUGCUCCCUUCUUCAUUAAGAAACCCGUCCCCCAGAAGCUGGUGGAGGGAGGGAGUGUCGUGUUUGAGUGUCAGAUCGCAGGAAACCCCAAACCUCACAUAAUUUGGAAGAAGAGUGGUGUUCCGCUCACCACUGGAUACAGAUACAAAGUUGCCUACAAGAAGGACACUGGAGAAUGCAGACUGGAGAUCUCUAUGACUUUCGCUGACGAUGCUGGAGAAUACUCUGUCUUUGCUAAGAAUCCACUUGGAGAAGCUUCAGCCUCUGCCAUCCUACUGGAUGAAGAGCAAUAUGAAGCCUACAUGAAGCAGCAGGACGUGACCUAUAAAACCGAAGUGACAACCACCGUGAUCCAGGAACCCCCUCCAGUCGUGACUCAGUACGAGUUCGAACAAAGGAGGGUGACGACUCCAAUGAGCUUCGUCUCAGAGACGGAGUUCAUGAUUUCAGCGUUUGAAGAGAGGAUCAUCCAGGAGAUCGAGAUCCGCAUCUUGAGGAUCUCCUACAGAGAGUUGGUGACGGAGGACGGAGAGCUGAUGGUGACUGUCGCAGAGGACCAGGCUCUGCAGCCGGCCUUUGAAACACCAGUGAAAAACUAUCGGAUCAUGGAGGGAAUGGGAGUCACCUUCCACUGCAGGGUGUCUGGAACGCCACUCCCCAAGAUCGUUUGGUACAAAGAUGGUCAGCGCAUCAGACCCGGUGGGCGGUACCAGAUGGAGGUUCUCCAAGAUGGACGAGCCAGCCUCCGUAUGUCUGUGGUCCAACCAGAGGAUGAAGGAGUGUACACAGCCUUCGCCUCAAACAUGAAGGGAAAUGCUGUCAGCUCUGGGAAGCUCUACGUGGAGCCCUCUGGAGGUGUAACCCCUCCCAGAUACACGCCACAGCCGUCCAUGCAGCGGAUCAGAUCCGCCUCUCCUCGCUCCCUGAGCCGCUCCCCCGGUCGCUCUUCGAGCCGUUCGCCAGGACGUUCUCCGGCUCGCCGACUCGAAGAGACAGAUGAAGCUCACCUGGAUAGACUCUACAAACCAGUGUUUGUCCUUAAGCCUUCCUCCAUAAAGUGCUCAGAGGGUCAAACCACAAGAUUUGACUUGAAGGUUGUCGGCAGGCCAAUGCCUGAAACCUACUGGUUCCAUAACGGACAACAAAUCGUCAAUGACUUCACACACAAGAUAGUGAUUAAAGAGGACGGUACCCAGUCCCUGAUCAUCGUCCCGGCUGUUCCAAAAGACUCCGGAGAAUGGACGGUUGUGGCUCAGAACAGAGCUGGACGAACGUCUGUAUCCGUAACUCUCUCAGUUGAACCCAGAGAAAGCGUAUCCAGACCACAGUUUGUGGAGAAGCUGAAGAACAUCACCGUGAGGCAGGGCACGCUGGUGGAACUGGCUGUCAAAGCCAUUGGAAACCCCCUGCCAGACAUUGUUUGGCUGAAAAACAGCGACAUCAUCAGCCCACAGAAGCACCCACACAUCAGGAUUGAAGGAAUCAAAGGAGAAGCCAAAUUUCAAAUCCCUUCAGCUGCCGGCUCUGACAGUGCCUGGUACACCGCCACAGCCAUCAACAAGGCUGGCAGAGACACCACCCGCUGCAGAGUCAACGUUGAAGUCGACCACGCUGCCCCUCAGAUUGAGAGGAAGCUCAUAAUUCCUAAAGGAACCUACAAGGCAAAGGAGAUCGCAGCUCCUGAGCUGGAGCCGCUCCAUAUGCGCUAUGGCCAAGAGCAGUGGGAGGAAGGUGACCUUUAUGACAAGGAGAAGCAACAGAAACCAGUGUUCAAGAAGAAGCUGACCUCCAUCAGGAUGAAGCGUUUCGGUCCGGCUCAUUUCGAGUGUAGGCUCACUCCCAUCGGAGACCCCACCAUGGUGGUGGAGUGGCUGCAUGACGGGAAGCCUCUGGCUGCUGCUAACAGGCUGCGGAUGGUCAACGAGUUUGGCUACUGCAGCCUUGACUACGAGGUCGCUUACGCUAGAGACAGCGGCGUGAUUACCUGUAGAGCCACCAACAAGUUUGGAGUUGACCAGACCUCAGCUACCCUGAUUGUCAAGGACGAGAAGGGCCUCGUUGAGGAAUCCCAGCUCCCUGAAGGCAGGAAGGGAGCCUAUCGAAUGGAUGAAAUUGAGCGUUUUGCUCAUGAAGGAGGGCCUGCAGGGGUCAGCCUUGAUGAAGAAUCCGAAAAGACAAAACCUGAUAUUGUCUUGCUUCCAGAACCAGCAAGGGUGCUGGAAGGGGACAUUGCUCGGUUCCGCUGCAGGGUGACUGGCUACCCGGCUCCAAAGGUUAAUUGGUACCUUAACGGACAACUCAUCCGCAAAAGCAAGAGAUACCGACUCCGUUACGAUGGAAUCUACUACCUGGAGAUCGUAGAUGUCAAGUCCUACGACUCUGGUGAGGUCAGAGUAGUUGCAGAUAACCCAUUAGGCACGACCGAGCACACCGUGAAGCUGGAGAUCCAACAGAGAGAGGACUUUAGAUCAGUACUGCGGCGUGCCCCAGAACCCAAAGCUGCUGAGGUCUCUCAUGACUCCGGCAAAAUCGGAUUUGAUAUCGUCAAGGUAGACAGACCUAGCGAGGUCCCACAAGACAGGGAAGUCGUUAUGCUACGUAAGGCCCAGAGAAUUGUUCAUGAGAAAACCUCAGAGGAGUCUGAUGAGCUAAAGAGCAAGUUCAAGCGCAGAACGGAGGAGGGUUUCUACGAGUCUAUAUCUGCAGUCGAGUUCAAGUCUCGCAAGAGGGACGACUCCUAUGAAGAUUUACUAAAGAAGACUAAAGAUGAGCUGCUUCAUCACAUGAAGGAGGUAGAAGAGGCUGAAAGGAGGAGGCUGGAAGAGCAAGGAAACAUCACCAUCCCCACGAUCAAACCAGAGAGGAUCCAGCUGUCACCCAGCAUGGAGGCUCCACACAUCCUGGAACGCAUAGCAAGCCAGACUGUUUCUCCAAAAGAUGAGGUUCACUUUAGAGUCAGAGUGGUUGGCAGACCUGAGCCUGAGUGCCAGUGGUUCAAGAACGGUGUCCUGCUUGAAAAAUCGGAGCGUGUCUACUGGUAUUGGCCAGAAGAUAAUGUGUGUGAACUGGUAAUCCUAGAUGUUACAGCAGAGGACUCUGCAAGCAUCAUGGUCAAGGCCAUAAAUGUCGCCGGAGAGUCCUCCAGCCACGCCUUCCUCCUGGUGCAAGCCAAGACAGCCAUUAGUUUUACUCAAAACCUAGCAGAUGUCAAUGCCAAUGAGAAGGACACCAUGGUGACCUUUGAAUGUGAAACCAACGAACCAUUUGUCAAGGUCAAAUGGCUGAAGAAUAAUGAUGAGAUUUUCUCAGGAGACAAAUACAGAAUGCAUUCUGACAGGAAGGUCCACUUCCUGUCUGUGCUGAUGAUAGAAAUGAGCGAUGAUGCCGAAUACUCCUGUGUUGUCAUUGACGACGAAAACAUCAGGACAAGCGCAAGGCUGCAAGUAGAAGGUGCUGCUCUGGAGCUUAUCAAACCCCUGGAGAGCAUCGAGGUACCAGAGAGCUACGCUGGAGAGUUUGAGGUUGAGGUGUCCCGCGAAGAUGCUGAGGGAACGUGGUUCUUUGGAGAGAAGGAGCUCUCUCCCAGUAGCAAAUAUGUCAUAUCCUCCCGCCGAGGACGACACACACUGGCCGUUAAGGACGUCAGGAAGGAAGACCAGGGAAAGUACACCUUUGUUUGUGGAGAUCUGAGCACCAGUGCCGCGCUAAAAAUGAAAUUGCGCCCAGUGACCCUGAUGCAACCGCUGACUGACCUCACUAUCUGUGAGGGGGACAUUGCUCAGCUGGAGGUCAGGUUCUCUCAGGAGAACGUCGAAGGAAACUGGCUUAAAAACGGCCAAGCAAUCUCCGCCUCAGACCGUGUCCACAUCGUCAUUGACAAACAUGUACACAAACUGCUAGUGGAGAACGUCAGCAGAGAAGAUACGGCGUCCUACUCCUUCAUAGUUCCAACUCACGACAUCUCCACCUCGUGCAAACUCAAUGUGCAGACCAUUGACAUCGUGGUGCCGUUGAAGGACGUUUCGUCCACCGAGGGCACAAAGGCGGUCCUUGAGUCCAAGAUCUCUGCUCAGGACAUCAGCUCUGUCAAAUGGUACCACAACGACAAACUGCUGAUGCCCAGUGACCGCGUCCAGGCUGUGGCAAAGGGUGCCAAGCAGCGCUUGGUCUUCACCAGGACCUUUGCUUCAGACGAAGGACGAUACAAACUGGUGGUUGGCAAGGUGGAAACCAGCUGCAACCUGACUGUUGAACAGGUCCAGAUUGUGAAGCACAUGGAGGACAAAGUCUGCUCAGAGUCCCAGAACGUUACCUUCAGCGUGGAAGUUUCACAUCCUGGUAUCGACCCCCUGUGGACCUUCAGAAACCAGCAGCUCAAGGCUGGGGCCAAAUACAAGAUAGAAUCCAAGGGUACUUCUCACUCUCUGGUGGUCUUUGACACCAUGAAGGAUGAGGAGGGCCAGUACAUGUUCCACGCUGGAGAAAAGACAUCCAGUGCUCAGCUCACUGUCUCUGGUGGAGCCAUCACACGUCCACUGCAGGACGUGGCGGUCGCCGAGUCUCAGACUGCUGAGUUUGAAUGUGAAGUCGCCAACGCAGACGCUGAAGGCAAGUGGCUGAAGGACGGUCAGCCCGUGGACUUCAAUGACAACACUGUGAGCGAGGUGAACGGGGCGGUCAGACGCCUCGUCAUCGUCAUCACCCGACCACAGGAUGUCGGAGAGUACACCUAUCAGGUGGCCAACUCUAAAACCAGCGCCAACCUCAAGGUGGAGGCGGUGAAGAUCAGGAAGACUUUAAGGAACCAGACAGUCACAGAGACCCAGGAGGCCAUGUUCUCUCUGGAACUCACCCACCCGGACGUGAAAGGAUCCCAGUGGAUCCGGAACGGAGUUGAACUGCAGAACAGCGACAAGUUCGAGAUCAUCUCAGAGGGAACGAUCCAGACUCUGAAGGUCAAGGACUGCAACACACAGGACGAGACGGUUUAUUCCUUCAAACUGGGAAAACUGUCCGCCAACGCCAGACUCAACGUAGAGACGAUCAAGAUUGUCAAGAAGAUUAAGGAUGUGAAAUCCCUGCUGGACGGCACAGCCUCCUUCGAGCUCAGCCUGUCGCACGACAACGUCCCUGUGAAGUGGAUGUUCAAGGGCGUCGAGCUGAAGUCGAGCGAGAAGUGCAAGAUUCUGUCGGAGAGAAAAGCUCACAAACUGAUCCUGCAGAACGUGGACAGCAGCAACGCAGGAGAGUACACAGCUGUGGUUGGACACCUGCAGUGCAGCGCCGUGCUUACUGUAGAGGCUCUUUGCGUCACCAAACCUAUGAAGAGUGUGGAGGUCCCUGAGACUCAGGUGGCCACGUUUGAGUGUGAAGUGUCCCACUUCAACGUGCCCUCCACCUGGCUCAAAGACGGCGUGGAGAUCGAGAUGAGCGAGAAGUUCCGCAUUGUGGUUCAGGGAAAACUGCACCAGCUUACCAUCAUGAACACCAGCAGGGAAGACUCUGCCGAGUACACCUUCAUCUGUGGGAACGACCGCGUGUCUGCGACGCUCACCGUCAACCCCGUCCUGAUCACCUCCAUGCUGAAUGACCUGAACGCUCAGGAGAGAGACACCAUCACCUUUGAGGUCACUGUCAACUACGAGGGCAUCAGCUACAAAUGGCUGAAGAACGGCGUGGAGGUCAAAUCAUCAGAAAGGUGUCAAGUCCGCAGCAAGCAGCUCACGCAUUCACUUACGAUCCGCAACGUUCAUUUCGGAGACGGAGGAGAGUACCAGUUCGUAGCAGGCUCUGCUGCAUCCUCUGCUAACCUCUUUGUUGAAGCUCGUGUGAUAGAGUUCACCAAGAAGAUUAAAGACAUAAAGAUAACUGAGAAGAAGAAGGCGGUUUUUGAGUGUGAGGUUUCUGAGCCCAACAUCCAGGUGAUAUGGAUGAAGAACGGCCAGGAGCUGGACGUGUCUGAGGAGAGGUAUGUGGUGCAAGCUGAGAAGUAUGUCCAUCGUCUGAUGAUCCAGACUGUUCGGAUGUCAGAUGCCGGAGAGUAUUCUGUGGUGGCCGGAUCCAGCGUCUCCAAGGCCCACCUGACGGUAGAGGGCCGUGAUGUCAGGAUCGCCGAACCAGCAGAGCGAGAGAUCACGGUUCUAGAGAAACACAGAGCAACCUUUGAGUUUGAGGUGAAUGAGGACGACGUAGAGGGUCGCUGGCUUAAGAACGGCGUGGAGAUCCAGUUCUCGGUGGAGGAGAGGUUCAGCUACGUAGCCAUCAGGAAGAUGCACCGUCUCACUAUCUCUGAGACCUACAGGAGCGAUGCCGGGGAAUAUACCUUCAUCGCUGGCAAGAACAGGAGCACCAUGAACCUCAGAGUCAACAUCCCAGAGCCUCCUCAAGUCCUCCGUCACAUGGAGCCCCAGUCGGUUGAAGCAGGAAAGCCGGCCCGCUUCUCUGUGGAGGUCAGCGGCGUUCCUCAACCGCAGGUCUCCUGGUACAAAAACUCCCAGGCUCUGUCGCCAGGCUUCAAGUGCAAGUUCCUGCACGACGGGAAUGAGCACACCCUGCUUCUGAUCGAGGUCUUCCCCGAGGAUGCCGCCAUCUACAACUGCGAAGCCAAGAACGACUAUGGCACGGCCACCAGCACUGCCACGCUCAACGUGGAGGUGUCAGAGGUGGUCUCCCCAGACUCUGCUGCCCCCAUCUCUCCGCCCGUCAUCGUCUCCCCCAUCUCCGACACCUCAGCCAGAGAGGGAGAACCAGCUCACUUCCAGUGCCGUGUCCGUGGAGAUGACGUGAAGAUCAGUUGGUUCCACAAGGAGAAGGAGAUCAAGCAGUCCGACUUCUUCCGGAUGUCUCAGUUCGACGACAGCUGCCAGCUGGAGAUCUCCAGAGUUUACCAGGAGGAUGAAGGCGAAUACACCUGCGUGGCCACGAACAACGCCGGCAAAGUCUUCUGCUCUGCCACUCUCACACUGGAUGUGACUCUUGUGAGGGAGCAGAUUGAAGCCACAGUUGAAGAGGAAGUCAAAGAGAGUUCUAGCACCACCAUCACCACUGUGGAAGAACGAGAGGAAACCUUCUACACUGGUGUCCAGUUACCACAGAAAUCUAAAACACUUGAACUCAAGCCAGAGCCAAAACGUUACUCUUCCACUUUAGAGAAAAAGAAAGAAAAGCCAGUUUUCCUCAGCCAGCUGUCUCCAGCAGCCAUAGCCUCAGGGGAAACUGCUAGGCUUACUGUUAAGGUGUCCGGCUUUCCAAAGCCUAUUGUUCAAUGGUCUCACAACGGUAGGGUGAUAAAGAGUUCCUCAGUUUACAGAAUGGUAGAGGAGAAGGAGGAAUACACCUUAGUGAUCACCAAAGUUACUUCAGAGUAUGAGGGCGAGUAUUCUUGCACUGCUACCAACAGGUUUGGGCAGACAACAUGCACAACAUACCUAGAGGUGAAAAAGCCUGAUAUCAGCCAGGCAGAGAGGUGGGUGGAGAAGAUGUUUAAGGUCACAGGUCAACCACCUACUUUUAUUGUUCAGAUCCAACCCGUGAGGUGUUCAGAGGGAGGGGAGGUGUAUUUUAAUUACAAAGCCACAGGAGACCCGGUUCCUGAUGUGAAAUGGUUCAAAGGGGCUUUCCAAAUCCAGCCCAGUAGAAACUGUAUAAUGGUGGCCAACCCAGACGGAUCCGGCCUGCUUAAUAUCAAGACUGCCAAACAAGAAGACAGUGGCUUAUACACAUGCAAAGCCUCCAACCAGUUUGGUGAGGCGACUUGCGGAGCUGAGCUGGUUGUGUUUAAGGAGUCGACCAAAGACGAGCAGCUGACCAUAGUACAGAAGAAAGCCUCUAAAGUGUCAGUAUCAGAACAGGCAACGGAGUCUCGUCUGUACCAGGUCAGUCUGCCUGGCCAAGACAGAACCCGGUCAGAUCAGAUGGUUUACACCAUUGGCACCGAAGACAGGAAGAUAAUUCCAAGUGAGCAGGUGAGCUCGCUUGGAGAGGUUAACAUUUCUGCUGCAACUAUCCAUCGUGAGAUGUUGACACAACAGGCUGCUGUGCUUCAGACUCAUGAGGUAGAGGAGCGUGUCUCUCUGGUUUCCACUCACCCUCCUCAAUCAUCAGCUGUUCCAGGGAAACAGCUUCACAUGGCAGCAUUUACAUCCUCUGUGGAGGAGAGUCAGGGUCUCACAGAGCAGCACUGUGACCGCCUUCAAAGCCCUGAGGUCAUUGAGCUGCAGCUAGCAAGAGAAAAACAGUCAAAAUUAAUGUCUGCUGUGGCGGAGGAACUCACCCCUCUUUCUACUGUCAGCACAGAGCCUCUUCAUGAUAGGCAGCCUGCGAAAGUCCAAGCAAGUUCCGAGCCCAAGCAGCUGGUCAGCGGAUAUCAGGUGGAGUCACAGCUUUCUAUCAUGAGAGAGCAGUCUGAGGAUAUCCCUGGACAACAACAAGAGAAAGGCUACAGGGUUAAGGAAGGUGACAAGAUUUUAUAUUCAGCCCAGUCUGCAGAGAAACAGCCACUUGAAGAAGGCCACACAGUUGAGCUAGCAACUGCAGAUACUGCUGUAGAAUCCACCAGUAAGAAAGAACCGAGCCGACCGAUUUUAGCCUCAGUAAGUGAGUCUAAACAGACCUUUUCCAAGGAGACAGAGUUCUCCUUGCAGAUGCCUGCUGAGGAGGCAGCCCAGUUCUCUAAGGAUAAGAUACUGAAGGCGGCGUUAAAUGCUGAAGAAAGGCAAGUACUGCAGGCUGACCCCACGCAAGAGCUGCCAUGCAUGGAGAGCACUGUGACUAUUCAGUCAAAGGUAGAAAGUGGAAAGGUGCUGCACCUGCAGGUCAUCACAGACCAGGACCUCCUUCCAUCUGAGAAGAGUUUCAGCUGUGAAAAACCUGAACAUGAACAGGCAGAAACCAGGACGAGUCCCACUUUGCUGCACACUGUCAGUCAGGAUGAGCAGAGAACAGUUAUUUGUGAAGACUCAUCAGAGUUUGAGGCCAAGGCCACUUCAACAGCCAUUCAACCCCAAAAAGAGGCUCCAACUCUGUUGCAUCUUCAGUCAACCCAACCUGUAGAGGUGCUGCCCAAAGAGGAUCUUCUCACAGCUGAAAAGCCUGAUCAACAGGUGGCAACUCAAAAGCAAGAAAAAUCAAGAAGCCAUGCAGCCAUGUCAGAAGAAAGGAGGGAGUUGACAGCAAAUUACAUUGCUGAGCUAGAUUUGUCAGUCAGUGGAGUUCAGUCUAAAUGUCGAACUGAACCCAAGCCUCAUAAUAUCCUCCAGGUUUCCUACCAGCCCAUGCAACUUCCAAAGGAAACCCCCAUUACUGUUGACUUUAAGCACCAGAGAGCUUUAGUGCAGAAGGAAGAUCGCUGGAAUGUGAUGAACGUCACCAGUGUAGCAGACAGUCAGGUCUUAGAAGAGGGUCAUGCAGAAAAUCUGUCAGGUGUAGACACAUUCAAGUGUCAGACAACUGUAGAGCCCAAAAUGCCCACUGAACCAGUCCAAAUCGAGGAGAAGGAGAUCUCCACCGAGAGCAGCAUUUCUCUGGAGGCAGCAGAACAGGACUUUGCUGUUCAGAUCCAGGAGGGUCAGUCCAUUAGGCAAUCAAUUGUGAUGGAUGAGAAGCAAGUAUUGACAGGGGAGCACUCUCGAGAAAUCUGCAAGUCGGAGUCAACAAAAGUUGUAGUUAGCACACAGCCAAAAAUGUCAUUGAUGGUAUCAGAAUCUAAAGAGAGCACAAUUCUCCCCAAAGAGAUGACGUUUUUGAUUCAGUUGCCUAAACCAUCCAGUCUGAACAUACAGCGACAACUUAGAGAGGCUCUCCAGUCUGCUGUGGCCAGUGACCAGCCUGUCUUGCUGGCUGAUGUUGUUGGAAGGUUCCAGGCUGUGGAAGUUCAGGAGGUCAAAGUUCAGCGAGAACCCAAACGCUCUAUGUUUACAUAUCUGAUUACAACAACAGGUGCCCCUGUAGAGAUCACACUAGCUUUUGAAGGGGAAUACCCACAGACAGCUGAUCUUAGGACCGAACUUCAAGCAGCGUUCCACUCUAUAGUCUACCAGGAGGCCCAUGUUCUUACCUCAGAGCGCCCGGGCACCAUGCAGCUGGACAAACCUCAAAAGGCUCAGGUUACCUCAGCCAGGUCGAAGCAAAUGCUUUCUACAAUGGUAGAGACUGUGCAUGUGACAGAGGGCACAGUAGAUAUAACAGCUGUGAAAUCUCAGGCUGCUGCACUUAAGCUUGAAUCUAAGGUCAUAGAUCAAUGUGCUACAGCAGAGAGACUGGUUGCAGUGCAAGAAUCCAAAACAGAAAAGUCUGUUUCAUCCAAGACUAAAAUAACCACAGAAGCUCAGAUGGCCUUUGAACAGUCAGUUAAAGUUGCAAGGAAAGAGGUAAAAUCUGUAAUGGUAGAAUAUAAAGAAAAAGACGAAGGGGUUUCUUUAGUCCCUACUGCUCUGCCUCCUUCCUUCACAUCUACUGAACAAAUAGAUGUCAGCAUCCAGCAGGAGCACAGGGAGGAAAUCUUCAAAGAAGAGUUUACAGUAUCCAGACCAGAGCAGAGAGAAUACCCUGAAAUUGUCAUGUCCCUAGAGGACUUGUCCAUAGAAGAAAAUAGCGAAGUCACUUUUAGCACAACCAUUAAACAUGUAGUGAAGGUAACUUGGUUUUUCAAUGGCCAAUUGGUGAAAUCUGGCAAAGAGUUCAAGUGUGUACAAGACCAUGACACAUACUCACUGAUUAUCAACAAAGUUGUCAAGGAGAGACAUCAAGGCGAAUAUGUUUGUGAGGCUGAGAAUGAAGCCGGCAGGACAACAACGUCUUCAAGACUCACUGUGGUCCCAAGAGUGCCACCGGUUUUCAGGCAGAAAAUCAACCCUGUCGAGAUCAACGUUGGGGGUCAAGCAAAGUUUGACUGUGAGACCGAGGAUGCUCCGAACGUGACCUUUAAAUGGUACAAAGCUGGUAUAGAAAUAAGACAGAGUGAGAAGUACCGGAUCAUCAGCAGCCAUACAGGCUCUUCCCUGGAGCUCCUGAAUCCUGUGAAGGCUGACAGCGGUGAAUACUCCUGCAAAGCUUCAAACCAGCACGGCUUUGACAGCUGCACCGCCUCUCUCAUCGUAACUGAGAUGUAUCCACCAGUAUUUGUUUCAAAACCAGAGCCAAUGACCCUAUUUGUGGGAAAACAAGCCGUUCUUCAAUGCUCACUUACUGGAUCGUCACCAAUGGAGGUUGUCUGGCACAAGGACAACUUAGCCAUAAUGUCUGAAGGGAAUUAUGUCAUAAAAAGUGAAAGGAACAAAUAUUCUCUUCAGAUUAAAAGUCUUGAGUUGGCUGAUAAGGGGGUGUACCUCUGCAAGGCCUCCAACAGCGUUGGCACAGCUACUUUUACCACAGAUCUUACGGUUAUAGGUAAGCCCAUCUUUGUUAGGACCUUUCAGCCAACGUCUGUUGCUGUCAAUGACCCGCUGAGGCUGGAGUGCCAGGUGGAUGAGGACACUGCUGUGACUGUCACCUGGACAAGGGAUGGCAAAAAAGUCCACUUGAGCAUGGACUGUAAACUGUCCUUUGAGGAUAAGGUGGCCAUUCUAGAGAUCCCCAAGUCCAAACUGAAGGACUCUGGGAUAUAUGUUUGCACAGCCACAAAUGAGGCUGGGAGCUCCUCCUGUGAGGCUGUGGUUACUGUACAAGAGCCUCCUGCUUUUGUCAGGAAAAUGGAACCUAAGAUUACCUGGAAGCAGGGUGCAGCUGCACGUUUACAGUGCAGCAUUAAAGGAUCGCCUGAACUUCACAUCCACUGGUUCUGGAACGACAUAGAGCUUAGUGAUGGAGAGAAAUAUAAAAUCACCUUUAAAAAUGGAGUUACAUGCUUGGAAAUAUUGAACCUCCAGGUGACAGACAGUGGGGGUUACACAUGUGAGGUGUCAAACAAUGCCGGUAGUGAGAGCUGCAGUGCUCUGGUUGCUGUUAAAGAGCCUCCGUUCAUUAGAAAAGACCUGCAGACUGUAGAAGCUGUGAAAGGUGAAGCAGCUCACCUGGAGUGUGAGAUUGGAGGAACAGCUCCCUUUGAAAUCAGUUGGAUAAAAAAUAAGAAGCCAAUAACAGGUGAUCAGAAAUAUAAAAUCAUUUCCCAAGACUCUCUUUCAAGGCUGGAGAUCCAGACCUUUGAAAGUGCAGACAUUGGUGAUUACCAGUGUGUCAUAUCCAAUGAUGUUGGGAAGGUAACCACCAAGGCCUCAGCUAAGCUGAAAGAGCCGCCAUCUUUCUCUAAAAGAGUUGAAAGUGUUACAGCAGUGUUGGGAAAUGCAGUCAAGCUACAAGGAACCAUAAAGGGAUCAGCUCCCAUUACUGUUAAAUGGCUGAAAAACUCUGAAAUACUCAGAGACGAUGAUCCAAACAUUAAGAUGGUUUUUGAAAAUGGCAUCGCAAGCCUUUCUUUAACAGCAGUGGCGAUUGGUCAUGCCGGAAAGUAUUCAUGCCAGGCAGAAAAUGAUGCCGGGCAGCAGAAAUGUGAAGCUACCCUGAUUGUGCAAGAACCGGCUAGAGUUGUAGAACCUGCAGAGUCCAUUAGUGUGACUGCAGGCGAAUCAGCCACGUUUGAGUGUACAGUCUGUGGAAGCCCAGAGCUGAAAGUCAAGUGGUUCAAAGAUGGGAAGGAGAUGAUCAGUGGGAGAAAAUAUAAGAUGACUGUGAAAGACAACGUAGCCAUCAUGAAGAUUUUGACAGCGGAGAAAGGAGACACUUCGGACUACAGGAUGGAAGUGUCCAAUAAAGUCGGGAAAGACCAGUGCACAUUCUCAGUCACCGUAUUAGAUCGGAUAAUGCCUCCGACUUUCACUAAGUCCUUGAAAAGAGUUGAUGGCAACAUUGGUAAUGACGUAUCGAUGGACUGCAAGGUGUCUGGGUCCCAGCCGAUGACCAUUGUUUGGUUCAAAGAUGACCAGCAAAUAGAGCCAGGGGCCAAAUUUCAACCCGAGUUCAAAGAAAGCUCUGCUACACUGAGAGUCAGUCGGCUGGAAAAGGCCGACUCUGGAGUUUACAAAUGCCGAGCCACCAACUCAGCCGGCUUUAAAGAGACUAGUGGCACACUCUACGUCAAAGAGCCCCCAGUGUUCACAGAGAAACCAGACAACCAGGAUGUUAUACCAGGAGCCAAGGUUUCCUUUAGAGCGGCCUUCACUGGAACUGCUCCUUUGGCUGUGAAAUGGUUCAAAGAGGAGAAGGAGGUUGUAACUGGAGGAAUUUAUUUCAUAAAGAAAGACGCUUCUUCCAGCUCUCUGGAACUGCAUUCAGUGAAGCCCACUGAUUCUUCUAAAUAUACCUGCCAAGUGUCCAACGAUGCUGGGAAAGUGGAUUGCUCUGCAGUCCUCUUCGUGAAAGAACCUCCCGUGUUUGUACGGAAGCUUGAUGCAACCAAGCUGGUUACCAGUGGUGACUCCACCAGGUUGGAGUGCAGAGUGUCAGGUAGCCCUGUCAUCAGUUUCAAAUGGUUGAAGGAUGAGAUGGAGAUCGGCUCUGGUCCUAAAUACAUGAUCAGUGAGACUGAUGUAGAGGCAACUCUUGAAAUAUUAAACUGUGCAGUUGAGGACAGUGGAGAUUAUGUCUGUGUGGCGUCAAGUGAAGCAGGCAGUGACCGCUGCAGCAGUACAGUUUCUGUCAAAGAACCACCAGUGUUUGUUCGUAGCUUGGAGCCUAAAAAUGUGGUGAAAGGUUCUGAGAUGGUACUGGAGGGCCAAGUCUCUGGUUCUGCUCCAUUCACUGUGGCGUUUUAUAAAAACUCUAAAGCGAUCAGAAACGACAAAAGACACAGAAUCACAGUUAAAGACGACCUGGUGGCCCUGCAGGUGCAGUUGGUUGAGGCGGGAGAUGUUGGUUUGUACCAGUGCACAGUUGAGAAUGAAGUGGGGAAAUCAACCUGUGAAUGUAAAGUGACACUCAAAGAACCACCAUCUUUUGUAAAAAAGCUUGAGAACCUGAGUUCGUUGGUUGGCUGCGAUGUUUCUCUUCAGUGCACACUGAAGGGUACUGAGCCAAUUGCAGUGUCCUGGCUGAAAGACAACCAUGAGCUAAAAGCAAUGGAAAAUGUUCACGUUUCAUAUGAGAACCAGACGGCGCUGUUGCAGAUCAGCGGCUUGCAGAGCCAAAAUGGAGGGAAAUACUCAUGUCAGGCACAGAAUCAGGCUGGCAGCCAGACUUGCUCAGCUGUGUUGACAGUCAAAGAACCAGCUAAGAUCACAGAGGAGGCCAAGUCCAUCAGUGUGACUCAGGGGGAUCCAGCCACAAUGGAGGUCAGAUUCUCCGGCACAAAAACCCUUAAGGCCAGAUGGCUAAGAGCAGGGAAGGAGCUUGCCUCAGGACAGAGGUUUAAAAUACAAAGCACAGACACAAGCUCUGUGCUCAAGAUUCUCAAAACUGAGAAAAGUGACAUAGGGGAAUUUACCUUUGAGAUUUCUAAUGAUGUCGGACAAAGCUCUUGUGAGGCCACGCUCACAGUUCUGGAUCAAAUAAUUCCUCCAUCUUUCACGAGGAAACUGAAGCAGACAGAAGGAAUUAAAGGAUCAUUCGCUCAUCUGGAAUGCCUUGUCUCAGGCUCCCUGCCAAUUACCAUCCAAUGGUUUAAAGAUGAAAAGGAGAUUCAGGUCGACGAGAAAAAUAAAUGUACAUUCUUUGAGAAUGUUGCUUGCCUAGAAGUCUUGGAUCUUCACCUUAAAGAUGGUGGGGGUUACACCUGCAUUGCCAAAAACAAAGCAGGGACAGUCCAGUGCUCUGCAAUCUUACUUGUGAAAGAACCACCAUGCAUUCUUGAAAAGCCUGAAUCCAUGAAUGUUUUACCUGGAUCUAAGGUCCAGUUCAAUGUACUGCUCUCUGGCACACCACCCUUGACAAUCAAAUGGUUUAAAAACAAGAAAGAGAUUUUAUCAAGUGCAAACUGCUCUGUGAUGAAAGACAACACAUCCACCUCACUGGAGCUUUUCUUUGCUAAGAGCUCAGAUUCAGGAGAUUAUGUAUGUGAAAUUCAGAAUGAUGUGGGCUCUACCUCCUGCCAAGCAACGCUUUUUGUCAAAGAGCCACCAAAGUUUACCCAGACCCCGGCCCGGGUGUCUGUAGUGCGUCCUGGUCAAAACAAAAUGUUUGAGUGCCAGGUGACAGGCACACCUGAGAUAGACAUCUACUGGUUUAAGGAGGGCUCUGAGAUCAGUGCCGGUGAUCGCUACAAGAUGGCAUUUGUAAAUUCUGUGGCCACUCUGGAGGUCUGUGCAGCUGAAAUCAAAGACGGAGGCCUUUACUACUGUGAGGCUCGCAAUGAGGCUGGUAGUGAGAGCUGCAGCAUGGAGCUCAAAGUCAAAGAACCACCAUCUUUUAUCAAAGACCUUUCUCUGGUUGAUGUUGUGAAGGGUUCCACAGCUUGUUUUGAGUGUCAGGUUGCUGGAACAGGUCCCUUUGAUAUAACCUGGCACAAAGAUGGAAAAGAGAUCAAGCCCAGUGCCAAACAUGGCUUCUCCCAGAUGAAUGACACCUUAACUCUUGAGAUUCACAGAUGUGAUGGUGUAGAUGUUGGUGAAUAUCAGUGUACUGUAGCUAACGAGGUGGGGAGCUGUACUUGUAAGACAACUCUCAGCCUCAAAGUGCCCCCAACAUUUACCAGGAGAAUUGAGGACAGUGUUACUGUUCUUGGUAAAGGGGCAGAGUUUCAGUGUGUUGUGGUGGGUUCUCCAACUCUUUCUGUCCAAUGGCAGAAAGAUGACAGCUGGAUUUUGGAGGAUCCAAACAUUGAGAAAUCAUUUGAAAAUAACAUAGCGACUCUAAAGAUUGCUACCUGCGAAGCAACUCAGGCAGGCAGGUACACCUGUCAGGUGGUUAACGAGGCUGGGCAAGAUAAAUGCUUCGCUACACUCACAGUGCAAGAACCCCCUCAGAUCUUAGAAAAACCUGAGGAGAUCAAGGUAACUGUGGGAGAUCCAGUCAGUCUGGACUGCAAAGUGAAAGGCUCGCCUGAGCUCAAAGUGAAGUGGAUGAAAGAUGGAAAGGAACUUCAGUCCAUCAGGCAGCACAAACUGAUUUUUGAGAACAACAUCAGCAGCCUGAAAAUUCAGGCUGCUCAAACAGCAGAUGAAGGAGAGUACAUGUUUGAGGUGUCAAACCACAUAAGCAGCUGUUCUUGCAAAGUUAAAGUGGUUGUUUCAGAGCAAGUAAUUCCUCCAAGCUUCAUCAAACCACUGGUAGACAUGCAGGAGAUUCUGGGCUCCUUUGUUCAGAUUUGCUGUAAAAUAUCUGGUUCCCUCCCAAUCUCUGUGGAGUGGCAGAAAGAUGGGAGUAAAGUCUCCAGUGGUGUCAAACACAAACUGAUUCAGCAGGACAACUCUGUGUCUGUGGAGAUUGAACAGCUUGAGAGAUCUGAUGCUGGAUUGUAUUCAUGCAAACUGACCAAUGCAGCUGGGAGCUGUGAAUGUAGUGGAUCCCUUAGGGUCAAAGAGCCUCCAAGCUUUGUGGUGCUGCCCGAGUCACAGGCGGCUCUACCCAAUGCCAUGGUCCGAUUCAAAAGCACAUUCACGGGUACGCCGCCCUUUGCGGUCAAAUGGUUCAAGGAUGAUACGGAGCUCAUGACCGGUCCAACGUGUUUCAUGGGUGUGGAUGACAUGUCCUGCUUCUUGGAGCUCUACUCAGUGGCCAUCACUCAGAGUGGAGUUUACUCCUGCCAAGUCAGCAACGAUGCUGGUUCUGUACGCUGUAGUGCAGAUUUGACGGUCAAAGAACCACCUGAGUUUGUGCUGAAACUUCCCGCCACUAAGUUUGUAAAGCGGGGUGAGCCACUCCACCUGGAGUGUAAAGUCCGUGGCUCCUCCCCUCUGAAAACGACCUGGUACAAACACGACACCAAAGUCUCGGACGGGGGCAACUACAGGAUGUCAUUUGUUGACUCGGUAGCGGUCCUGGAGGUGGUGUCCUGCAGUUUUGAUGAUGACGGAGUUUACACCUGCGAAGCGCAGAACGAUGCGGGCAUCGUGAGCUGCAGCACCACGCUUUCUGUUAAAGACCCCCCCGCAUUUGUCAAAGUUCCCUCACCUGUUGAGGGGCUGAAGGGGAAGGAUCUGAGCUUAUACUGCGAGAUGAGUGGCUCGGUUCCGCUCCAGAUCGCCUGGUUGAAAGACAGGAAGCCUCUGAUGGAAAGCAGGAAGUAUAAGAUGGUGAGCGAGGGCAGCUCAGCCACGCUGCAUGUCAUUGGGAUAGAGCCUUCAGACGCCGGCGAGUAUGAGUGCAAAGUCUCAAACAGUGUAGGAAGUGACUCCUGCCACACGGCGGUUAAACUCAGAGAGCCGCCAUCAUUUGUGGAGAAACUGUCAAACAUGACGGUGAUGCUGGGCGAGGAGGUGACCCUUAUGGCCACUGUUAAAGGCUCUGAACCCAUUACUGUGUCCUGGGUUCAGGACAAGGAUCACAUUCUCCGCGACAGCGACAACCGGAAAAUCACCUUUGAGAACAACCGGGUCGCACUUACCGUGUUUAAGGCCGAUGCAGCCGUGGCGGGCAGAUACACCUGCACACUCAGAAAUGAUGCUGGAAGUGUGGAUUGUUUCGCUAACUUAACUGUCCUAGAACCGGCUAAGAUCGUUGAUAAACCCGAAACCCUGAGCGUGACGGCGGGCAACAUGGCAGCCCUGGAGGUCAAAGUGUGCGGGACGCCAGAGCUGGUCCCCAAGUGGUUCAAAGACGGGAUGGAGCUGGCCACCGGCAGGAAGUACAAGAUCUCCUUCUCCCAGAUGAUCUCCAGUCUGAACGUGCUCUCCACAGAGAAGCUGGACUCUGGAGAGUACACCUUCCAGGUCAUGAACCAAGUGGGGAAAGAUCUUAGUAAAAUCAACCUCACCGUUUUAGAUAAGACAGUUCCUCCGACGUUCACCAGGAAGCUGAAGGACUGUAAGAUGACUGUGGGAGAAGCUGCAGAUUUGGAGUGCAAAGUCUCAGGCUCCCCUCCAUUCAUUAUUUCCUGGUACCACAAUGACGAGGAGAUACAGACCGGACCGAACUGCGAGCUUUCAUUCAGUGACAACAGCUGCACGCUCAGAAUGCCCACCCUGAAGCUGUCCGACUCCGGGGCCUACCGAUGCAAAGCUGUCAACGAGGCGGGGUACAGCGAGACCUCAGCCACUUUGACAGUCAAUGAACCACCGUCCUUCGUGGUGCCACCUCAGCCGAUGGAGGCCAUGCCUGGCUCUAACGUUACCUUCUCUGGCAUUGUGAAGGGCAGCGCCCCCCUCACCCUGAAAUGGUUCAGAGGAACAAAGGAGAUCCUGCAGGGGAAGGACUGCACCUUCUCCCUGAAGGACAACCAAGUGACUUUGGAGCUUCAGAACGUGAGCCCAUCUCAUGCCGGGGAGUACACCUGCCAGAUCAUCAAUGAUGCAGGAAAGGAGAGCUGCGCUGUCAAUCUCACAGUCAAAGAACCGGCGUCCUUCUCUAAGAAACUGAAGGACGUGUCUGUUGAGAAGGGCAAACCUUUAACCCUGGAGUGCUCAUACACUGGAACCCCAAAGAUCACCGUAAGCUGGUUCAAAGACGGCCAGCAGAUUUUUGCUUCCUACAAAUACAACAUCACCACCACUGAGAGCUCCUGCAUCCUGGAGUGCCUCAGCACAGACGACAAGGAGGCAGCUGGGACCUACACAUGCCAGGUGUCCAACGAUGCAGGGAAGGACACAAGCGAGGCAGUGGUUUCCAUUCUGGAGCCUCCAUACUUUGUUGAACCUCUGGAGCCAAUGGAGGUAACGGCAGGCGAUGCAGUGUGUCUGAAGUGCCAGGUGGCGGGUACGCCUGAGAUCAAAGUGUCCUGGUUCAAGGCGGACGGCAAAGUUCGGUCCAGCCCCACCUGUAGGCUAGAGUACUCGAAGGGCAUGGCCUGUCUGAAGCUCAGCAAAGCCACCAAGGCUGAAAUUGGGGAGUACACCUGCAAGGCAGAGAACAAGAUCGGCUCUGCAUCCUCUACCUGCAGACUCAAUGUUCUCGAGGCCAAAACGCCUCCAUCCUUCCCCAAAAAGAUUACAAGCCUGCAGGAGACAGAGGGCCAGGCGGUCCGCUUCGAAUGUCGUGUUGCGGGCUCGUCACCCAUCGAGGUGUCAUGGCUGAAAGACGGCAAGCCACUGACGGAGGGAAGCGAGUUCUCCAUGCUGUACGACGACAACACGGCCGUGCUGCAGAUCGGCUGCGGAGAGAUGAGGCAUUCUGGGGAGUACACAUGUGUGGCCACCAACAGCGUGGGCUCGGCCUCCUGCAGAGCCAAACUCACCAUCCAAGAACCCAGGUACCCGCCAGUGUUUGACAGGAAACUGUCACCGCGGGAGGCGACAGUGGGGGACAGCAUCGAAAUGGAGUGUCACAUGACUGGCUCUGCCCCCAUCAAAGUCACAUGGUCCAAAGACCACAAGGAUAUUCGCUCUGGAGGAAACUAUAAGAUCAGCUGUGUGGACAACACGGCCCAGCUGACCAUCCUGAAGGCGGACAAAGCCGACACAGGAAAAUACUUCUGCCAUGCCUCCAAUGACAUGGGGAAGGACUCUUGUUCCACUGACAUCACUGUCAAAGAGCGUAAAAAUCCACCAGUGUUCACUAAAAAGCCCUCAGAGCAUAUGGAGGACAUGGAGGGCAAGCUGGUAAAAAUCGAGGGCCGAGUCACGGGCUCACAGCCCAUGUCAGUCACAUGGUUCAAAGACGAUGAAGAGAUUAAAAGCUCUGACAAAUACGACAUCAGCUUUAAGAGCAACGUGGCAGUGCUGUGCAUAAAGAGCAGCCAACUGACUGACAGUGGCAGGUACUCCUGUCAGGCCUCCAACGAAGCUGGGAGAGCUUCCUGUGACGUCACCGUGGGCAUCCUGGAAUCCAAGAAGCCUCCAGUGUUUGAUGUUCCACUCAAACCAGUGACUGUGGAUGAAGGGGACAAGCUGAGCCUCAGGUGCCACGUCUGUGGCUCCGCCCCUCUGAAGGUCCAAUGGAUGAAGGACAGGAAGGAGCUGUCAUCGGCAGGCAGCAUCCGGCUCAGCUUCUCUGACGGUACAGCCAGCCUGGAGAUCGGCUCUGCCUCUAAACACGAUGCUGGUGAUUACCUCUGCAAGGCCACCAACGAGGCCGGCGCAGAGUUCUGCAAGGCCAAAGUCACAGUCAAAGCGAAACAAGGAGCAGCUAAGCCUGAGACUCCAGCAGCUGCUCCAACCCCCAAAAUGGACAAUCUUUACUUCAUUGAGGAGCCCAAGUCCACACAUGUCACAGAGAAGGGAACCGCCACCUUCAUCGCUAAGGUCGGAGGAGAACCCAUCCCAAGUGUGAAGUGGAUGAAAGGGAAAUGGAGACAGCUCACUCAUGGCGGCCGCAUCGCAAUCGUGCAGAAAGGUCAGGAAGCCCAGCUGGAGAUCCGAGAGGUGACCAAGUCUGACUCUGGUCAGUACCGAUGUGUUGCCUCCAACACUCACGGAGAGAUCGAGUGCAGCGCUGAUAUGCACGUUGACGCAAAGAAGGAGGCGCCGCAGGUUGAAGGAGACCUGCGGGCCAAACUGAAGAAGACGCCGUCCAAGCAGAAGAGCCCACAGGAGGAAAAGGACAUCGACAUAGUUGAGCUGCUGAGAAAUGUCGACCCCAAAGAGUACGAGAAAUACGCCCGAAUGUACGGCAUCACCGACUACCGAGGUCUGCUGCAGGCCAUCGAGCAGCUCAAGAAGGAAAGGGGGGAAGAAAGUGGAAGACCGGAAAUGGAACGUGGAGACAGAGAGUCAGAUGAGGACAUGGCUCGACUGGUGGCCGACCUGCAGAAGAGGAUGGAGAGGACUGAGCCUGUUACUGUAGUGAAGGACAUCUCCAACCAGUCCGUCUUUACCGAUGACGAGGCGGAGUUUGAAUGCGAAAUCAAGAUCAAUUACCCAGAGAUCUCGCUGUCGUGGUACAAGGGCACGCAGAAGCUUGACACGUCCGACAAAUACGACAUCAGCAUCCGCGGCGACCGCCACCUGCUCAAGAUCAAGAAGUGUCAGCCGUCCGACCAGGGCAACUACCGGGUGGUGUGUGGACCACACAUCUCCAGCGCCAAGCUCUCCAUCACAGAAGUGGAGGUGGAGAAGCACCUGCAGGACACGUCGGGUAAGGAAGGCCAGUCGUGCACGCUGUCUUGUCAGUUGUCUGUUCCUAACGUCGAGGCUCAGUGGUUUAAAAACGGCAAGAAGUUAGAGAUGAAGGGAAGGUAUUCAUCUGAGGUGAAACACAAAGUUCAGAAGCUUCUGAUCAAAGACCUGAAGUCUGAAGACCGGGGCAGAUACUCCUGCAGAUACCAGCACCUGGAAUCCUCUGCAGACCUCAAGGUGGAAGCCGAACAAAUUCAUUUCACCAAACGCAUCCACAAUGUCGAAGUCAACGAGCGCCAGUCGGCCACCUUCGAAUGUGAGGUGUCCUUCGACAACGCCAUCGUUUCUUGGUACAAAGACACCUGGGAACUGAGAGAAUGUACUAAGUACAACUUCAGGAGCGAAGGCCGAAGGCAUUUCAUGGUCAUUCGAAAUGUGACCAUCGAAGACGAAGGCGUGUACUCAGUGAUUGUGAGAUUGGAGCCCAGAGGAGAGGCUAAAAGCACAGCUGAGCUUUAUUUGUCUGGCAAAGAGAUUGAAUUAGCGAUGGUGCCGACAGAUAUCCCAGACUCUUCGGUUCAGAGGCCUGAAGUGCCUUCAUCCGAGGAGAUCCAAGAAUCUGCAGAGUUCUACCAGAUUGAAGAGAAAAUUGAACAGAGAGAAUCAGCUGAAUAUUCUUAUCAUUACGAAGAGGAGGUGCAGCAGAAAGUGGAGAUUCAGAGCUGGACAGAAGAGUCUGUAACCCAGCAGGUCUCAGAGACCACAGCUGCCAGAGUUGCUGUUGAGGAAAAAGUGGAGAUGAUGAAGGUUGAAAUGAGGGAGGAAGUCCCAACAAAAGUGGAGAAAAAGGCUGAGGAGAAGAAAACUGCAGCUAUAGAGGAACCAAAGAAAAAACCAGAGACUCGGAAGCCGGUGGAGGAGAAGGUUCCUGAAGCUUCAGUCCCAGAGAAGAAGGAGCUUCCUGCUCCCAGAGAACCAGAGGCGGUGAAGAAGCCAUCGCCCCCCUCCCUGCCUGAAGAGACGCCCAUCCUGCCAACCAAAGAUGAGCCCAAAGUUCUGGUUCCAGCUGAGUCCACGGAGCUGAAGCCUGAAGCAAAGCCCAAGGCAGAACCGGAACCGAAGCCCAAAGCUGCUCCGAAAGCAGAACCGGAACCGAAGCCCAAAGCUGCUCCGGCUCCGAAAGCAGAACCGGAAACGAAGCCAGUGACGCCUCCAUCCAAAGCCCCCAAAGAAGAAGCAAAGAUCCUAACUGAACCAGAAGCUCCACAACCAAAGGCAGAACUGAAGAAAACCAAACCAGAAGUCCGUAAACCCGAACCUCCUAAACCAGAAACUCCAGCUCCAAAAGCAAAACCGGCACAGAAGGAGCCAGAGAAGAAAGUGGCAGAAAAACCACAGAAGAAGGAGGUGGCUGCUCCUCCACCUCCUUCAUUCCCACAGGAGGUACAGAAAGAGGCAGAAGAGCCAAAGAAGAAGCCGAUUAAAGUUCCCCUGGAAGAAAAAGUUCCUGAGCUUCCGAAAGCAGAGAAGAAACCAGAGGCUCAGGUGGUUCCUCCCUCAGAAGAACCAGCUCAGAAGGACAAAGCUCUCAAGCCCCAACUGAAACCUGAAAGGCUUCCUCAGAAACAGCCUGAGGAGGAGUUGGGCAUCAAACUUGAAACAAUGUCUGGAAAAGCACCAGGGAAGGCCGAGGAGACGAAAAGGACCAAGGAGAGAGUCCCAGAGAGUAAGCAGGAAGAUGUUCCAGAGAUGGUUACUGGAGGGAUCCCAGAGAAACGUCCAGAAAAAGUUCCAGAAAAAAUCCCAGACAAAGUUCUAGAAAAAAUCCCAGAAAAAGUUUCAGAAAAAAUCACAGAGAAAAUUCCAGAAAAAAUCCCAGAGAAAGUUCCCAAAAAAAUCCCAGAGAAAGUCCCAGAAAAAAUCCCAGAGAAAAUUCCAGAAAUAAUCCCAGAGAAACUUCCCAAAAAAAUCCCAGAGAAAGUUCCAGAAAAAAUCCCAGACAAAGUUCCAGAAAAAAUCCCAGAGAAAAUUCCAGAAAUAAUCCCAGAGAAACUUCCCAAAAAAAUCCCAGAGAAAGUUCCAGAAAUAAUUCCAGAGAAAGUUGCAGAAAAAGUCGCUGAGAAACUUCCAGAGAAAAAACCUAAGAAAGAGGUUUCUGAUAAGCAGCCUGUUGAGCCUCAGAAAGAGGCUGAAGAGGUGAUCAGUCUGAAGAAAACUCCGAAGAAGGUUGAAGAAGUGAAGCCCAAGAAAGAAGCAGAGAAAAGCUCCAAAGCUGAAACGAUUUCUGUUAGAACUGAGAAGCUCUCAAAAGAAGCUCUUCAGAAAGACACCGACUUGGAUGCAUUAGAGCAGCUCACUGAGUCUUCCACAGAGAAAGAACCUACCAGAGGUCAGCCUAGCUUUGAGCCCUCAGUAACAGAUAAAGUCAGCACUGACUACCCCUCAGAAGACACCAGAAACACAACACACAUCCACCUCAUGCCUCUAAAAACGCAUGUAACCAGAACUGAGGCAGAACCCUGGGAGACGGAGUCUGUCACAGAAACCAGGGGUCUGACUGUGGCACCAGGAGAGAAAGAAGCUUCCAGAGUUCCUGUAAAGGAGAAGGAGUUGCCACCAGAACCCAAACAAGUGAAGCCUGCACCUCCUUCAGAAGAAAGCAAACCAAAGUCCGCAGAGGUCACCAAGAAACCUGAAGUCACAGCAAGGAAAAUCUCUCCACCAGAGGAAACCAAGCCAGUGACCAAGACCGAGCCUGUGGUAAAGGUAGAAGAACCAUCUAAGGUUGUUCCAGAAGAGCAAACAACACUUCCAAAAGAUGAAACCAAGGGACCAGUCCAGACACCAGGAGGAGUCCAGAAAGAACCCGUACAGCAAAAAAAGGGUAAAAUUCAAGUGGCGGAGGAUGGGAGGUUUGAGAUUCCCACCUUGAAGAAAGCAACCAGGGUUGUGAGGGAAGCGGAGGAGGACCACGAGGUUGUCAAACUGAAGAAGGUUCCAUCACCCCCCAUGAAAGAGCCAGACGAGGUGGAAAAACCUCAGAAAAUCACCAAGACCACUGUUUUCCAUGCUGAGGAAUUGGUGCAUGAAGAAGAGGCUUUAGAGAUGUCGGUGGUGACCAGAAGGACUGUUCCGGAAAGAACACCUCGAGAGAAAGCUGACGUGGUUAAAAAACCAGAUGUUAUUGAGCCUAAAGGGGAGGAAGACAAGGAAGCUCCCAAAGAUGCAUGGACACGCCAGAAGCCUGUCCCUAGAGAGGAAAAACCAGAAGACAAGUUCCCUCUUAAGAAAACUCCGAAAGCACCAAAAGAAGAGGAACCUGCCCCACCCAGCCCAGCACUGAAGAAAGUGAAAAAGCUGCCCUCAGCUGAAGCUGAACCAGAGUUGGUCAAGCUUAAACCAUUUGAGAAGCCUGUUAAACCUUUAGAGGAGCCAGAGAAAGAUAAGAAGGAGAGGCCUGAUAGAGAUACUAUUCCUUUCCAGAAGGGAGACAGGAUCCCCAGAGAGAAGGAGCCUAAAGAACCUACAAAGGAACAAGAGAAGCCUCUCCCUGAGGUAAAGGAAGCUCCGCCUAAAGUGCCAAAACCAAAAGAUGCAAAGACAACCCCAGAGAAAGAACCUGAUGGAGUUAAAGUACAGACUAAAGGAAAGAAAAUCCCAGCGGCUGAACCAGAAAUAGAAAGUGUUAAGCUAAAGCCCUUCUCCAAACCUUCAAAAGAAGCUGAGGAACCUGAGAAGAAACCAGCAGAGGAGAAAGACAAGAAACCAUCCAAAGACCUGCAACGUCGUCCCAUCAGUCCUGUUGAAAAACCGAAGGUGAAAGAAGCAGACGUUGAGCCCAAGAAACCUGAGCUACCUGCAGCUUCUGAAAUAAAAACAGAGAAGCCAAAAGAAGUAGACGUGGUUCCAGUGGAGAAAACACCCGUGUCCCCACCCAAGAAACCUGACAAAGCCGCAGAAAAACCCAAACCCAAAACUCUGGAACCAAAGAAAGGGAUUGUGCCCAAGGCUGAGGAAGAGAAGGAAGGGGUAGCACUGAAGCCAGUGGAGCAGCUCAAAAAGGUGGAACUUAAAAAGACUCCUUCUCCUAAAGUGGAGAAACUCAAGGAAGCAGAAGCAGUUCCAGCUGAGAGGAGACCAAGCAUCGAAAAACUGAAAAAGGUUCCAAAAACUGUUUCACCCAAAGACUCUAUUGAAGCUGUUACGCUUAAAAAGGUUCCAAAGAAACCAGAACCAGAAGAGCCAGACAAAAAGAAAGUUCCCGCGGUGAAAGAGAUCUCUCCUGGGGCUGUGCAAAUGAAGAAGGUUGCUACUCAACCAGAGGAGGAGGUUUUCGAAGAGGAGUUUGAGGCCGAGGAAGAGGCUGAGCUAGAUCAAGAGGAGGCCUGGGGCUGGGAGCUGGUUCCGAGGGACAGUUAUGGCUCGGAGGACUGGGAAGGUGAAGGAGAAGAAGGUGCUCUGGAGGUUCCUGGGGUCACCCGGAGAGAGGGGCAGCCUGCAGAGGAAGCAGGGCGGGGCAGAGGGCGAGGCCUAAAACCGAAGCUAACCCCUUCCCCCGGAGAGGGCAGGGGCCGUGGAAAACCUGGAGGCAGGGGCCCCCCACCACCAGAGGAGCCAGGCUUUGCAGGCUUCAAGCUCAAAGCCGUCCCUCUUAGGUUUAUCAAGAAGCUGCAGGACAUCGUACUAAAGGAGGCCGAGUCCAUUGGCUCGUCUGCCGUGUUUGAGUGUGAGAUUUCCCCCUCUACAGCCGUCACCUCCUGGAUGAAAGACGGUGGUAACCUGCGUGAGAGUCCCAAGCACAAGUUCAUCUCUGAUGGCAAAGACCGGAAGCUGCACAUCAUUGAUGUACAGCUGUCUGAUACUGGAGAAUACACCUGUGUGGCCAAGAACGCUGGGAAGGAGAUCUCCUGCACCGCUAAACUCGUAGUUGAAGAGCUUCCUGUAAAAUGGGUCAAAGAGUUGGACCCGGAGACCUCUGCUAUCUUGGGCCAGCCCAUCUACAUGACCUGCGAGCUGAGUAAAGAGAAGGACGUGAUCUGGAAAAAGGACGGCGAAGUCCUGAAGAAAAAGGAGGGCAAAAUUCAGAUCAACAUCAUUGGCUUGUCGCAUGCAGUGACCAUCCAAGGCUCCACACCAGAGGACGCUGGCGUCUACUCAUGUGAAGUAUCAGGACAGGAGGAUGUGAAGACCUCCACGAACGUCAAAGUGAUUGAAAUAAUUAAAGACUGGAUAGUUAAACCACUUAGAGACCAGCAUGUGAAACCAAAGGCAGCUGCCACGUUUAAAUGCGAGCUCUUCAGAGACACUCCCAACUGGAAGUGGCUCAAAGGAGAGGACGAGAUCACUCCAUCUGACAAGGUUGAGAUCAAGAAGGAUGGAAAAGAACUGACGCUGACUAUCAAGAACUGCCAGCCGGAAGACGUAGCGCAAUAUUCAAUGGAGGUGGAAGGACGCAUCUACACCGCCAGUCUGACACUUGGAGAGCGUGAAGCUGAGAUCCUGAGGCCUUUGGUCAGUGUUGAGGUGAUAGAAAAGGAAGAAGCCUCAUUUGAAACAGAGAUAUCUGAGGAUGAUAUUCCAGGAGAAUGGAAACUUAAAGGAGAGGUUUUGACAAGAUCCCCGACGUGCGACAUCCAAAUGGAGGGUACUGUGCGUAGGCUCACACUGAAAAACUGCCAGUUGGAUCAGGCGGGGGAAGUGUCCUACCAGGCCCUGAAUGCCAUCACAACUGCAAUGUUAAAUGUCAAAGAAAUCGAGAUGGACUUUGUUGUCCCGCUGAAGGACGUUUCUGUGCCAGAAAAGAAACAGGCUAAGUUUGAAUGCACCAUCACGAAGGAUGUCGUAAAAGUCCUGUGGUACAAAGGGGCUGAUAUCAUCACCCCGGACCAAAAGUACGACAUCAUCGAUGAUGGAAAGAGGCAUAUGUUGGUCAUCAAUUGCUGCGAGUUUGAUGACGAGGACGAAUAUACGAUUGAGGUUUUGGGCAAAGCUUCCAAAGCCAGGCUCAAUGUCGAGGGUAUCAGGCUCAGAUUUGUUUCACCACUGAAAGACCUAACCGUCAAGGAGGGCAGUACAGCUCGCUUUGAGCUAGAGCUCUCUCAUGAGAACAUCCCUGUUACCUGGUACAAGAAUGACAAAAAAAUCCAUCCGAGCAGAACGGUUGUCACUUCCAUGGAUGGAAAGAAACAUGUGCUAGAAAUUAAGGACGUGACCCUAGAUGAUAUCUGCCAAAUUAAGGCAGAAGCAAAGGGAAUUCCUUCAAUGGCCAAUUUGACAGUUAUAGAGGGAGAUCCUUACUUCACGGUUAAGCUGCAGGACUUCACUGCAGUAGAGAAAGACGAAGUUGUUCUAGAUUGCGAACUCAGCAAAGAUGUUGAUGUCAUGUGGUACCACAAUGAAGCUGAGAUCAAGGCCUCCAAGAUGGUGACCGUCAAGGCUGAGGGCAAGCGAAGAACCCUGAUCAUCAAGAAAGUCGGGGACAAAGACAAGGGACAAUAUGUGUGCGACUGUGGGACAGACAAAACAACAGCUGAGCUUCACAUCGAAGCUCGCCACAUCAAGGUUGUUCGGCCCAUGUAUGGCGCCGAAGUCUUAGAGGGGGAAACCGCACGAUUUGAGGUCGAGCUCAGCGAAGACGAUGUCCACGGCCAAUGGAGACUGAACGGAGAAGUCCUCAGUCCAUCAGCUGACGUUGAGAUUGUGGAAGAUGGUGCCAAACACACUCUGGUCUUGUACAACUGCAAAGUGCCCCAGACAGGCGAGCUUGUGUUUGCUGCCGCCAACGCCAAGUGUUCUGCUAACCUUAAAAUCAGGGAGCUACCGCUUUCAUUCAUUACACCGCUGGCUGAUGUACAUGUGUACGAGAAGGAGGAAGCUAAGUUUGAGCUGGAAGUUUCACGAGAGGCCAAAAGCUUCCGUUGGCUCAAAGGGACUCAGGAAUUGUCAAACGACGAUAAGUUUGAAAUCAGUGUAGAUGGAAACCUACACACUCUUGUCGUAAAGUCCGCCAGAUAUGAAGACGAAGCCAAAUACAUGUUUGAAGCUGAAGAUAAGAGGACAUCGGGAAAGUUGAUUAUUAAAGGUAUUCGACUCGAAUUUAUCAGGCCGAUUAAAGACGUGACCGUUAAGGAGAGAGAAACCGCCGAGUUCAGCUUUGAAAUUUCUCAUGAAAAGAUUCCAGUGAUUUGGUACAGAAACGAAGUGCGCCUGCAUCCCAGCAAGCAGGUGCACAUGUCGGAGGAGGGGAAAGUGCACACGCUGGCCUUCAAGGAGGUCACCAUCGAUGACACCUCCCUGAUUAAGGUGGAGGCCAUGGGAAAGACGUCAGAGGCGAUGCUCACUGUUCUUGAGGGCGACCUCUACUUCACAGUUAAGCUCCAGAACUACACCGCAGUCGAAAAGGAUGAGGUGGUCUUAUCCUGCGAGCUGAGCAAGGCAGCCGGAGAGGUGAAGUGGUUUAAAGAUGGCGCCGAAAUUUUCUUGUCCAAGAAUGUUCUCUUCCAAUCUGAUGGCAGAAAGCGCAUGUUGGUGAUCAAGAAAUCUGCCAAGAAAGACAUGGGAGCAUACACCUGCGACUGUGGCACGGAUAAAACCACAGCCAACCUGAACAUCGAAGAGCGCAACAUUAAGGUUGUCCGCCCGCUGUACAGCGUGGAGGUCACAGAGACCGAGACGGCCUGGUUUGAGACGCAGAUAUCUGAGGAUGACGUUCACGCCACCUGGAAACUGAAGGGAGAGACCCUCCACCCAUCUGCUGAUGUGGAGAUAAAGGAGGAAGGGGCUCGACAUAUUUUGACACUCUUCAACUGCAAAAUGGACAUGGCCGGCGGCGUUGACUUCUCUGCAGCGAAUGCAAAAUCUUCAGCUCAUCUCAGAGUCAAAGGCCGGGUGAUCACCCUGGUGAGGCCUCUGAAGAACGUCACAGUGACUGCAGGAGAAACCGCCACCUUCCAGUGCGAGCUGUCAUAUGAAGACAUCAGCGUUGAUUGGUUCCUGGGGGGUACAAAGCUGGAGCCAAGCGACAGAGUGGUGUUCAAGGAUGAAGGGAAAGUCUACAGCGUCACGGUGAGAGACGUCCAACUGAGUGAAGCUGGACAAGUCAAACUCACCGCCAAGGACUUUGAAACUGAGGCAAGGCUCAUUGUCAAAGAGCCGCCAGUAGAGUUCACCAAACCUCUGGAGGACCAAACAGUAGAGGAGGAAACCACCGCCACCCUUGAGUGUGAAGUUUCCAGAGAGAAUGCAGAGGUACAAUGGUUCAGCGAAGACCAAGAGAUCCACAAGACCAAGAAGUACGAAAUACUCGCAGACGGCCGCAAGAGAACGCUGCUAAUCCAUGAAUGCACCAAGGACGACUCAAAAACCUACACUUGUGAUGCUAAAGACUUCAAAACGUCCUGCUUCCUUACUGUUGAACCUCCACGUGUCGAGUUCUCAAAGCCACUCCAUGAUGUCGAGGUCCGGGAGAAGGAAACCGCCAGGUUUGAGUGUGAAGUCUCCAGAGAGGACGCCAAGAUUCGCUGGUUAAAGGACGGAACUGAAAUCAGAAAAGGAAAGAAGUAUGAAAUUAUUGCAGAAGGCCGCCAACACAUCCUCAUCAUCCAUAAGGCUGCGUUUGAUGAUGAAGCUGAAUACGAAAUUGAUGCAAAGACCUCCAAAUCCUCCGGCAUGCUCACCGUUGUCGAGGAGGAAACAGUAUUCUCCAAAAACCUUUCGAAUGUGGAGGGAACGGAGACGGAGAGUGUGAAGCUCAUCUGUGAGGUCUCCAAGCCCGCCGCCGACGUUAAAUGGUACAAAGGCGAGGAAGAGCUGCCAGAGGGUGGCCGCUAUGAGCACAUCGUUGAUGGCAAGAGGAGGAUCCUCCUCAUCCAGGACCUGAAGUUAGAGGACGCCGGAGAGUACAACUGCAGGCUGAGCUCCGGUGCCAGAACCACCGCAAACCUCAAGAUUAAUGAACUGGCUGCUGAAUUCCUGACCAGACCUCAGAACCAGGAGGUGGUGGAGGGUCAGAAGGCCGAAUUCACCUGCACCGUCUCCAAGGAAACCUUCACCGUCAUAUGGUUAAAGGACGGCAAGGAGCUGGAGUCAGGAGGCAGAUUUGAUAUGGUGAGUGACGGCAAGACCAGGACCCUGGUCAUCAAGGACUGCGAGACCACUGAUGAGGGCGGAUACGUGGUAUUGAUCGGAGAGACCAGAGCCGGAGCUCAUUUGACAGUGAAUGAGAAACUGAAGGUCAUUACACCUCUGAAGGACUCAGAGGUCAAAGAAGGACAGGAGAUUGUCCUGAACUGCGAGGUGAACAUCGAAGGAGCCAAGGCCAAGUGGCUAAAGAACGAGGAGACUCUUUUCGAAAGCGGCAAGUACGUGAUGGUUCAGAGAGAUAACGUCUUCUCCCUACGGAUCAAAGACGCUCAGAAGGGAGACGAAGCCGACUACAGCAUCAUGCUGACCAAUCAUAGAGGAGAACAGGCCAAGAGCACCGGAAAACUCUCCGUCAGAGAGGAGAGUCUGAGGAUCAUGGUUCCUCCAGAAGACAUCGACACUCAGGAGAAGAACACAAUCAGCUUCUCCUGUAAGACCAACAGACCCAACGCCACAGUGAAGUGGAUGAAGGCUGGUCAGGAGAUCGCCUUCAGCAAGCGGGUGGUCUACAGGGUGGACAAGGAGAAGCACACGCUGACCAUCAAAGACUGCACGCUGGACGACGAAGGCGAGUACACUGUGAUGGCCGGAGACGACAAGGCCACAGCGGAGCUGAUCAUCAGCGAGGCGCCCACCGACUUCAGCGCUCCUCUCAAAGACCAGACCAUCACAGAAUUCGAGGACGCAGAGUUCACCUGCAAGCUGACCAAAGAGAAGGCAGAGGUCAAGUGGUACAGGAACGGACGGGAGAUCAGAGAGGGACCAAGAUACACAUUCGCAAAAGAAGGAAAGUUCUUCACGCUGCGGAUCAAGGAGUGCAGACCCGAUGACGAGUGUGAAUAUGCCUGUGGAGUGGACGACAAGAGGUCUAAAGCUAGGCUGUUUGUUGAAGAGAUUCCUGUGGAGAUCGUCAGACCCCCACAAGACGUGUUUGAACCCCCGGGUUCGGACGUUGUUUUUGAGGUGGAGCUCAACAAGGACCGUGUGGAGGUGAAGUGGCUGCGUAACAACAUGACCGUGGUCCAGGGAGACAAGUUCCAGAUGAUGAGCGAGGGAAAACUGCACCGGCUGCAGGUCUGCGAGAUCAGACCCAGGGACCAGGGCCUGUACAGGGUCAUGGUCAGGGACAAGGACGCCAGGGCCAAGCUGGAGCUGGCAGCCGUGCCUCAGAUAAAGACCACAGACCAGACCUACGUCACAGACGCCGGGAAGCCCAUUGUCCUGGUCGUCCCGUACAGCGCUUACCCUCAGGCAGAGGCCGACUGGCUGUACGACAACCUGAGCCUCCCCAAAGACAACAUCCACACCUCCGCCGACCGCACAGAGUACCGCCUGAAGGACCCCAAGAAGUCGGACCAAGGCCGCUACAAGAUCAACAUCAAGAACAAACACGGAGAAGGAGAGGCUUUCAUCAACCUGGAUGUCAUCGACGUCCCUGGACCUGUGAAGAACCUCCAGGUGGUCGACACCGCAGACGGCGAGGUCAGCCUGGCGUGGGAGGAGCCUGAGAACGACGGUGGCAGCAAAGUGACCGGAUACGUGGUGGAGAGACGCGACAUAAAGCGUAAGACCUGGACUCUGGCCACCGAUCACGCAGAGAGCCCAGAGUACACGGUGACCGGGCUGCAGAAGGACUCCUUCUACCUGUUCCGAGUCAGCGCUCGGAACAGGGUGGGCGCCGGACCCUUCGUUGAGACGGACGAAGCCGUGCAAGCCAAGAACAAGUUUGACGUUCCUGAGGCCCCUCUGAACGUCAUCGUCGGAAACGUCACAAAGUUCGGAUGCACUGUCUCCUGGGAGCCUCCCGUAUCAGACGGAGGCUCUCCCAUUACCUCCUACAUCGUGGAGCUGCGUGACAGGACGUCUGUGAAGUGGUCGCCUGUCCAGGUGACCAAAGCUGGCGAGCUUAGCGCCAUUAUCAACGAUGUCAUUGAGAACAAAGAGUACAUCUUCAGGGUCAAAGCUGAGAACAAAGCGGGCGAGGGCAAGCCCAGCGCCGCCUCGCAGCCUGUGAAGAUCAUGGAUCCAAUUGAACGUCCUAGUCCACCUCAGAACCUGGCUUGGCAGGACCAGAAUAAGAGCUCAGUGCAGCUCACCUGGGAGACGCCUCUGAAGAAUGGCGGCAGCAUGAUCACCGGGUACAUCAUCGAACGCUGUGAGGAGGGCACCGACAAGUGGUUACGCUGCAACGCUCGCCUCUGCCCGGACCUCUUCUACAAGGUGUCGGGUCUGAAAUAUGGAACCAAGUACAACUACAGAGUGUUUGCUGAAAAUGCUGCUGGAGUUUCUGACCCAUCAAACUGCAUCGGACCUCUGCUGGCAGACGACCCUCAUUUUGGCCCAAGUUUCGACCUGAGUGCCUUCAAAGACGGCCUUGAGGUGAUCGUCCCUCAGCCUCUCACCAUCAGAGUGCCCAUCACUGGUUACCCGACCCCCGUCGCCAAGUGGAACUGUGGUGAAAAGGAGCUGACUACUGCAGACGAACGCGUCUCCCUAAUGACCAAAUCCACGUUUACAGAGUUAAUGAUUACACCGAGCGUCCGCCCAGACAAAGGCAUCUACACCCUCCACCUGGAGAACGAUGUCACCUCUGUGUCCGGAGAUAUCGAAGUCAACGUCAUCGCUGCACCGAGCGCUCCUAAGGACUUCAAGGUCCUGGAGGUAACCCGGCAGCAUGUCCACCUGAGCUGGGAGGCUCCUGAACAUGACGGAGGAAGCCCUCUGACCGGCUAUCAGGUGGAGAAACGUGACGUGUCCCGCAAGACCUGGGUGAAGGUUACCUCAGGGAUCCAGGAUCUGGAGUUUACAGUCACUGAUGUGAUUGAAGGGAAGGAGUAUCUGUUCAGAGUCACCGCCUGCAACAAGUGCGGCCCAGGAGAGCCGGCGUACAUCGACGAGCCCGUCAACGUCUCGUCUCCAGCCACUGUACCAGACCCACCAGAGAACCUGAAGUGGAGAGACAAGUCAGCCAGUGGUAUCUUCCUCACCUGGGAGCCGCCAAAGUAUGACGGCGGCACCGGCAUCCGGGGCUACAACGUAGAGCGCUGCCAGAGAGGCACAGAUAAGUGGGAGCCCUGUGGAGACAUGGUGCAGGAGCUGAAAUGCCAGGUGAGCGGUCUGAUCGAGGGACAGUGGUAUGCAUACAGAGUCCGAGCCCUAAACCGCCUUGGAGCAAGCAGGCCCUGCAAGCCCACAGAUGAGAUCCAGGCUGUUGAUCCUAUAGAGGCUCCAGAGAUCCAGCUGGAUGCCAAGCUGCUGGCCGGUCUGACUGCCAAGGCCGGCAGCAAAAUUGAACUCCCUGCUGAAGUGACGGGUAAGCCGGAGCCACGAGUGAAGUGGACCAAGGCUGACCUGGUCCUCAAGGCAGAUGACAGGGUGUCCAUCGACACCAAGCCAGGACACUCAACUGUCACUAUUGCCAAGACCAAGAGAGACGACAGCUCCACCUACAUUAUAGAGGCGACCAACAGCAGCGGGCGUGCCACUGCCACAGUGGAUGUCAACAUCCUUGACAAACCCGGACCUCCUGCUGCAUUCGAUAUCUCCGAUAUCACCAACGAAACCUGCUUCCUGGCCUGGAACCCCCCACGUGACGAUGGCGGCUCCAGGGUUACCAACUACAUCGUGGAGCGCCGGGCUGCCGACAGCGAAAUAUGGCACCGCCUGUCCUCCACCGUCAAACAGACCACAUACAAGGCCGUCGGCCUGGUCAAGUUCAAGGAGUACAUUUUCCGUGUGUUUGCUGAGAACCAGUUUGGUGUUGGUCCACCUGCAGAGCACCCCUCCAUUAUUGCCCGAUAUCCGUUUGACACCCCUGGAGCUCCCUACAAACUGGAGCCUUCAGACAUUGCCAAAGACUCUGUGACGCUGACCUGGUAUGAGCCGGAUGAGGAUGGAGGAAGCCCCAUCACAGGAUACUGGGUGGAGAGAUAUGAGCCAGACCACGAUAAGUGGAUCCGAUGCAACAAGCUGCCCAUCAAAGACACCAAUUACAGAGUAAAGGGUCUUCCAACGAGGAAGAAGUACAAGUUCAGAGUCCUCGCUGAAAAUCUGGCUGGAACUGGAAAACCAAGCAAAGAGACGGAUCCAAUCCUUGUCAAAGAUCCAAUCGAUCCUCCAUGGCCUCCUGGUAAGCCCUCAGUCAGGGACGUAGCCAAGACUUCCUGCUUCCUGUCGUGGACCAAACCCGAGCACGACGGCGGUGCAAAGAUCGACAGCUACGUCAUCGAGAUGCUGAAGAGCGGUACCACAGACUGGAUCCGUGUGGCUGAGAACAUCAGCCUCCUGGAGUUUUUCCUGAAGGGCCUGAUGGAGAAACAGGAGUACUCUUUCAGAGUGAGAGCCAUUAACAUCGCAGGAGAGAGUGAACCCAGCGAGCCCAGCGACCCAGUGCUCUGCAAGGAGAGACUGAACCCUCCAUCGGCACCCAGGUGGUUGGAGGUUGUGGGGAUCAGCCGGAACAGCGCAGAUUUGAAGUGGACGGCCCCGGAGCGUGAUGGAGGGUCCCGGAUCACCAACUAUGUGGUGGAGAAGCGUGACGUGAGGCGUAAAGGCUGGCAGGCCGUGGACACCACCGUAAAGGAGCUGAAGUGCACUGUGACACCCCUCAACGAUGGCGCUCUGUACGUGUUCAGGGUCGCCGCGGAGAACGCAGUGGGAGUCGGUCCAUUCUGUGAGCUUGAGGAUUCUGUGCUGGCCAAAGACACUUUCACUACUCCUGGACCGCCCUAUGCUCUCACCGUCUACUCUGUGACCAAAAAGUAUGUGGAUCUGGAGUGGGAGGCGCCUAAAAAUGAUGGCGGUAGACCCAUACUGAGGUAUUCUAUUGAGAAGAAGGAGAAGCUGGGAACACGCUGGGUAAAAUGUGGAAAGACUUCUGGUCCAGACUGUAAAUACAGGGUGACAGAUGUCAUCGAGGGCACAGAAGUCCAGUUCCAGAUCCGGGCUGAGAAUGAGGCCGGUGUCGGACACCCAAGCGAACCUACAGAGAUCUUAACCAUUGAAGAUCCCACAGGCGUCCCUUCUCCUCCCAUCGAGCUGCACGUGACCGGCGCCAGCCGAGACUUCCUGUCCAUCGCCUGGAAGCCACCGCAGCAGGAUGGCGGAUCUCCGAUCCGUGGCUAUCACAUUGAGAUGUGCGAGGCUGGAACGGAGAAGUGGAUGAGGGUCAACUCUCGUCCGGUGAAGGAGCUGAAGUACCGCGUGGAGGAGGGCGUGGUUCCUGAGAAAGAGUACAUACUGAGAGUGAGGGCUAUCAAUUCAGUGGGAGAAAGUGAGCCCUCCGACAUCUCAGAAAACGUCUUCGCCAAAGACUCCGACUGUAACCCUACACUGGAGUUCCAGACUCUCGACCUGGUUGUCGUGGAAACAGAGAAACUCCACAUCCCAGUUCCCUUCAGAGCCGUGCCGUCUCCCAAAAUCACGUGGCACAAAGAUGGCAAAGAGAUGAAGGCAGAUGAGCGUCUCAUGUUCAGGAAGGAGUACACUUCCUGUCACUUGGAGAUCGACAGCAGCCUUCACCCCGAUGCUGGGGUGUACAAAGUGACUUUGGAGAACAAUCUGGGAAGUGCCAGUGCAACCAUUAACGUUAAAGUCAUCGGUCUUCCUGGUCCCUGUAAAGAGAUUGUGGCAUCUGAAAUCACAAAGAGCUCCUGUAAAGUGUCCUGGGAUCCUCCAGACUAUGAUGGUGGCACCCCGGUUCUUCACUACGUCCUACAGCGGCGUGAGGCCGGCAGGAGGACGUACGUCAACAUGAUGUCAGGAGAGAACAAGGUGAGCUGGAUGGUGAAAGACCUCAUUCCCAACGGAGAGUACUACUUCAGAGUCCAGGCCGUCAACAAGAUCGGAGGAGGAGAGUUCAUCGAACUGCGGAACCCCGUCAUCGCUCAGGACCAGAAACAUGCUCCUGACCCACCAGUGGAUGUAGAGACCCACAAUCCCACCUCCAGUACAAUAACCUUGACCUGGAAGCCUCCCAUGUAUGAUGGCGGUGCCAAGAUCAUGGGAUACAUUCUGGAGAGGCAGCAGAAGGGCGAGGACAAAUGGGAGAGGUGCAAUGACUUCCUGGUGCCGGUCCUGUCCUACACAGUCAGAGGACUAACAGAGGGAAAGGAAUACAUGUUCAGAGUCAAAGCAGAAAAUGCUGCCGGAAUCAGUGAGCCAUCACGCAGCACGCUGUUCGUUAAGGCCUCAGAUGCUAUCGAUCCUCCCAAAGUGUUCCUGAGUGGUAGCCUGCAGUCUGGUCUCAGUGUUAGACGGGGCUGUGAGAUCUGCCUGGACGCCAAUAUUUCUGGCUCGCCGUACCCUCAGAUUACAUGGUACUGGAACAACCAGCCAAUCCAGCCUGAACCACUCCGCAAGAGACCCGAAAAACCCCUGAAAAAGAAGCCUGAGAAGAAGGAGGAGGAGAAGAAGGAGGAGGAGAAAAAGGCUGAGGGGGAGGCUGAGAAGAAAGAAGAGACGAUGGAAGUAGAGGAAAAGAAAGAAGCAGAGGAGAAGAAGCCAGAGGAGGAGAAGAAGCCAGAGGAGGAGAAGAAGCCAGAGGAGGAGAAGAAGCCAGAGGAAGAGGCUGCAGAGCCAGAGGUGGAGGAGCCUGACUAUCCCACCAUCAACGAACGUCUUACUAUCAAUAACAGCCACAGGGGUGUUUCCUCCAUCGCCAUCAGGGAGUCAGUCCGCCCGGAUCAUGGCGUCUACAUGGUGAAGGUGGAGAACGAUCACGGCAUUGCCUCAGCAACCUGUGAGGUCAACGUGCUCGAUACCCCUGGCCCUCCUGUGAACUUUACAUUUGAGGAAGUGAGGAAGAACUCUGUCAUUUGCAAGUGGGAUCCUCCUCUGGAUGAUGGCGGCAGCGAGAUCCUCAACUACACUCUGGAGAAGAAGGACAACUCCAAGCUGGAGUUUGGCUGGAGUUGUGUUACUUCCACUCUCAGAGGGUGCCGUUACCUGGUGCCCAAACUCAUUGAGAAGAAGGAGUACAUCUUCAGGGUGGUGGCAGAAAACAAGUUUGGUCCUGGUCCGCCUUGCGUCUCCAAGCCUCUAGUUGCCAAGAACCCCUUCGAACCUCCCGAGGCUCCUGAUAAGCCACAGGUUGAUGACAUCACAGCCAACAGCAUGCUGGUCAUCUGGAAUGAACCAAAAGACAAUGGCAACCCCAUCCUGGGAUACUGGGUGGAGCGCAGGGAGAUCAACAGCUCCCACUGGGCACGUGUAAACAGGAACAUCGUCCCAGACACCCAGCUGAAAGUGGAAGGUCUCCUGGAGGGACUGACUUACAUCUUCAGGGUAGCGGCUGAAAACCAGGCCGGCCCUGGAAAGUUCAGUCCUCCCUCUGAACCUAAAACGGCCCAGGCUCCAAUCCUGCCACCUGGACCUCCCACUGCCAGAGUGGUGGCUUCCACUGACCACUCCAUUGAGGUUGAGUGGGACCCGCCUGCAGACAAUGGUGGUGGAGAGAUUCUGGGAUACCAUGUGGAUAAGGCAAUGGCUGGAACCAAAGACUGGUCUAGAUCAACAGAACGUCCCUGGAAGACCCGUAACUUCACUGUCUAUGGAGUUCGUGAAGGGGCAAAGUACACCGUCAGAGUCAUCGCGUGCAACGCUGCUGGAGAGGGAGCUCCUGGAUUCACAGAGGCUGUUUUUGUCCGGAACCCAGCAGAAAUUCCAGUUAUUGAAAUGGACCUUUCUGUCAAGAAUGGUGUUAUCAUCAGAGCUGGAGAAACCCUGCGUGUUCCUGCUACAGUCACAGGUAAACCCUACCCAUCCAUCACCUGGACGAAGGAUGAUGGGAAACCGGAUAAAGACCGUGUGGAGAUCCUCAGCGAGGGAGACGACAGUAUCGUCUUGAUCAAGAACGUCCAAAGAAAAGAUUGUGGAAAAUACCAGAUCUCUGCCUGCAACCCCAGUGGCUCCAAGUCUGCAUCGACCAGAGUGGAAGUUAUGGACGUCCCUGGCCCUAUCACCGAUCUGAAGCCAGUUGUCGUUACGCGCAAGAUGAUUUUCCUGAACUGGGAUGACCCAGAAGAUGAUGGAGGCAGCGAUCUGACGGGCUUUAUUGUGGAACGAAGGGACGCCAAGAUGCACACUUGGAGGCAGCCCAUUGAAACCGCUUCAUCAAAGUGCGAGUGUGUGGGCAUCAUGGAAGGGCAGGAGUACUUUUUCCGUGUCACUGCCAAGAACAAAUACGGUUUGGGUGUACCUGUUGAGCUGGGGCCUAUCAAGGCUGUGGAUCCUCAGGGUCCUCCAUCAUACCCUGAGAAGUUCCACUACACGGAGCGGACCAAAAACUCCAUCACUCUGGCUUGGAAGCCUCCACGUAGCGAUGGCGGCAGCCCUGUUAUCGGGUACUUUGUAGAGAAGAAGAGGCAGGACAAGCAGGCCUUUGAGCCAUGUAACACAGAGAUCUGCCCCAACAUGACUCUUACUGUGGAAGGCCUGGAGGAGGCCUGGAUGUAUGAGUUCAGAAUCAAAUGUGCCAAUCUUAUUGGUGAGAGCGAGCCAUCCAUCCCACUGACGGUGGUGAUCCAAGAUGAUGAAGUUGGUCCUGAGAUCCACAUGUUGAAGCACUUCAAGGCCGACUGUAUUACUGUGAGGAAAGGUGAGCCUAUCGAAAUCCCCGCCGAUAUCAUUGGGCUCCCCGUCCCGAAUAUCGAGUGGUCCAAGGACGAUGUGGUGAUCGAUAAGCCAACAGAGACGCUGCUGAUCGAGACAGAGGUCACUGGAAGGAUGAAUGCCAAGACCACGCUGUCCAUCCCAGCUGCCAACAGGAGGGACCGUGGUAGCUACACCGUGUCAGCAUCUAACAAUAUGGGCUCUGCUAAACACACCGUCUCUGUCAUGGUGCUGGAUCGACCAACUCCACCGAGGAACCUGACUGUAUCUAACAUCAGAGCAGAGUCCUGCUACCUGAACUGGGACCCACCAAUUGAUAAUGGUGGCAGCGAGCUGACUAACUACAUUAUUGAGAGAAAGGAAGUGCGUAAAGAUGAGCCUGAGCCAGAGGAAGGUGAAGAGGCUCCACCUGAGCCACAGUGGGAGGAGGUCAGCAGCACCAUCAUUGAGAGGAAAUUUGGGGUAUGGAACUUGGAAACUAACAAGACCUACUUGUUCCAAGUCAGAGCUGAGAACCGCUAUGGUAAAUCUGACCCCUGUACAACAGAAGAAGUCCUCAUUACAGACCCGUUUGGUCUUCCUGGACCACCAGAGAAACCAACUAUUACAGAAUACUCCAAGGUGUCUAUGACACUCACCUGGCAGCCUCCUAGAGAGACUGGAGGCUCAAUGAUCACUGGCUACUGGUUGGAGAAAAGGGAGAAAGGCACCGACUAUUGGGCCAAGGUGAACAAGAUGCCAGUCACUAAAAGGGGCACGAAAGGUUGGGAGUAUCAGGUCACUCGACUGUUUGAAGGAACUGAGUACGAGUUCAGGGUUGCUGCCAGCAAUUCAGCUGGAACCGGACCAUUCAGUGCACCAUCUGACUCCGCCUUUGCCGUUGAUCCCAUCACUCCUCCAAGCAUGCCUGCCGCCCCUGAGAUCGCGGAUAAGACCAAGCACAGCGUCACUUUGUCUUGGAAGCCACCUGAGAGUGACGGAGGUAGCCCCAUCAAGGGCUACAUCAUCCAGAUUCAGGAUGAGGGAUCAUCAGAGUGGCACAAGAUCAACGACAUCGACAGCCUGAUCCCUACCACAGAAUUCACAGUGCCCAGUCUCCGUGAGCUGAAACGCUACCGCUUCAGGAUCAUCGCCGUCAACGACAUCGGCGAGUCCGACCCCAGCCCUCGCACCAGUGAAGUUCUGAUUGAGGACAUCCAACUUCCUCCUUCCAUCACAAUCGAUGUCCUGGCUGAAGAAUUGGUGAACAUCCGUGCUGGAGAUCCAAUCAGGAUUCCCGCCACCAUCAAGGGCCGGCCUGUUCCCAAGGUUACCUGGGACUAUGAGGGCAAAGCCAAGAGCCAGAAAAAGAACAAACUGCAUACAGUUCCUGUGGAGGCUGAGGUUGAGUCCACAGAGACCACCUCCGUGUUGAACAUCCCUGUGAGCCUGAGGAGUCACUCUGGACGUUAUACCAUCACUGCCAAGAACAAGUCUGGACAAAAACAUGUCAACGUCAGAGUGAUUGUCCUCGAUGUUCCUGGACCUCCAAAGGACCUGAGGGUCACUGAUGUAACCCGUUCAACCAUGAGGCUGAUCUGGAAGCUCCCUGACACCGAUGGAGGAGAGAGGAUCAAGAGCUACUUCAUUGAGAAGAAGUCUGUCAUUGACAAGGCCUGGACUAAGGUGAAUGCUGCUUGUGCUAGUCAAGCCUUUGUGGUUCCUGGCCUAUUGGAGGGUCAGGAGUACCUGUUCAGGGUUCGUGCAGAAAACAGACUUGGAUUUGGUCCCUUCACUGAAACAAAGGAACCCGUCCGAGCUAGAGAUCCCAUCUACCCACCGGACCCCCCGACCAAGCUGAAGGUUAACCUGGUUACCAAGAACACCGUCACUCUGAGCUGGGAGCCUCCAAAGAACAACGGCGGCUCUCCGAUAAAGCAUUACAUCAUCGAGCGUCUGAGCUGGGACACCAGCGGAAAGGAGAAGGAGACCUGGAAGCAGUGCAACAAGAGAGACGUGGAGGAACUGAGCUUUGUUGUGGAGGAUCUGAAGGAGGGUGGAGAAUAUGAAUUCAGAGUAAAAGCUGUGAAUGAGGCAGGACCAAGCCGACCUUCUGCCACCGUGGGACCCUUGGUCAUAAAGGACCAGACAUGUCCUCCUACCAUUGAGUUACGGGAAGCCAUGGAGGGAGAGGAAGGCUGCGACGUCAGCAUCGUGGCAAAGAUCAGCGGUUGUCCCUUCCCAACGCUAACCUGGCAUAAGGCCAGCCAGGCCAAACCCGAGGAGAAGACUGCUGUCCAGUAUGACCAGCACAUCACCAAACUGGUGACCCCAGUCAAGUGCACACUGCUGAUUCAGCAGGCCAGCCGGGAUGACAGCGCCCUCUACAGCCUGACUGCCAGUAACAGUCUGGGUACAGUCUCCAAGGACAUCAAACUGUCUGUGCUGGGACCUCCUGGCCCACCAAUUGGACCGAUUAAGUUCACAGAGGUCUUUGCAGAGAGGAUUGGCCUGGCCUGGAACCCUCCCACAGAUGAUGGUGGAUCCAAGAUCACCAAUUAUGUGGUGGAGAAGCGUGAGGAAAACCGAAAAUCCUGGGUCCAUGUCUCCAAUGACCCCAAGGAGUGCACCUAUAUUGUGACAAGGCUAACAGAGAACCAUGAAUAUGAGUUCAGGGUCAUGGCCCAGAACAAGUUUGGAGUUGGACCACCACUGGUCAGUGAGCCAGAGAAGGCCAGAAACCUUUUCACCGUUCCUGGUCAAUGUGAGAAACCAACAGUAACUGAAGUCUGUCUUGAGUCUAUGACCGUGAACUGGGAUGAGCCUAAGUAUGACGGCGGGUCCUCCAUUACCGGCUACUUCAUUGAAAAGAAGGAGACCACUUCCAAACGCUGGACCCGAGUCACUCGGGAACCGAUCCGUGCUCUCCCACUGGGCAACAACUGGGACGUUACAGGCCUAAUGGAGGGUGCACUGUACCAGUUCAGGGUGAUCGCCAUCAACGCAGCUGGCUGUGGCCUGCCCAGCCUGCCUUCAGACCCCGUACUCUGCAGAGACCCCAUCAAACCUCCAGGGCCACCUUACCCGAAGGUGUCAGACUGGACUAAAUCAACCGUGGAGCUUGAGUGGCUCCCUCCUUCGUCGGAUGGAGGGUCCAAGGUGACCGGUUAUGUUGUUGAGUUCAAGGAGCCUGAGAGUGAUGAGAGCUGGCAGAAGGCAAAGGACACUGAGGUUAGAGGAACCAAGUACGUGGUGGCCGAACUUAAAGAAGGAGGCCUCUACCAGUUUAGAGUCCGAGCCGUGAACUCAGCUGGAGUUGGAGAGCCUGGUCUCGUGUCCGAAUUGAUUGAGGUCAAAGACAGAACAAUUCCUCCUGAGAUGGACCUGGAUGCUUCGGUGAAGGAAAAGAUUGUCGUCCAUGCAGGAGCUACCAUCCGCAUCAUUGCAUACGUUUCUGGUAAACCUGCUCCACAGAUCACCUGGUGCCGCGACGACGGUGAAGUGCCCAAAGAGGCUCUAGUGGAGACAACAGGCAUCUCCAACUCACUGGUCAUCAAGAACUGCAGGCGCCAACAUCAGGGCAUGUACACGCUCACUGCCAAGAACGAGGGUGGUGAGAGGAGGAAGGCCGUCAUCGUUGAAGUUCUUGAUGUUCCUGGACCUGUUGGUCUUCCUUUUGCCGGUGAGAAUCUGACCACUGACUCCUGCAAACUGACCUGGUACUCCCCCGAAGAUGAUGGAGGCUCGGCCAUCACCAACUACAUAAUCGAGAAGCGAGAAUCUGACCGCAUGGGCUGGACCUCGGUGUCCUACACAGUGACUAGGAACAACGCGGUGGUACAGGGUCUGAUCGAGGGCAAGGGUUACUUCUUUAGGAUCGCAGCCGAGAACAUCAUUGGAAUGGGACCUUUCAUCGAGAUCGAUAACAUGGUCCUCAUUAAGGACCCCAUCUCCGUCCCAGAGCGUCCAGAGGACCUGAUUAUAACCGCAGUCACCAAGGACUCCAUCUCUGUUGCUUGGAGACCCCCUAAAUACGACGGCGGAGCGGAAGUGACCUCCUACGUCCUUGAGUCAAGGAUGGUGGGCCGGGACACUUUUGCUCGUAUAGGUGGUGAGGACAAGCUGAUGGACAGGAAGUUUACGCUGACCGGACUGAAGGAAGGCUCGAGUCACGAGUUCAGAGUCUCAGCCGUCAACCAGGUGGGACAGGGCAAGCAUUCCUUCCCAACCAAACCCGUGCAGUGCAAGGACGAGCUUGAACCACCAACUCUGGACCUAGACUUCAGAGAAAAGAUGAUGGUGAAGGUAGGAGACUCGUGCUUAUUGUCAGGACGCUACAGCGGCAAACCAGCACCAACCAUCAGCUGGACAAAGAAUGAGGAGGAGGUUAAAGCAGAUGAAGAGAUCAGCCUCCACAGCACUGCGCACCACCUUAGCCUGAACAUCCCCAAGGCUAAGAGAGAUCACAGCGGCCGCUACUGCGUCAGCGUCGACAAUGCUGCUGGAACACGUACCGGAGUAUGUGCCCUAACUGUAGUCGACCGCCCACAGCCACCAGAGGGCCCCGUGGUAUUCAACGAAGUCUACAGAAACUACAUGGUCAUCUCCUGGAAUCCACCUCUGGAUGACGGGGGCUGCGCCAUCUCCAACUAUAUCAUCGAGAAGAGAGACACCAACAGAGACCUGUGGAUGCCCGUCACCUCGUCCUCCACCAGGACCACCUGCAAGGUGCCAAAGCUGAUUGAGGGCCGUGAUUACAUCAUCCGGAUCAUGGCUCAGAACAUGUAUGGCAUCAGUGACCCACUUCUGUCUGCGGAGACCAAAGCUAAGGAUAUCUUCAAGGUGCCUGAUGCACCAAAGCAGCCUGUGGUAAAGGAGGUUUACCACGACUCGGCCCUGAUCAGCUGGGAGCCACCUGCUGAUGGAGGAAAGCCAAUUACCGGCUACAUAGUAGAGAGAAAGGAGACCAAGGCCAACAGGUGGGUUCGUUGCAACACAGAAAGAAUCUGCCCUAAAGUUGAAUACUGGGUAACAGAGCUGCUGAAAGGCUGCGAGUACGAGUUCAGAGUCAGCGCCGAGAACGAGGUGGGAGCUGGGGACCCCAGUCCACCCUCCAAACCAGUUUUUGCCAAGGAUCCUAUUGUGAAACCCAGUCCACCUGUCAAUCUUCGUGCCAUCGACUUCACCAAGGAAUCUGUCACUCUGUCCUGGGAGCCACCCACCGACACUGGACGGGGAAAGAUCUUUGGAUACCUGCUGGAGUUCCAGAAGGCUGGUGAAGACGAGUGGCACAAGGUGAACCAGACUCCAGACUCCUGCCAAGAGACCAAGUUUAAGGUGAUCAACCUUGAAGAUGGUUCUCUGUACCGGUUCAGAGUCAUUGCUGUGAAUGCUGCGGGAGAGUCUGACCCAGCAAACCUGAGGGAGCCAAUCAGAGUACAGGAGAGGCUUGAGCCUCCAGAGCUGAUUCUAGAUGCUGGAAUGACCCGAGAGGUGAAGGCUAUGGCUGGCACUCAUAUCACCCUGAUGGCCACCAUCAAAGGCUGCCCAUUCCCCACUGUCACCUGGAAGAAGAAUGACGCAGAGGUUCCCACAAGGGCGGACAUUGAGACAAACCAGAUGGGUACCAAACUGGAGAUGAGAUUCUGCAACCGUGGAGACUGUGGAGACUACACCCUGACAGUGGAAAACCCGGCCGGGUCAAAGACGGCUACCUGCACUGUGCUGGUGUUUGACAAACCUGGCCCUAUUCAGCACCUCAGGGUGUCUGACAUCCGGAGCGAUUCCGCCUACCUGUCGUGGAAGGAUCCAGAAGACAAUGGCGGCUCUCGCAUCACUAACUUUGUGGUAGAGAAGAAAGACACUGCCGCCACUCAGUGGGUCCCUGUCUGCUCCACCUCCAAGAAGCGCAGCAUGAUGCUGAAGCACCUGAUGGAGGGAACAUCCUAUAUGUUCAGAGUUGCUGCGGAAAACCACUACGGUCGCAGUGAAUAUGUGGAGACACCAAAGGCCAUCAAGGCUAUGAAUCCCCUCUUCCCUCCGGGUCCUCCCAAAGACCUGCAUCAUGUAGAUGUUGACAAAACCGAGGUCUGGUUGGUCUGGAACUGGCCUGAUCGCAAUGGGGGAAGUGAGAUCACUGGCUUCUUUGUGGAGUAUCAGGAAGAGGGAGUGAGGGAUUGGGAAGAAUGGAAGACUGUGAGCAUCCCAGAGAGUCAUGUCACCGGCCUGGAGGAGGGAAAGACCUACCGCUUCAGAGUAAGGGCUGAAAACGCCAUCGGACUCAGCAGACCUGAUACCACCCUGCCCAUCCUUUGCCAGGAGAAACUAGUCCCUCCAAUUGUCGAGGUGGAUGUUAAGCUCAUUGAAGGAAUCAUUGUGAAGGCCGGCACCACCAUCAGGUUACCGGCUAUCAUGAGAGGAAUCCCUGUGCCCACUGCCAAGUGGUCCAUUGAAGGGGAGGAAAUCACAAGCCAGGGCAACAUUAAAAUCGACACUGACAAUUUCUCCACGGUGCUCAACAUUAAUGAGUGCACCAGGAACCACACAGGCACCUACCUGCUCACCGUCUCAAACCCAGCAGGGACUAAAACCGUGGCCCUCAAUGUAACAGUUCUAGACGUCCCGGCUGCUCCUAUCGGACCCGUCAACAUCCUGGAAGUUACUCCAGACUCCAUGACAAUUGAGUGGCGCCCACCAAAGGAUGACGGAGGCAGCCCUGUCACCAGCUACAUUGUGGAAAAAAGAGAGUCCAGCAAGGAAACCUGGGGGGGAGUUAGCUCCGGCAGCCUCGACACUCAGCUCAGAAUCACUCGCCUGCAGAAGGGAGCGGAGUAUGUGGUCCGUAUCCGUGCUGCAAACAAGAUGGGAGUGGGCGCUCCUUUGGAGAGCAAGCCCACUGUGGCUGAACACACCUUUAUGCCACCUAGUCCACCUGGUAAACCCCACCAUUACGAUCUGUCUGAAGAUGCCGUCACGAUUGGAUGGACCAUGCCUCUUGCUGAUGGUGGCAGCCAGAUCACUGGCUACCUCAUUGAGCGCAGACACAAGGGAGGAAAGUGGAUCCGCGUCAAUAGGACCCCAUGCAAGGACCUACGAUACAGAGUCCAGGGUCUCUUUGAAGGAAGUGAAUAUGAAUUCCGGGUGUUUGCUGAGAAUAUUGCUGGUUAUAGUGGUCCUUCUCCCACCUCUGACCUCUGCAAGCCCUGCAGACCCAUCACAGUCCCAAGCUCACCCAUUAACCCCAAAGUAAAGGAUUACAGUAAGAACACAGCAGACCUGGUUUGGACAAAACCCUCCAGAGAUGGCGGCAGCCCAAUCCUGGGCUACACUGUGGAAAUGAAGAAGGCGGACACUGAGGAGUGGAAGAAAGUUAACCUGGAUGAUUUUAUCAAGCAGUGUGCCUACACAGUGAAGGGUCUUGAAGAAGGUGUGAGCUACAACUUCAGAGUCCGUGCUUCCAAUAUGAUUGGAGAUGGAGAGCCCAAGGAAAUGCCAGAUUCUAUCACUGCUCAGGAUAUCCUCAUCCCACCUGAGAUUGAAAUGGACCUCACCUGUCGCGAGAGACUGACAGUACGUGUCGGUCACAACCUCAACAUCAUUGGCUACGUCAAAGCCCGUCCUGAUCCUGAAGUCAUUUGGUCGAAGGGGGAGGCGGUUCUGGAGAACAGCAAGCGCUUGACCAUCGUCCAGAACUUCCCUGUGGUUCACCUCAAGGUAAAGGAGGCAACAAGGAAUGAUCACGGCCAGUACACGGUGAAGGCUUCAAACGAGGGUGGUGAGGCUUCCUGCACCAUCACAGUCAAUGUGCUGGACAGACCCAGUCACUGCCAGAAUCUGCACAUCACUUAUGCCACCAAGAGCUCCUGUAUGGUCAACUGGGAGGCACCCAUCGACAACGGAGGGUCAGAGAUCACCAAUUACAUCGUGGAGUGCCGUGAGCCCAGCAUCAGCAUGUGGUCCAUGAUCUCCUCCAACUGCACUAAUCGCAAAAUCAAAGCCAAACUGAUGGAGGGCCAUGAGUACCUGUUCCGCGUCUGUGCUGUGAACAAGUUGGGACCUGGUCCCUGUGUGGAAACCAAGACCCCUCUGCUGGCCAUAGACCCCAUAGAGAAGCCCGGUGAGCCUGAGAACUUUAGAGCCACCGACAUUGGUAAAAACCACGUCUAUCUAAGGUGGAGGAAACCCGAUUAUGAUGGUGGCAGCCCCAACCUCUCCUACAACUUGGAGUGCAAACAUAAAGAUGCAGAAGAGUGGGAGAAGCUCAACGCCGGCAUACUAACGGAUACCUUUUUCUUGGCGAACAAGCUGGUUGAGAACCAAACAUACACAUUCAGGGUGCAAACUGCGAAUGAGGGAGGAGAAAGUGCUUGGGUAAAGAUUCCUGACAUCGUGGUGAGGGAGGAGCUCCAGAAGCCAGUUAUUGAUCUGAAGGUAACUGGAACCAUGACAGUAAAGGCUGGAGAGUCCGUCAGGAUGGAAGCAGCGCUGAGAGGAAAACCCCCGCCUGAAGUCAAAUGGGCCAAAGACAAGGCUGUGGGAGACAAUCCAAGGAUGAGCUAUGAAACUGGUCCAGAUUACUCCAAAUUCCUCUUGACCAAGUCUAGACGCACAGACACUGGAAAAUACAUUGUCACUGCCACCAAUCCAGCUGGCACAUUCACGGCCUACGCCAAUGUCAAUGUCUUGGAUGUCCCGGGACCCGUGAGGAACCUGAGGAUCACUGGCAUUGGAGCUGACAAGUGCAGAGUGAUAUGGGACAGUCCGGAGGAUGAUGGAGGCUGUGAGGUGGACAGCUACAUUGUGGAAAAAUGCGAGACCAGGAGAAUGGUCUGGUCCACUUACUCUGCCUCUGUGGUCACACCUUACUGCAACGUCACUCGUUUGGUGGAGGCUAACGAGUACAUCUUCAGAGUAAGGGCAGAAAAUAAAAUGGGUACCGGGCCAGCCAUGGAGAGCAAGCCUGUAACCGUCAAGACUCAGUUCAACAAACCUGGACCCCCUGAAGCCCCUGAAGUUACAAAGGUCAGUAAGGAUGAGAUGACUGUGGUUUGGGCUCCACCAGAGAAUGAUGGUGGAAAGUCCAUUACCGGCUACAUCCUGGAGAGAAAAGAGAAGCGGGCAGUGCGCUGGGUGGCGUGCACUAAGAGCCCCAUCUCUGAGAGACGCAUGAAAGUGACAAACCUGAUUCCGAACCAUGAGUACCAGUUCAGAGUAAAAGCAGAAAAUGAAGUUGGCCUUGGAGAGCCAAGCAAACCGUGUAGACCUGUUGCAGCCAAAGAUCCUAUCGAACCACCUGGGCCACCAGCAUACCUGAAGGUCUCUGACAGCACAAAGACCUCUAUUACCCUUUCCUGGUCUAAACCUGUGUAUGACGGUGGCGCCCCCAUCAUCGGUUACAGCCUGGACUUGAGGCUUAAGAGCGAAGCCGACCCAGAGAAACCCUCUGAGGGCUGGAAGAGAAUCGAUACACGCGGCCCUCUGGUGAUCACAGAGUUCACUAUCGGCCAGCUGGACGAGAAGCAGGAGUACGAAUUUAAGGUGUCCGCCCAAAAUCAGGUGGGCUGGGGACGCCACGCCUAUCUGAAGGAGGCCGUGUCUCCCAAGGAGAUCAUUGAGGCUCCAGAAAUCGAGCUGGAUGCCAGUCUAAGGAAAGGUCUUGCUGUUAGGGCUGGGUGUCCGAUUCGGUUGUUUGCUGUGAUCAGAGGAAGGCCGGCCCCCAAGGUGACCUGGAAGCGCAUUGGCGUGGACAAUGUCGUCCGCCGAGGUCAUGUGGACCAGGUGGACACCAUGUGUUUCCUGGUAAUCCCUGAGAGCACAAGAGAUGAUUCUGGAAAAUAUUCACUCACUCUGUCCAACUCAGCUGGAGAGAAGGCAGUGUUUGUUCGCGUCAAAGUCCUCGACACACCUGGUCCCGUUGGUGGACUGGAUGCCACCGAUAUAACCAAGACCACCGCUCAGCUGUCCUGGUUGCCACCAGAAAACGAUGGUGGCAGCCCCAUUCUGAAUUACAUUGUUGAGAAACGUGAAGUGGACAGGAAGACCUGGACCAAAUGCAUAGAGGACCUGAAGAAAACUAGCUUCAAGGUAACCAACAUGACGCCAGGUAUCGAGUACUACUUUAGAGUUACGGCGUGCAACAAAUACGGAAUCGGAGUUCCUCAGGAUUCUCCCAGGUCCUAUCUGGCUGUAGAUCCUAUAAGUGAGCCAGACCCUCCUAAGAAGAUGGACGUGUUGGACAUCACAAAGAACAGCGCCACCCUGGGCUGGCUGAAGCCUCUCAGAGAUGGAGGAGCUAAGAUCAACGGCUAUGUGGUUGAGUACCAGGAAGAGGGUUCACCCGAGGACAAAUGGACACCUUACUCUGUGGUGAAAGAUCUCAGCAUCGUCGUUGUCGGCCUGAAGGAAGGGACGAAAUACAGGUUCCGAGUGGCAGCUAGGAACUCUGUGGGAGUCAGCUUGGCUCGUGAGGCAGAGGGAAUGUUUGAGGUCAAGGAACAACUCAUGGCUCCAAAGAUCAUUCUACCUGACACAGUGACGGUGAGGGCCGGAUCCAAAAUGUUGAUCGAGGGCAUUGUGGCUGGAAAGCCCGCUCCUUUCUGCAAGUGGAAACAGAGCAAUGAGGACGUGCUGACCUCUGACCGCCUGUCCGUCAUAAAGACACAGACAACCUGCACUCUCAUCAUAAAGAACGUGAACAGAAAGGACAGCGGCUAUUACAGCCUGUCGGCUGAGAACAGUACCGGCAAGGUCAACCAGAUCCUCAGAGUCAUUGUUCAGGACAUCCCUGGACCUCCAGGAGGUCCUUUGGAAAUCUCUGAGUUGGAUAUCGAUUCUUGCACGCUGCUGUGGAACACUCCGGAAGAAGAUGGCGGCAGCCACAUCACCAACUACAUUGUGGAGAAGUGUGACAUCAGUCAGGGUGACUGGAUCACUGUCUCAACUUCCUGCACCAAGACCAGCUACCGAAUGACCAAACUGACGACUGGAAAAGAGUACUGGUUUAGGGUCCGUGCUGAGAACAAAUCAGGCAUUUCUGAGCCUCUCUACUCUGACAAGAUGAUUGCCAGAUAUCCAUUCGAUCCUCCCAGUGAACCCAAAAACCUGCAAAUCAACAAGAUCAACAAGGACUUUGUUAUUCUCUCUUGGGAGCGUCCCAGCAGUGAUGGCGGAAGCCCCAUCACUGGUUACUGCAUAGAGAAGAAGGAGAGGAACAGCCUGCUGUGGGUAAAGGCUAACGAGUCUGCGGUUAAAGCCACCCAGUACACCUGCACAGGCCUCAUGGAGGGCCUGGAGUACACCUUCAGGGUGUCAGCUUAUAACAUGGCUGGUCAAGGCAAACCCUGCAAACAGACAGACUUCAUCACAGCCAGAACAGCUGUUGAUCCACCUGGUAAACCAGAGGCAAUGGACGUGUCUAAAAGCUCAGUGUCGCUGAUUUGGAGCCGUCCUAAACAUGAUGGUGGCAGCAAACUGAUUGGCUACUAUGUUGAAUACACCAAACUACCAGAGGAGAAGUGGACCCGAUGCAAUGCCAACUGCAUGAAUAUCCAGACAGAGAGCUAUGUGGUUCAAGGCUUGGAGGAGGGUCAGAGGUACCAGUUUAGAAUUAUCGCCAAGACUGCCGUGAACAUCAGCCUCCCCUCUGAGCUGUCGGAUCCCAUCCCUGUCAUUGAUGAGAAUGUUCCUCCUCGUCUUGAACUGGGUGCCAACAUGAAAAACCUUAUUGUGGUAAAAGCAGGGGAGAACGUCUUCAUGGAUGCUGAGAUUCACGGGAAACCCCUACCUAAGGUGAGCUGGAAGAAGGACGGCGCACCUCUGGCGAUAGCAGAGGGAAUGAAGGCGUCUCAGAAGAAACACGUCCAUAUGCUGGAGCUCUUCUCGGUCACCAGAAAGGAAUCUGGGGACUAUACCAUCGUUGCUGAAAAUCUGAGUGGUAGCAAGCAUGCCACUAUAAAGCUUAAGGUGUUGGACAAACCCGGCCCUCCAGCCUCAAUAAAAAUAGCCAAGGUGUUUGCUGAUCAUGUGAAGCUUCGAUGGGAGCCUCCAAUUGCAGACGGAGGAUCUGAAAUCACCAACUACAUCAUUGAGAAGCGCGAGACGAGCAGGGCUAACUGGGCGCUAGUAACCGCUAACCUCCAUGGCCACCUCACUGACUGCUCAGUGGAGAAGCUCAUUGAGGGUCAUGAGUAUCAGUUUAGAGUGAGCGCCGAGAACCAGUAUGGUGUGGGAGAUGCCAUCAUGACGGAUGCUGUCAUGGUGAAGAACCCAUAUGAUGUUCCUGGGCCAUGUGAGCCACCGGUUAUUACAAACAUCACCAAGGACGCAAUGACUGUCAGUUGGAAAGCCCCUGCCAACGAUGGCAAAGCUCCCAUCCUGGGUUACUUAUUGGAGAAACGUGAGGCCACAGAGCUGACCUGGGCUAAAGUCAACCGUCGGCCGGUUAUUGACAGAACAAUCAGGGCAACUCAACUGACUGAGGGCUCAGAGUACGAGUUCAGAGUGAUCGCUUUGAACAAGGCCGGUCUAGGCAAACCCAGCGAUGCUUCGAACGCUGCUCUAGCUGUCGACCCUGUCUAUCCACCUGGCCCACCUGCAUUCCCCAAGGUGGUGGAUUCUACCAAGAGCUCAGUCAGCCUCAGCUGGACCAAACCGGCUUACGAUGGCGGCUGUGAAAUCACAGGAUAUCUGGUGGAGUGCAAGCGAGCCGAUGCAGAGCAGUGGACCAAGUGCAACGUCCCAAAGAAACUCCAGGCCACCAAGUUUGUGGUGACUAGACUAAUGGAAAACACAGAGUACCAGUUCAGAGUCACUGCUGUCAACAAGAUCGGCUACAGUGAGCCCAGCGAGGUUCCUGGGAACCACAUGGCAAAGGACAUCCUGAUUGCCCCUGAAGCUGAGCUGGAUGCUGACCUGAGAAAGGCUUUAGUUCUGCGAGCCGGCAUCACCAUGAGGCUCUAUGUCCCGCUGAGAGGACGCCCAGCCCCAAAGGUGACAUGGUCAAAGGUGGACGCCAACCUUAAGGAGAGGCAAGGCCUCUUGAUCAAGACGUCUGAAUGGGACACCUUCCUGAUGAUCGAGGACAUCAACAGAUAUGAUGCCGGCAAAUAUGUGCUGUCUCUGGAGAACAGCAGUGGAUCCAAGAGCUACACUAUCAUUGUAAAGGUCCUCGAUUCCCCUGGACCACCUGUCAACCUGGUUGUUAAGGAGACCUCCAGGACCCAUGCCUGGAUAAACUGGGAACCACCAAUGAUCGAUGGAGGAAGUCCAGUGAAGAGCUACAUUGUAGAGAAACGUCUGGCUGAGAGGAAGGCAUGGACCUGUGUCUCAGCAGAGUGUCACAAGACCUCCUUUAGGAUCACAAACCUGGAGCCAGGUCAAGCCUACUGCUUUAGAGUUCUGGCUGAAAACUCCUAUGGCAUUGGAGAAGGCUGUGAGACUGAGGGCAGUGUGCGGGCCUCAGAGCAACCCGGUCCAGUUACAGAUUUCAAAGCCCAAAAGACCACCAAAAACUCAAUCACACUGGGCUGGAAGAAGCCCAUAAGUGAUGGAGGGAGCUACAUCACCUCUUACAUCCUGGAGCAGAGCGAAGGUGAGGAGAAGUGGAAGGAGAUCAUGAAGGGCAAGAACACCACUCACACCAUCAGCGAGCUGGCAGAGGGCAAAGAGUACUUAUUCAGGGUCAAGGCCCUCAAUGAGACUGGGGAGGGACCACCAACUGAGCUAACUGCUGUAGCAAAGGACCAGUUUGUGCUGCCUGACUGCAACCUGAGCAGUCUUCAGGAUGGUUGCUGUGUGGUCAAGGAGGGUGCCACCAUGCGCAUUAACAUUCCUGUCAUUGGUGUGCCCUACCCCACUGCCACCUGGAAGAAGGGUGAUGUGGGAGUUGGUGACACUGGACGUCUAUGCAUUGAGGCCUCCCAGGGCCUCACCACCCUACUAAUCAGAGACUGCCAGAGAGGAGAUGCUGAUACCUACACCAUCAAUGUCAGAAACAGUGCCGGCUCAAAGGACUGCAAGUUCCAGCUAAAAGUAGUUGGGAAGCCGGGUAUAUGCACUGGGCCCAUCAAGUUUGAUGAAAUAACAGCUGAUGGCAUCACCCUGGAGUGGGCACCGCCCAAAGACGAUGGCGGCGCAGAGGUGUCCAAUUACAUCCUUGAGAAGAGGAGGACAACAGACAACAAAUGGGCUACGGUUGCAUCAGCCAUUCAGAAGACAACCAUGAGGGUGAUCAGACUCCAUGAUGGAAUAGAAUAUAUCUUCAGAGUGUGUGCCGAGAAUAAGUACGGGAUUGGAGAAUAUCUGAGGUCUGACCCUGUCAUCGCCCAGCAUCCUUUCAAUGUGCCCGAGGCACCAGCUCCUCCUGAGAUUUUGAGCAUUCGACAUGAGUCGGCCAUUCUGACUUGGUCUGAUCCUAAAGACAAUGGUGGCUCCCCCAUUACUGGAUAUUACCUUGAGUUUAAGGAGAGGAACAGCCUGAUGUGGAAACGAGCCUGUAAAACUCCUUUGAGAGUCAAGGAGUGUAGAGUUACAGGUCUAAUAGAAGGACUAGAGUACGAGUUCAGAGUGAUGGCCAUGAAUAUGGCUGGCCUGGGAAAGGCAAGCAAAGUCACAGAGGCUGUCGUCGCACUUGAUCCUAUUGAUCCACCUGGCAACCCGGACGUGAUCAAUGUAACCAGGAACUCAGUCACUCUAAUGUGGACUGCUCCUAAAUACGAUGGUGGCUACAAGCUGACUGGCUACAUGGUGGAGAAACUAGAGGCUGGUGGAAAGGCAUGGAUGAAGGCCAAUCAUGUGAACAUCCUGAGUUGUGCUUUCACUGUCCCGGACCUGACAGAAGGAGCUCAGUAUCAGUUUAGAAUCAGGGCCAAGAAUGCUGCUGGUGCUAUCAGUGUUCCCUCCGAGCCUACUGAAUCCCUGACCUGCAGGGAUGAGUUUGAGCCCCCAUCUAUCACCCUUGACCAAGAGAUGAAAGAUGUUGUAUCUGUCAAGGCAGGGGACACAAUUGUUAUAUCAGCUGCUAAGAUUUUGGGCAAACCUCCACCAACUUCUUUCUGGUCCAAGGGAGGUCGUGAGUUCAAGAACUCGGACAUUGUCACUGUGACUACCACUCCAACUUCCUCGACUCUUGCUAUUAAAUAUGCAAGCCGGAAGAACACAGGAGACUACACAAUCACUGCAGCCAACCCAUUCGGUAUAAAAGAAGAACACAUUAAAGUGAAGGUUCUUGAUGUUCCUGGACCACCAGGCCCCAUUGAAGUCAGUAACAUUUCAGCUGAAAAGUGUACCCUGACCUGGCUUCCACCUGAGGAGGAUGGAGGUGCUUCUAUCAAGUCCUACAUCCUUGAGAAGAGAGAAACUAGCCGCCUACAGUGGACCAAAGUAGCUGAAAAUAUCAUGGACUGCAGAUUUGUAGCCAGCAAACUGAUAAAGGGCAACGAGUAUAUCUUUAAAGUGACUGCUGUAAACCUGUAUGGUACAGGAGACUCUAGCUUGUCUGGUCCUGUGAAAAUGGUUGACAGCUUUGGUCCACCAGGUCCACCAUCAGCCCCAGAGGUUGAUAACGUUAGUCGAAAUGCUGUUACUAUUUCAUGGAAGAGACCUGUACAGGACGGAGGAAGUGACAUUAGAGGAUAUUGUGUAGAAAGGAAAGAAAAGAAAGGAAUGAGAUGGGUUAGAGCCUGUAAGAGGACGGUUCCUGACCUUCGCUUCAAGGUACAAGGCCUGAGUGAGGGAGUAGAGUAUGAGUUUAGAGUCACUGCUGAGAAUAAAGCUGGAUUUGGGCAGCCGAGUGAGCCAUCACGCCCAGUAAUGACCAAGGACAUUGUAUAUCCACCCGGUCCUCCAUCAAACCCUAGGAUUACAGACACUACAAAAACGACAGCAUACUUCGCAUGGGGUCGCCCUCAUUAUGAUGGUGGUCUUGAAGUUGAUGGGUACAUCGUUGAAUAUAAAAAAGAGGGUCAUGAUGAUUGGGAGACAGAGACACAGUACCCAGUUAAAACUACUGAAUAUAUUAUUGGUAAACUUCAAAAAGGAGGAAAAUACCACUUCAGAGUUUGUGCUGUAAACUCUGAGGGAGUAGGUGAACCUGCAGAGGUUGAAAAAGUAACUGAACUGGUUGAUCAGGAAACCGUACCAGACUUUGAGCUGGAUGCUGAACUUAGGAAAACUCUUGUCGUUAGAUGCCGUGCUUCCAUCCGUCUAUUUGUUCCCAUCAAGGGCCGCCCUGUUCCUGAAGUCACUUGGAGCAAAGAAAAUACCAACCUGAAAGCACGUGCACACAUUGAUACCACAGAGUCCUACACACUACUUGUUAUUCCUGACUGCACUAGAUACGAUGCUGGGAAAUAUCAUCUUUCUUUAGAGAACGUCGCUGGCAAGAAGACAGGCUUUAUCAACGUGAGAGUUCUUGACACUCCUGGACCCCCAGUCAACCUAAAACCAAGAGAGAUCACUAAAAACAGCAUAACUCUCCAGUGGGAAAUUCCCAUUAUUGAUGGAGGGUCCAAGAUUCAUAACUACAUCAUUGAAAAGAGAGAUGCCACGAAAAAGGCUUACACAGUCCUUAGCACCACAUGGCAAAAGUGUUCCUUUAAAUUUGAAGACCUUGUUGAGGGUGCUUAUUACUACUUCCGUGUCUCUGCUGAAAAUGACCUUGGUGUAGGUGAGCCCGCUGAAACAGCUGAGCCUAUAAGGGUGUCACAGGCCCCCUCUCCACCGGAUAACUUGUAUGUUACUGAUAUGACCGCUGACAGUGCUAGCCUUGCAUGGACCAAGCCUCUUCAUGAUGGCGGCAGCUUGAUUACUGGAUAUGUAAUUGAGGCUCAAAAGAAAGACACUGAUCAAUGGGUCCACAUAACCACCAUCAAAGCUCUUGAUUAUACUGUGACCGAUCUUGUUGAGGGUGCUGAAUACACCUUCCGCGUAAUGGCUGUCAAUGCAUCAGGCAGGAGUGAUCCUCGCGAGAGCCGACCAGCUCUGAUUAAAGAGCAAACAUCUGCUCCAUCUUUUGACCUGAGAGGAGUCUACCAGAAAACUGUAAUUGCCAAAGCAGGGGAUCGUGUUAAGGUGGAGAUUCCCGUGUUGGGAAAACCCAGGCCAGUUGUCUCAUGGAAGAAGGGAGACAUAGUGCUCAAAGAAACCCAAAGAAUCAACAUUGAAACCACAGCAACAUCAACCAUCCUUAACAUCAGUGAGAUCAAAAGAACUGAUCAAGGCCAGUAUUCAAUGACUGGGAAGAAUAUGCUUGGAACAUUGACAGAAACUAUCACAGUCCUGGUCCACGAUAUUCCAGGUCCACCCACUGGUCCUGUCAAGCUGGAUGAGGUCUCAUGUGAUUAUGUCAUCAUGUCCUGGGAACCCCCUGAGAAUGAUGGCGGUGUUCCUAUCAAUAAUUACAUUGUUGAAAUGCGGGAGACUACAGGCACCUCAUGGGUGGAGUUGGCAGCUACUGUUAUUCGCACCACAUUCAAAGCAGCACGACUUAAUACUGGAACCCAGUAUCAGUUCCGCAUCAAGGCUCAGAACAGAUAUGGCAUUGGACCAUGUCUUCUCUCUGAACCAGUGUUGGCUGCUUAUCCAUUUGAUGUGCCCAGCCAGCCCGGUAUUCCUGUGGUCACAUCAUUCAACAAGGAUUCAAUGACUGUUAGUUGGAACGAGCCAUCCUCUGAUGGGGGCAGUCCUAUUCUUGGCUAUCACAUUGAUAGAAAAGAGAAAAACAGCAUUCUGUGGCAGAGGAUCAACAAAGCUCUUGUUGUUGGAAACAUAUUUAAAUCAACAGGCCUUGUUGAUGGCAUUGCAUAUGAAUAUCGUGUUAUUGCUGAAAACAUGGCUGGUCUGAGCAAACCUAGCAAGGCCUGUGAACCUAUGUAUGCUUUGGACCCAGUUGAUCCACCAGGCAGACCUGUGGCAUUAAAUAUUACUAGACAUGAGGUGACAUUAUCUUGGACCAAACCAGAAGGUGAUGGAGGAUUUUCCAUCACAGGAUACACAGUGGAGAGGAAAGAGUUGCCUAAUGGCCGCUGGCUCAAAGCAAAUUUCAACAACAUUCUGGAAACCAUGUUUACAGUCAGUGGUUUGACUGAAGAUGCAACAUAUGAAUUCCGUGUGUUUGCUCGAAACUCAGCUGGUGCUAUCAGUGCUCCUUCUCAACCAUCAGAAGCCAUUACAUGCAGAGAUGACAUUGAAGAGCCCAGGCUUGAUGUUGAUGCAUCAUACAGCAGUAAUGUUGUUGUAAUGGCAGGAGAGCCAUUUAGACUUGAAGCCAAUGUCACUGGCAGACCAAUUCCUUCUUUAGUAUGGACAAAGGAAGGAAAAGAGCUGGAGGACACAGCCAAAAUAGAGAUAAAGACAUCUGACUUCCACACAACUCUAAUCAACAAAGAUUCCCUAAGAAGAGAUGGUGGUGCUUUUACCCUGACUGCAAGCAAUCCUGGUGGUUUUGCUAAGUUCACUUUCAAUGUGAAAGUACUAGACAGACCUGGACCUCCAGAUUCCCUUACAGUUACAGAUAUUGCUGCAGAGAAAUGUGUGCUUAACUGGCUGCAUCCAACACAUGAUGGCGGUGCUAAGAUUGAGUAUUUUAUCAUACAGAGGCGUGAGACCAGCAGGUUGGCUUGGACUAAUGUCGCAACAGAUCUUCAAGCAAACAGGUUUAAGGUCACAAAGCUUCUUAAAGGUAAUGAGUACAUUUUCAGAGUCAUGGCUGUCAACAAGUAUGGUGUAGGUGAACCCCUUGAAACAGAACCUGUUAAUUGUGUCAACCCAUACGGCCCCAGUGACCCACCAACACAGCCUGAGGUCACAACUAUUACCAAAGACUCCAUGGUUGUCUGCUGGGAGCGUCCUGAACAUGACGGAGGCAGUCGAAUUAAUACCUAUGUAAUUGAAAGAAGGGAUAAGACAGGCCUACGCUGGGUCAAAUGUAACAAGAGGACUGUAACUGACUUACGAUUCAAAGUCUCCGGUCUCACACCAGGUCAUGAAUAUGAAUUUAGAGUUUUUGCUGAAAAUAAUGCUGGCCUCAGCCAGCCUAGCCCUUCCAGUCCAUUCUACAAAGCUGUUGAUACCAUCUUCCAGCCUGGGCCUCCCGGAAACCCACGAGUACUAGACACCUCAAAGUCUUCCAUUACAGUCGCCUGGAAUAAACCUGUGUAUGAUGGUGGUUCUGAAAUUACUGGUUAUAUCGUGGAGACCUGCCUGCCUGAGGAGGAUGAAUGGACAAUCCACACUCCCAAGAAGGGAUGGACAGCCACAUCCUUUACUAUCACUAAUCUGAAAGAAAACCAGGACUAUAAAAUUAAUAUCUGUGCUACAAAUAGUGAAGGAGUAGGAGAGCCUGCUGCUGUUCCUGGGGUCCCUAAGGCAGAAGACAGAUUAAUUCCUCCUGAAAUUGAACUUGGAGCAGAGCUACGUAAAGUAGUUUCCAUAAGAGCAUGUAGCACACUCAGACUUUUUGUCCCUAUUAAGGGAAGACCAGCCCCUGAAGUUAAAUGGUCAAGAGAGCAUGGUGAAUCCCUAGAUAAGGCAAAUAUUGAAAUCACCCCAUCAUUCACAACCCUUCAGAUAGAAAACGUUGACAGGUUUGAUGGGGGUAAAUACUUGGUGACAGUGGAGAACGCCUCUGGAAGUAAAACAGCAUUUGUCAAUGUAAGAGUACUAGACACUCCUGGACCACCUCAAAAUCUCAUUGUUAAGGAAGUUACAAGAGACUCCGUUUCCCUCGUCUGGGAUGCACCAAUCAUUGAUGGAGGCUCUAGAAUCCGCAGCUACAUUGUGGAAAAGCGGGAGUCUCAUAGGAAAGCCUACUCGACUGUAUGUGCCAGCUGUCAUAAGUCUAGUUGGAAAGUGGGAGACCUGGAAGAAGGAAAAUUGUAUUUCUUCAGAAUACUGGCUGAAAAUGAGUUUGGUAUUGGUCUACCAGUUGAAACUCUAGAACCAAUUAAGGCAUCAGAAAAGCCUUUACCACCAGGCAAAGUAUCUCUCCGUGAAGUUACUGGAACCAGUAUCACACUGACUUGGGAAAAACCAGAUCAUGAUGGUGGUAGCAGAAUAACAGGCUAUAAUGUUGAGAUGCAAACUAAAGGAAGUGAGAAAUGGACCCAAGUGAUGGUAGUAAAAACCAAUGAGGCUCAGGUGACUGGACUUACACAUGGAGAGGAGUACAUGUUCAGAAUAUCAGCUUUCAACGAAAAGGGCGUUAGUGAUCCCCGACCUCUCAAUGUGCCCGUGGUGGCUAAAGAUCUAGUUAUCCCACCAGCCUUUAAACUGCUUUUUAGCACUUUUAGUGCGCUCGCAGGAGAUGACCUGAAGAUAGAUGUACCUUAUGUAGCCUGUCCUAAGGCUACAAUAACUUGGCUUAAGGAUGGUGUGAUUCUCAAAGAAACAACACGAGUUAAUACUGAAGCCACAGACAAAAACCUUCUUCUCAUCAUUAAAGAUGCUUGUAGAGAUGAUGUUGGUAUGUAUACCAUAAAACUAAACAACACCGCUGGGGAGGCUGCAACAGAUAUAAGUGUUGUCGUCUUAGAUAAGCCCGGUCCUCCAAUUGGUCCGAUCAAGCUGGAUGAGGUCACAUCAGACAGUGUAGUCUUGUCUUGGAAUCCACCACAAUAUGAUGGGGGUUGCUCAAUAAAUAAUUAUAUUGUAGAGAAGAGAGACACAUCAACAACAAACUGGCAAAUUGUGUCUGCUACAGUAGCUAGAACAACUAUCAAGGCAGCUCGUCUGAAGACUGGUUCAGAGUAUCAGUUUAGAAUUGCUGCAGAAAAUAGAUAUGGAAAGUCAUCAUUCCUCCUUUCUGAAAGCAUUGUUGCACAGUAUCCGUUUGAAAUACCCAGUGCACCGCAUUCUGUUGUUGUCCAGUCAGCCACCAAGGAGACCAUGACUGUUGUCUGGGAGAAACCCAGCAAAGACGGUGGAAGCAAAAUACUGGGAUACCACUUGGAACUUAAAGAGCGAAACAGCAUUCUCUGGGUGAAACAGAACAAGCAGCUAAUCCCAGACACAAGAUUUAAAGUGGUUGGUCUUGAAGAAGGCAUUGAAUAUGAGUUUAGAGUAUAUGCUGAGAAUAUUGUUGGCCUUAGCAAACCUAGUAAGGUGAGCGAGAUGCAAGUGGCCAGGGAUCCUUGUGACAGACCUGGAAAACCAGAGGCUGUCAUUGUAACUAGAAACCAAGUGACACUGAGAUGGACCAAACCUGAAUUUGAUGGAGGCAUCAAAAUCACUGGUUAUGUUGUUGAGAAAAAGGAGGCAAAUGGUCGUUGGAUGAAGGCCAGUUUUGCAAACGUAAUUGAGACUGAAUUUGUUGUCACAGGACUUACUGAGGAUCAGACCUAUGAGUUCCGCGUUAUUGCUAAAAAUGCAGCCGGUGUCUUUAGCCAGCCAUCAGAUUCUACUGGAUCCAUCACUGCCAAGGAUGAGAUUGAACCACCCAAAAUUGACUUGGAAGCAAAGUACUCCCAGGUUGUGGUUGUAAAUGCUGGAGAGACAUUUAAACUUGAAGCUGCUAUUUAUGGUAAACCUGUACCAAAUGUACAUUGGCUGAAAGAGGGCAGUGAGAUUGCAGAAGCAGCUCGUUUAGAAAUCCGCAAUACAAAUUUUUCAGCUUGUUUAAUUGUUAAGGAAGCUAUUCGUGUUGAUAGCGGUCAGUACACAUUGCUUGUGAAGAAUGUUGGUGGAGAAAAAACUAUUACCAUUAUGGUCAAGGUCUUGGAUAGGCCAGGUCCUCCUGAGGGCCCUAUUUCUAUCUAUGGUGUCACCAAUGAGAAAUGCUCAAUUUCUUGGAAACCUCCCUUGCAUGAUGGGGGUAGUGAUGUCUCCCAUUACAUUGUUGAGAGAAGGGAAACCAGCAGACUGGUAUGGACUGUAGUUGAACAAAAAGUUCAGACUCUAAAUCUAAAAAUCACCAAACUUCUUCCUGGUAAUGAAUACGUCUUCAGAGUUAUUCCUGUCAAUAAGUACGGUGUUGGUGAGCCUUUGGAAUCUGAGGCAAUGAUUGCAAAAAAUCCAUUUGUCACACCAAGCCCACCAACUGAGGUAGAUGUUUCUUCAAUUACUAAGGACUCAAUGGUUGUUACCUGGGAGAGGCCAAGUAAUGAUGGUGGCAGUUCCAUUCAGGGGUAUGUAAUUGAGAAACGUGAUAAGGAUGGUGUUAGAUGGACUAGAUGCAACAAGCGAAAUGUGACCGAAUUACGGUUUAGAGUAACAGGACUCAUAGAAAACCAUAGCUAUGAAUUCAGAGUAGCUGCUGAGAAUGCUGCUGGAGUUGGCACACCUAGCUCACCAACAAUCUACUAUAAAGCACUGGAUCCUGUCUUUAAACCAGGGCCACCCAACAACCCUAAGGUAGUAGAUACCUCUAGGUCAACUGUGUCUCUUACAUGGGGCAAGCCCAUAUAUGAUGGUGGAAGCGAGAUUAAGGCUUAUAUUGUUGAAGCAUACAAUGUAGCAGCUGAUGAGUGGUUUAUUUGUACUCCUCCCACUGGAAUAACAGAGACAAGAUUUACAGUGAAAAAGCUUCUGGAGAAACAUGAAUAUCAGUUCCGGGUUUGUGCAAUCAACAAAAUUGGUGUUGGAGAACAUGCUGACGUGCCGGGUAAAAUCCUACUUGAAGAGAAACUUGAGGCUCCUGAUCUUGAAUUAGAUGCUGAAAUGAGAAAAAUGAUCAACAUCAGAUCAGCUUGCACUCUGAGAUUGUUUGUUCCUGUGAGAGGACGGCCUGCUCCUGAGUUGAAAUGGGGCAAGGUUGAUGGGGAGAUUAAAGAGACAGCCCAAAUUGACAACACGGGAAGCUAUGCCUCUCUGACCAUUGAAAAUGUUGACCGAUUUGAUAGUGGCAAGUACACACUGACUGCAGAAAAUGCUAGUGGAGUCAAGUCAGUGUUCAUCAGUGUCAGAGUCUUGGACUCUCCUAGUCCACCAACUAACCUAACUGUUAAAGAGAUUACUAGGAACUCUGUCACACUCUCAUGGGAGCCUCCACUUCUGGAUGGUGGCUCAAAGAUUAAGCAUUACAUUGUUGAGAAGCGUGAAAGCACAAGGAAAGUUUACACUACUAUCACAACGUGUAACAAGAUGUCAUGGAAAGUUGAGCCUCUUCCAGAGGGUGGAAUCUUCUUCUUUAGAGUCUUAGCUGAGAAUGAAUAUGGUGUUGGUCUCCAAGCUAAAACUAUGGAUCCAAUCAAAAUAUCUGAGAAGCCUCAACCACCUGGUAAGGUUAGUGUUCUUGAUGUGACUCGCAGCACAGUUACUCUAAAGUGGGAGAAAUCUGAAUAUGACGGUGGUAGUAGAAUCAGCCAUUAUGACAUUGAAAUGGCUCCCAAAGAUAGUGAGGACUGGACUGUGUGUGCCAGUGUGAAAGGCCUGGAGACAGUAGUAAGCAACCUUCUGAAGGGAGAGGAAUAUCAGUUCAGAGUUGUUGCUGUAAAUGAAAAAGGUAAAAGUGACCCACGACAACUGGCUCAUACAGUUGUAGCAAAGGACCUUAUCAUAGAGCCCUCUGUAAGACCUAAAUCAAGUUCCUACAGCGUUCAGGUGGGGAAUGAUCUCAAGAUAGAGGUUCCAUUUGCUGGUCAUCCAAAACCAACUAUCACUUGGACCAAGGAUGGAGUAGCACUUAAGCAGACUACCAGAGUAAAUGUAAGUGACUCAGCACAUCAUACUACUCUAACCAUUAAGGAUGCCACCAGAGAUGAUGGUGGUAUGUACAGUAUCAAUAUUACCAAUGCCUUGGGUUCCAAGGAUGCCACGAUUGAGGUUAUCACCCUUGACAAACCUGGACCACCAACAGGUCCGGUCAAGAUUGAGGAUAUCAGUGCCGAGAGUGUCACUCUUAAUUGGGAACCCCCUACCUACACAGGUGGCUGUCCAGUGUCCAACUAUAUUGUGGAAAAAAGAGAUACAACUACAACUAAUUGGGUUGUUGUUUCUGCCACUGUGGCUAGAACAACUUUAAAGGUAGCAAAUCUAAAGACAGGUGCUGAAUACCAGUUUAGAAUUUUUGCUGAAAACAGAUAUGGAAAGAGUUAUGCAAUUGAUUCCGAGCCUGUUUUAGCACAGUAUCCCUUCCAGGAGCCUGGGCCACCAGGAACACCAUAUGUUUCUUCAUACACUAGAGAUUAUAUGGUGGUUGAGUGGCAUAAACCACCAUCUGAUGGAGGCAGUGCUAUUUUGGGCUAUCAUUUGGAGAGGAAAGAGAAGAAUAGUAUCUUGUGGACAAAGAUCAACAAAAUGCUCAUUCAAGAUUGUAAAUUCAAGUCUACCCCUCUUGAGGAAGGCAUCGAGUAUGAGUACAGAGUAUAUGCUGAGAAUAUAGUUGGCAUUGGCAAGUGCAGCAAAGUUUCUGAGGUUUAUGUAGCUCGUGAUCCAUGUGAUCCUCCUGGCCGUCCUCAAGCUGUUAUUGUAACCCGACAUUCAGUGAAGCUCAGAUGGACACCCCCACAGUAUGAUGGUGGAAGCCUUGUAACUGGCUAUGCAGUAGAGAAGCGAGACCUUCCAGAGGGAAAAUGGAUGAAGGCAAGCUUUGCAAACAUUAUUGAAAAUGAAUUCAUAGUUACUGGCCUGACAGAGGGCAGUAAAUAUGACUUUAGAGUGAUUGCAAGGAAUGCCGCUGGUGCUGUUAGCAAGCCCUCUGAGACGACAGGAUCCAUAACAGCUAAGGAUGAAGUUGAGCCACCAAAGUGUGAGACUGAUUCUAAGUACAAUCAAACUAUUGUCAUCAAUGCUGGAGAGACUUUCACUCUGGAGGCUAGUGUGGAAGGAAAACCCAUUCCAACAGCUCAGUGGUUCAAGGGAAGUGUUGAAGUUGAAAACUCUGCAAGAGCUGAAAUAAAGAACUCCGAUUUUAACGCAUUACUUGUAGUAAAGGAUGCUAUUAGAGUGGAUGGUGGACAGUACACGUUGGUUCUAACAAAUGUUGCUGGAACUCAGACAGUUCCGUUCACUGUGAAGGUACUGGAUAGACCAGGCCCAUCAGAGGGUCCCCUCACAGUCAGUAAUGUUACUGAGGAGAAAUGCUCACUAUCAUGGCUGCCACCCAGGCAUGACGGAGGAGCCAGCAUUUCUCACUAUGUCAUUCAAAAGCGAGAAACUAGUCGCUUGGCAUGGACUGUGGUCUCUAGUGAUUGUGGAGCUACAAUGUUCAAGGUAACAAAACUACUGAAAGGCAAUGAGUACAUCUUUAGAGUCAUGGCUGUCAACAAGUACGGGGUAGGUGAGCCUCUGGAAUCAGAGCCAGUUGUCAUGAGAAAUCCAUUUGUUCCUCCUGGUGCACCUUGUGAACUAGAGAUCACUAACAUUACAAGGGAUUCAAUGACUGUCUGUUGGAACCGUCCAGAGUCUACAGGAGGAAGUGAAAUUGUUGGUUAUAUUAUUGAAAAGAGAGACAGAGCUGGAGUAAGGUGGACCAAGUGCAACAAACGCAGAGUGACAGACUUGCGUUUUAGAGUAACAGGACUCACUGAGGACCAUGAAUAUGAGUUCAAGGUAUCUGCUGAGAAUGCAGCUGGAGUGGGCCAGUCAAGUCCACCUACACCCUACCUUAAAGCCUGUGACCCUACUUUCGAACCAGGCAUUCCCACCAAUGCCCAUGUUGUUGACACAACAAAAGACUCCAUCAGCUUAGCUUGGCACAGACCUAUAUAUGAUGGUGGUUGUGAAAUCCAAGGAUAUGCCGUUGAAAUUACCAAGGCAGAGGAGGAGGAGUGGACUAUAUGCACACCACCUACAGGAGUACAUGCUACUAAAUUUACCAUCAAAAGUUUGAUAGAGCACCAAGAAUACAAAGUGCGUGUCUGUGCGAUAAAUAAAAUUGGUGUUGGUGAGCCCACAGAAAUUCAAGGAGUCGUUAUCCCUGUGGAUAAAAUCGAUCCUCCAGAAAUGAUUUUAGAUUCAGAGCUCAGGAAGGGAAUAGUUGUUCGCGCUGGAGGCUCAAUGAGAAUCUGCAUUCCUUUUAAGGGUCGUCCCUCUCCUGAAAUAAGUUGGGCCAAAGAGGAUGGGGAACUGCCAAGUAAAGUACAGAUUGAGACCGGUGACGAUUACACACAGCUCUCCAUUGACAUUUGCGAUAAAUAUGAUGCUGGAAAAUACAUCCUUAAUGUAGAAAACAGUGCUGGAAGCAAAUCAGCUUUUGUUUCUGUCAAAGUUUUGGACACACCAGGGGCUCCAUUAAAUCUAAUUGUAAAAGACAUAAAGAGGGAGAGUGUCACUUUGACCUGGGAACCCCCAAUUAUUGAUGGUGGUGCAAGAAUAAAGAAUUACUUGGUUGAAAAGCGUGAGUCAACCAGAAAAGUGUACUCAAAUGUGGACAAUAAAUGUACAAAGACAAGUUAUCGUAUCACAGGCCUAACUGAAGGAACAAUUUAUUACUUUAGAGUCUUAGCAGAGAAUGAAUUUGGUGUUGGACAGGCAAUUGAAACAACAGAACCUGUUAAAGCAUCUGAGCCACCUUUAUCAGUGGGAAAAGUUAAUUUGACUGAAGUCACAAAAACCUCAGCCUCACUCUCCUGGGAAAAGCCAGUCCAUGAUGGAGGCAGCAGGAUCAUUGGAUACUACAUUGAGAUGAUGCCUGUAGGCUCAGAAGAAUGGGUUGUGGCUGCCACAACCAAAACUUGUGAGGGAACGGUCACAGGCCUCAGUGCAGGACAUGAGUACCUUUUUAGAGUAUCAGCAUUCAAUGACAAGGGCAAGAGUGACCCCCGGCCUCUGGCUGCACCAGUAACUGCUAAGGAUGUUACCGCUGAGCCCAGAUUCAAAAUGAGAUUCAAUACUUACAGUUUGCAACAAGGCGAGGAUCUGAAAAUUGAGAUCUCAGUGCUUGGACGCCCCAUUCCAAAGGUUGAAUGGAAGAAGGAAGGGCAAACUCUAAAGGAGACAACCAGAAUAAAUGUGUCAAACACACCAUCAUCUACUAAGUUGGUCAUCAAAGAUGCUAAUAGAGAGGAUGCUGGGAAAUAUGCUGUUACAGCCACCAGUAGCAUUGGAACAGCUACAGAGGAGAUUACUGUUAUAAUUCUUGACAAACCAGGACCUCCUACAGGCCCAAUAAAGAUAGAGGAAGUCAGCUCUAAUUUUGUAAUGCUGUCUUGGGAACCCCCAGUCUAUACUGGAGGCUGUCAGAUCAACAACUACAUUGUAGAGAAGAGAGACACCACUACUACAGCGUGGCAGAUUGUGUCUGCUACAAUUGCCAGGACAACUAUCAAAGUCACAAAUUUAAAGACUGGAACUGAAUAUCAAUUUAGAGUCUCUGCCGAGAAUAGAUAUGGAAAGAGUUCAGCUAUUGUCUCUCCCGCUGUAGUUGCCAAAUAUCCAUUCAGUGAGCCUGCUGCCCCUGGAAAACCAGAUAUUACACAUGCAACUAAGGAUAGUAUGGUCGUUGAAUGGAAACCACCCACCAGUGAUGGGGGUAGCCCAAUUUUAGGGUAUCACCUGGAGAGAAAAGAGAAGAACAGCCUUUUAUGGGCUAAACUUAACAAGCUUCUAAUACCAGAUACACGAUUUAAAACUACAGAAUUGGAAGAAGGUAUAGAGUAUGAAUUUAGAGUUUAUGCUGAAAACAUUGCUGGUCUCAGCCCAGCUAGCAAGGUCUCAGACAGCACAGUAGCCAGGGACCCAUGUGACCCACCAGGCACGCCUGAGGCAAUUGAAAUCACCAGAAAUCGUGUCACACUUCAGUGGACCAGACCCCAGUAUGAUGGAGGCAGUGCAAUCACUGGGUAUUUAAUUGAGAGAAGGAAGCACCCAGAUAUGCGCUGGAUGAAGGCAAGCUUCACCAACAUUAUUGACACCCAGUACACUCUGACUGGUCUUACAGAAGACUGUAUUUAUGAAUUUAGAGUCAUUGCAAGGAAUGCUGCCGGAAUUUCUAGUUCCCCAUCUGAAAGCACAGGGGAAAUAACAGCCAAAGAUGAAAUAGAGGCUCCAGAUGCCACAAUGGAUUCCAAAUUCAAAGAUCUGACUGUUGUCCAUGCCAGUGAGACAUUUAUCAUUGAUGCCGACUACACUGGUAAGCCUCUACCUGAGGUCACAUGGUUAAAGGAAGGGAAGGAAAUUGAUAAGACCACUCCCAGAAUGGAAAUCAAGACCACACUUACCCGCACUAUCCUGACAGUUAAAGACUGCAUAAGAGUUGAUGGGGGGCACUUUGUUCUUAAGCUUGUUAAUGUAGGUGGCGUCAAAAUGAUCCCAGUCAACGUAAAGGUUUUGGACAGACCUGGCCCUCCAGAUGGACCAUUGGAGGUCAAAGGAGUGACAGCUGAAAAAUGUUAUCUGCACUGGAACCAUCCCUUACAUGAUGGUGGAGCUAGCAUUUCUCACUAUAUUAUUGAAAAGAGAGAGACAAGUCGUUUGUCAUGGACCAUGGUUGAGCCGAAGAUUCAGGCGAUCAGCUACAAAAUAACAAAACUGCUACCUGGAAAUGAAUACAUCUUCAGAGUUACUGCUGUGAAUAAAUAUGGAGUUGGCGAACCUUUAGAAUCUGAGCCUGUGGUUGCUCGUAAUCCAUUCACCACUCCCAGUGCGCCCUCUACUCCUGAACCCAGUGCUAUUACAAGGGAUUCCAUUGUGCUUACUUGGGAGCGGCCAGAGAACAAUGGGGGAGCUGAGAUUGAAGGAUAUGUACUUGAAAAACGUGAUAAGGAUGGGAUCAGAUGGACCAAGUGUAACAAGAAGAGACUGACUGACUUAAGAUUUAGGUGCACUGGUCUUACAGAGGGUCAUUCCUAUGAAUUCAGGGUCUCAGCUGAAAAUGCUGCUGGUGUUGGAAAGCCUAGUGCACCAACAGAAUAUAUCAAAGCAUGCGAUGCCAUUUAUCCACCAGGACCUCCAAAUAACCCCAAGGUCACUGACCAUUCUAGCACUACAGUCUCCCUUUCGUGGUCUAGACCCAUCUAUGAUGGUGGAGCACAGGUUACAGGUUAUGUAGUUGAAAUGAAGGAGGCAUUAGACGAUGAAUGGAUUGUUUGCACACCUCCUACUGGUGUGCAAGACACUCACUACACUGUAAAGAAAUUGAAGGAAAAUGGAGAAUAUAAUUUCCGCAUAUGCGCAAUAAACUGUGAGGGAGUAGGCGAUCAUGUGGACCUGCCAGGGUCUGUGAUUGCUGCUGAGAAGCUACAGGCCCCUGAAAUUGAAUUAGAUGCUGAUCUGAGAAAGAUGGUCAAUGUCCGUGCCAGCGCAACCCUGCGCCUCUUUGUGACUAUCAGAGGAAAGCCUGAGCCUGAAGUCAAAUGGUCAAAGGCUGAUGGCACUCUAAAUGAGCGUGCCCAAAUUGAAGUCACAAGUUCUUAUACAAUGCUUGUGAUUGAGAAUGUUGACAGGUUUGACACUGGCAAAUAUGUGCUAACGCUUGAGAACCUUAGUGGCUCUAAGUCAGCCUUUAUCAAUGUUAGAGUCCUGGACUCUCCCAGCGCCCCAACAAACCUACAGGUUAAGGAUGUAAAGAGACAUUCUGUCUCUCUUUCCUGGGAGCCUCCUCUUAUUGAUGGUGGUGCUAAGAUAUCUCACUAUAUUGUGGAGAAGAGAGAGCAGAAGCGAAUGGCUUUCACCAGUGUUAGCACCAACUGUGUUCGGAACUCUUACAUUAUUUCUGACCUGCAGGAGGGAGGUAGAUACUUCUUCCGUGUGUUGGCUGUUAAUGAACUGGGAGUUGGGCUGCCAGCUACCACAGAUCAAGUCAAGGUUUCAGAAGCACCUUUACCCCCUGGAAAAAUUGCUGUGGUUGAUGUAACUCGCCAUACUGUCACACUUUCAUGGGAGAAACCUGAUAAUGAUGGAGGCAGCAAAAUCACAAGCUAUAUUGUUGAAAUGCAGCCCAAAGGAGAUGAAAAAUGGACAGUGUGCAGUGAAGCCAAAGCACUAGAAGCUACAAUUGAUGGACUCUCUACUGGAGAGGAAUAUUCCUUCAGAGUAAUUGCUGUGAAUGACAAGGGUAGAAGUGAUCCCAAGCCUUUGGCUGCCCCUGUGGUGGUUAAAGACAUAACAAUGGAGCCAACCAUCAAUUUGCUUUUCCAUACAUACAGUGUGAAAGCAGGAGAUGAUUUAAAGAUUGAUGUUCCUUUGAAAGGCAGACCUCAGCCUGAGGUGUCCUGGAAGAAAGAUGGCCAUGUGCUCAAGCAGACUACUAGGGUAAAUGUUCUCAAUUCAAAGACCUCAUCCAAGAUCAUCAUCAAAGAUUCCACCAAAGAGGAUACUGGAAAAUAUGAGAUCACUCUGACUAAUUCAAUCGGUACAAAAACAGCUGAAAUUUCAGUAAUAAUUUUGGAUAAGCCUGGCCCCCCCAGUAACAUUAGGGUAGAUGAAGUGAGUGCUGACUUCAUCUCUCUGUCCUGGGAUGCUCCAACCUAUGAUGGUGGCUGCCAGAUUAAUAACUAUGUUGUGGAGAAGAGAGACACUACCUCAACAACAUGGCAAAUUGUCUCAGCUACAGUAGCCAGGACAUCAAUUAAAGUUUCCCGUCUCAAUCAGGGCACAGAGUACCAGUUCCGCAUUGCAGCUGAGAACCGUUAUGGCAAGAGUCACGCAAUUGAUUCUGCUCCUGUUGUUGCACAAUAUCCAUUUGAGCCUCCUGGUCCUCCAACCAAUCUUCAUGUGGCCCAUGCCACCAAGACUGGCAUGCUUGUGGUAUGGGGCAGACCAGCCAGUGAUGGUGGAAGCCCUGUCAUUGGUUAUCAUAUUGAAUGCAAAGACCAAAGCAGCAUUUUGUGGGCCAAAGUCAAUAGAGGUCUGCUGACUGAAAACCAAUUUAAGAUGACUGGCACUGAGGAAGGUCUGUUUUAUCAGUAUAGAGUAUAUGCUGAGAAUAUUGCUGGUAUUGGUCCAUGUACUAAACCUAGUGAACCAGUUGCAGCCAGGGACCCAUGUGAAUCACCACAUAACCUUAAAGUCACAAAUAUUACCAGGAACUCGGUUUCUCUGUUCUGGGAUCCACCUGAAUAUGACGGUGGAGUGAAAAUUGUUGGAUACAUUGUAGAGCGCAAAGAGCUUCCCAAUGGUCGCUGGCUUAAGUGUAACUUCGCCAAUCUACAGGAGACUUACUUUGAUGUCACAGGUCUUACAGAAGAUUCACAGUAUGAUUUCCAUGUUAUUGCAAAGAAUUCCGCAGAUAUGCUGAGUGCGCCUUCAGAAUGCACUGGUCCUGUCACCAUCAAAGAUGAUGUAGAGGCCCCAGCCAUUGACUUGGCGGAUAAAUUCAGGCAGUUAGUUGUCAUUAAGGCUGGAGAAAUAAUCAGAAUUGAUGCUGAAAUUACAGGACGUCCAAUCCCAGUGGUCUCAUGGUCCAAGGAUGGAAAAGACAUUGAGGCCAAGGCCAGGUGUGAAGUAAGCUCCACCAACUUCACAACCACUCUGAUUGUCAGGGAUGCUAUCAGGAGGGACUCUGGACAGUAUGUUUUGACUUUGCACAAUGUAGCUGGAACCAGAUCUGUAGCUGUCAACUGUAAGGUUCUGGAUAGGCCUGGACCAGCUUCUGGACCUUUGGCAGUUUCAAAUGUUACAGCAGAGAAAUGCACCAUAACAUGGGGUCCACCUCAGGAGAAUGGUGGAGCUGAAAUAAUGCACUAUAUUGUGGAGAAACGUGAGACAAGUCGCCUUGCUUGGACCCUUGUUUAUGGUGACAUGAAGGCAACUACCUGCAAGGUUACCAAGCUGCUCAAAGGAAAUGAGUACAUUCUCAGGGUCAGAGGAGUUAACAAAUAUGGAGAUGGUGAGGCCCUAGAGAGUGAGCCAGUUAGAGCUAUAGAUCCGUUUACUGUACCUGCAGCCCCCACUAAUGUCCAGGUCACCUCAGUUACUAGUGAGGCCAUGACAAUCUGUUGGGAAAGACCAGUUUCUGAUGGUGGCAGCAGUAUCUCUGGCUAUGUAAUUGAAAAGCGUGAGAAGACUGGCCUCCGCUGGUGCCGUGUCAACAAGAAACCUGUCUACGACCUCAGAGUCAAAGCCUCCAACCUUCGUGAAGGAAGUGAAUAUGAGUACAGGGUGUUUGCAGAAAAUGCCGCAGGACUUAGUGCUCCAAGCACUCCAUGCCCGCUCACCAAGGCUGAAGACCCACAAUUUCUGCCCUCACCUCCAGCUAAGCCCAAGCUCAUCGACUCAACAAAGACAACAAUUACAUUGGCAUGGAAUAAGCCGCUAUUUGAUGGUGGAGCACCUGUGACUGGUUACAGAGUGGAAUACAGAAAGUCAUUAGAUGAUGAAUGGUUCAUUGGAGUUCAGAACACCAAAAAUACAGAGUUUACAGUUGUAGGGCUGACUCCUGGGGCUGAAUAUGUAUUUGUUGUUAGAUCCAUCAACAAAAUUGGAGCAAGUGAGCCUAGUCCGGAGUCAGAUAAACAGACUGCUAAAGAAAAAGAAGAAGAGCCAGUCUUUGAAAUAAGUAAUGAGAUGAGGAAGACUCUUGUUGUGAAAGAUGGAAGCUCAUUUACCAUGACAGUACCCUUCAGAGGCAAGCCCAUUCCUGCUGUUACCUGGACAAAGCCUGAUGUUGACCUUAGAGUACGUGCUGUUAUCGACACCACAGACACCUUCACCUCAAUUACUUUGGAGAAGGCAACACGUGAUGACUCUGGAAAAUACACUGUUACCUUGUCUAGCAUUGCUGGAACCUCCUCACUUACACUCAACGUUAGAGUGCUUGACUCACCUGGACCUCCAGCAUUUGUGGGAGUCAAAGAAGUGACUAAAACAUCUGCUGUUGUGACUUGGGACACCCCAGAGAAUGAAGGAGGAGGUCCAGUUAAGAACUAUCUUGUUGAUUUCCGAGAGGCAAGCAAGAAAGGCUGGACUAGGUUGACUGACACAUGCCACAGGCUGACAUACAAGGUGUCAAACCUAAAGGAGGGAGAAGUUUACUACUUUAGAGUGACAGGGGAGAAUGACUAUGGUGUUGGUGUUUCUGCUGAGACCAAAGAGGGAACCAAGAUUACAGAAAAGCCAAGCCCCCCACCAAAGCUUGGAGUAACUGAUGUCUCUAAGGAGAGCGUGUCAUUGGCGUGGGCUAAACCUGAACAUGAUGGAGGCAGCAGAAUUACUGGAUAUCUGGUUGAAGCACUGGAAAAGGGUCAGGAGAAGUGGGUUAAAUGUGGUGUAACCAAGUUUACCCACUUUACAGUGUCUGGCCUAAGGGAGAAAUCAGAGUACUUCUUCAGAGUCAAAGCUGAGAACCAUGCCGGAUUUAGCGAUGUUAAGGAAAUGUUCACCCCUGUCAUGGUCAAAGAUCAGCUUGAAUCUCCCGAAGUCAUUAUGAAGGACUUCCCCCACAACACAGUGUACGUCCGAGCUGGCUCCACUCUCAAGUGUGAAAUUCCUCUGACUGGCCAACCCCUGCCCAAAGUCACUCUUUCCAAGGAUAAUGUAGUGCUCAAGUCAACAAUGAGGUUCAACUCUGAAGUCACUCCUGACAGCAUCAAAAUCAUCCUGCGUGAAAGCGUUGCAGGAGACACAGGACGCUAUGAUAUAACUGCCUCCAACUCGAGUGGAACCACCAAGUCCUUUGUCAAUAUUGUGGUUCUAGAUCGCCCUAGUGUCCCACUUGGACCUGUGGAACUGUUUGAUGUCACAGAAGACAGUGUAGGCCUCAGGUGGCUCCCACCAGCAUAUGAUGGUGGUAGCCCAAUCACAAACUAUAUCAUCCAGAAGAGAGAAACAACUACAGCAAACUGGAUUGAUGUGUCUUCUGCUGUGGCCCGUUGCACUAUAAAGAUUCUGAAACUUACCACUGGCCUGGAGUACCAGUUCAGAAUCAGGGCUGAAAACAAAUAUGGAAUAAGCGAACAUAUUGACUCUCCAGUAGUCACAGUGAACCUUCCAUACACUGUUCCAGAUGUGCCAUCAACUCCCGAGAUUACUGCGGUAACCAGGGAGAGCAUUGCAUUAGCCUGGAAGGAGCCCAAGUCAGAUGGAGGAAGCCAUGUGUUUGGUUACCAUCUCCAGAUGAAAGAUAGAAACAGCAUCAUGUGGCAGAGAGUUAACAAAACUGUAAUCCGUGCCACACAUUAUAAGGUCACUAAUGUUAAUGCUGGACUCAUUUAUGAGUUUAAGGUGGCAGCAGAAAAUGCGGCUGGUCUUAGUGCUUUCAGCAAGUCUUCAGAUGCUGUGCUGGCAAUAGAUGCCUGUGAACCACCGAUUAACCUCAGAAUCAGUGACAUCACCAAAACCACUAUCAGCCUUGCCUGGGAGAAGCCCAACUAUGAUGGUGGAUCCCCUAUUACUGCUUACAUGAUUGAGAAAAGAGAGGGUGUUAGUCCGAAGUGGUUCAAAGCUCACCUCACCAAUAUCACAGACACACAUUUCACUGUGACUGGACUUACCCAGAAUGAAACGUACGAGUUCAGGGUGAUGGCCAAAAAUGCUGUUGGUUCAGUCAGCAACCCAUCUAUGACAGCUGGACCAGUUACCUGUGUGGACACCUAUGGUGCCCCAGAGAUUGAAAUUCCACAGGAGUACCUUAACGAGGUCAAAUACAAGGCUGGCUCAGACGUACAACUCAAAUUUAAUAUCACAGCUAAACCUGCCCCCACAAUUGAGUGGUUUAAAGAUGGCAGAGAGCUAAAACCUUCUGCUCAGCUAUCUUUCAAACACCUGUUUGAAUCAACCAGUAUAUUCUUGAGGGACACCACUCGUCUAAACUCAGGGACCUAUGAGGUCAAGGUGAAGAACUCCCUGGGAUCUGCAUGCGCCAUUGUUAGGCUGCUUAUUCAAGACAAGCCAGGACCCCCUGCUGGAGAAAUUCAAUUCAAGAAGGUUAUGGCUGACAACAUCACCAUCAUGUGGUCCCCGCCUGCGGAUGAGGGAGGUGCCAUGGUUACGCACUAUAUUGUAGAGAAAAGAGAAACCAGCAGAGUCAUGUGGUCUAUUGUGUCUGAGAAACUCGUUGACUGCAUAGUGAAUGUACCCAGACUCAUCAAGGGCAACGAGUACAUCUUUAGAGUUCGUGGAGUCAACAAAUAUGGCAUUGGAGACCCACUGGAGUCUGAGCCCAUUAUUGCAAAGAAUCCGUUCGUUCCCCCAAGUGAACCAUCCAAGCCCAAGGUCACUAUGAUCACCAAGUCCACAAUGACGGUGAUUUGGGAAAGACCUGCACUUGAUGGAGGCAGUGAUAUUGAUGGCUAUUACCUUGAGAAAAGGGAGAAGAAGAGUCUUCAGUGGUUCAAGGUGGUGAAGGGAACAAUCAGAGACACCAGACAGAAAGUCAGUAACCUAACUGAAAACAAUGAGUACCAGUUCAGAGUUUGUGCUGUAAACAAAGCCGGUGCCGGAAACUACUCUGAGGCCUCUGACCUCUACAAGGCCUAUGACCCCAUUGAUCUUCCUGGUGAACCCUUAAAGUUGCGUGUAGUUGACUCAACUAAGACCUCCAUCACUCUUGGAUGGGAGAAGCCUGUCUAUGAUGGUGGCAGUGAAAUCACACACUAUUUACUAGAACAGAUGAAUACAGAAGAGAAAGAAUGGAUCAUCACAAACCCAGAGGUUAAGGCUUGCGAGUAUGUGGUAUCCCACCUCAAACCUAGCACCUACUAUUAUUUCAGGGUUUCUGCCGUGAACUGCAAGGGUAAAGGGGAGGACAUCAAGAUGUACCAGCCUGUGCAAGCCAAAGACAUAUUAGAGGAGGCUGAUUUGGACUUAGAUGUUCCCAUGACAACACAAUACACAGCUAGAGCUGGCCGUGAUGUGGAAGUGUUUAUUCCAUUGAAGGGACGCCCAGCUCCAAAUGUGACCUGGCGACGUAGUGAUCGUAACAUGGCGGGUGAUAACCGCUAUACCAUCACUAGCACUGAGAGAUCUACCACAUUGCUCAUUCCCAAGGUCACUCGUGAUGACUGUGGAAAGUACGUGUUAGAGAUAGAGAAUGGUGUAGGUGAACCCAAAGUAAUUACAGUUUCCCUGAGGGUUCUAGAUAGUCCAUCCUCCUGCCAGAAGCUUAUAAUCAAGAAUGUAACAAGGGGUAAGCUGACUCUCAGCUGGGAGGCUCCUCUUGUUGAUGGUGGCUCUCCCGUCACAAAUUAUAUCGUUGAGAAGAAAGCCUCGACCAUGAAGGCCUACCAGGUGAUCAGCUCAGAAUGCCUUAACACAUCUUACAAAGUUACUGGCCUGGAAGAGGACAUUGCCUACUUUUUCCGUGUGUCAGCUGAAAAUGAGUUUGGUAUGGGUGACCCUUGUGAGUCCAGUGAAGCUGUCAGAGCGACAGAGACUCCUGCAGCUGUUAAAAACCUUGUAAUGUUGGACUCUACAAAGGUCUCCGUUACCUUGCAGUGGACCCGACCUGACCAUGAUGGAGGCAGCCAUAUCACAGAGUAUAUCAUUGAAAAGAGAAGCCAGGAUGAAGUAAACUGGAGUUUAGGUGCCACAUGCAAACGCUGCACUUGUGAAGUGACUGGACUCAGGGAGAAUGCUAUAAUGGAUUUCAGAGUAUUUGCCAAGAAUGAAAAAGGAAGAAGUGACUUCUCUCAGAUUGGUCCAAUCAUAGUGAUGGACUUUAUCAUCCCCCCAGAAGCUAAUCUUAGUGAUUAUCCUAAUGGAGAGCUGGCUGUCCGUGUUGGUCAAAACAUCCAUAUUGAGCUACCCUUCAAGGGCAAACCAAGGCCUGCAAUCAGCUGGCUAAAGGAUAACCUACCACUAAAGGAGAGUGAUAAGAUUCGCUUUAGGACCACUGACAACAAGACCUCAGUCACAGUCAGGGGAGCCAAGAAGGAGAAUGCUGGACAGUACACCUUAGUUUUGGACAACAGAGUCAUCAAAAACUACUUUGACAUCAAAGUCAUUACUCUGGGACCCCCCACAGCUCCUGUUGGUCCCAUUCGCUUUGAUGAGAUAAAGGCUCAGAGUAUCAUAAUUUCCUGGGAUGAGCCAAAGGAGGAUGGAGGUGGUGAGAUUACAUGCUACAGUGUGGAGAAGCGUGAAACUUCUCAUGCUAACUGGAAAAUGGUCUGCUCAAGUGUUGUUAGGACCACCUUCAAGAUCCCUAACCUUGUCAAGGGAACGCAGUACCAGUUCAGAGUCCGUGCAGAGAACAAAUAUGGAGUCAGCGAGCCUCUCUGCUCUUCAGAUGUUAUUGCCCAGCACCAGUAUAAACCUCCAGGUCCGCCAGGAAAGCCAGUUGCCUUCAAUGUCACCAGUGAUGGCAUGACAAUCAAGUGGGAUGCCCCAGGCUUUGAUGGAGGUUCCCCUAUCUUGGGUUAUCAUGUUGAAAAGAAGGAUAGGAACAGCCUCUUGUGGCAGAAGGUGAAUUCCACUAUUAUUUCCAAUAAAGAGUACAGGAUUAUCGGUCUCCUGGAAGGUCUGGAGUACUCUUUUAGAGUUUAUGCCGAGAACAAUGCUGGACUCAGCCCUGUCAGUGAGCAGAGCAAACACGCUCUGGCUAUAUCCCCUGUUGAUCCACCUGGCACUCCUGUCUGCAUUGACACAACCAGAGAUUCAGUCACCUUGCAAUGGGAAAUCCCCAAGAGAGACGGUGGAAGCAAAAUUGUUGCUUACAAUGUAGAGAGGCGCCAAGGAAGGGGAAAAUGGCUGAGAUGCAACUUCAUUGAUAUAAGUGAGACACAGUUCACUGUGACCGGUCUGUCUCCUGGAGACAGAUUUGAGUUCAGAGUAAUUGCAAGGAAUGCCGUUGGCACAGUCAGUCCUCCAUCUAACUCCUCUGGAUACAUCAUGACCAAAGAUGAAAGCAUUGCUCCUGAAAUUGAGUGGUCCCCAGACCAGGUGGUCACUCUGAGGGCCGGGGAAAAUGUUAAGCUUAGCUGUACCAUCACUGGGCGCCCAGUUCCCCUGGUUGUGUGGUACAAGGAUGGAAAAGAGAUUGAUAAGAGAACAAUGAUCGACAUUGAAAUCACCACUGGAAUUGGUACCAGCAGUCUGUUUAUCCGUGAUGCAGACAGGAACCACCGUGGAAUUUAUACAGUUGAAGCCAAAAACAGCUCUGGUACAAGGAAAGCAGAUGUUAACGUCAGAGUUCAAGAUACUCCUGGACCUGUUGAGGGUCCCAUACGCUUCACCGGCAUCACAGCUGAAAAGUGCACUGUAUGGUGGAACCCACCAGAAAAUGACGGCUGUGCUGCGAUCUCCCACUACGUAGUGGAGAAAAGAGAAACAUCCCGACUUUCCUGGGCCUUGGUUACAUCUAAAUGUGAAGCUUGUUCAUACAACGUUACCAACCUCAUCAAGGGCAAUGAGUACCAGUUCAGAAUCUCUGCAGUCAAUAAAUUUGGUGUUGGGAAACAACUGGAUUCUGACCCAGUCAUUGCACGCAUGCAAUACACUGUACCGGAUGCACCUGGUACACCAGAUGCAACUCAUGUGACUGGAAGCAGCAUCACUUUGUGCUGGGCCAGGCCAAGAUCAGAUGGAGGAAAUGAGAUCAAGCAUUACAUUCUAGAAAGACGUGAGAAAAAGAGCCUUCGCUGGGUUAGAGUCUCCUCCAAGAGGCCUAUAACUGAGCUUAGACAUCGUGUCACUAACCUGACUGAGGGCAAUGAGUACGAAUUCCGCGUAAUGGCAGAAAAUGGGGCUGGUAUUGGACCAACCAGCAGCACCUCCAGGCUCUUCAAAUGCAGAGAGCCAACGAGUGCUCCUAGUGCUCCCAGUGUGAUCAAGGUCAUUGACUCCACCAAGUCCUCUGUCACCCUAGAAUGGAUGAAACCAGUCUUUGAUGGUGGCUUGGAAAUUAUUGGCUACAAUAUUGACAUGUGUAAGGCCAGUCUGGAGGAGUGGCACAGAGUCAACAGUCAGAUUUGUAUUCACAACAGGUACACUGCAAAGGGCCUGGUACCUGGAGAGCUUUACAAAUUCAGAGUCAGCGCUGUAAAUGGAUCGGGAGAGGGUGAAGCUUCAGUUAUGCCACACCCUGUUCAGGCUCUUGAUAGGCUUACGUCUCCCGAAAUUGAGAUUGAUGCAAACUUCAAGCAAACUCAUAUUGUAAAGAACGGAGGAACAGUCACCCUCAGUAUCGCUUUCAGAGGAAAGCCUGCUCCCCUUGCCACCUGGUCACGAGCAGACGGUGAGCUCCCUGUCAUGGCUGAUGUGGUCACCACUGACAACUCCUCUACCUUGACUAUAGAAGGUUGCACAAGGUAUGAGGCAGGAAAAUACACUCUGUCCCUGGAGAACAACAGUGGGCGCAAGUCUAUCACAUUCACGGUUAAAGUCUUAGACACACCAGGACCUCCAGGAGCAAUCUCAUUCAAAGAUGUUACUCGUGGUGCUUUGACAAUGAUGUGGGAUGCUCCAUCCAAUGAUGGUGGAUCCCGAAUCCACCACUACAUUGUGGACAAGCGUGAGGCAAGCCGCCUUGCUUGGCAGGAGGUUAGCAGCAAGAGCUCUCGCCAAAUGAUAAGGAUAACUGGUCUAGAUAUUGGUGUGCCAUAUUUGUUUAGAGUGACUGCUGUCAACCAAUAUGGCCAAGGAGAACCUAAAGAGAUGACUGAGCCCAUUGUUGCUACUGAAGAGCCUGCACCACCCAAAAGAUUAGAUGUUGUUGACACCACUAACUCCACAGCUUCCCUGGUGUGGCUUAAACCGGAGCAUGAUGGAGGAAGCCGCAUCCGAGGUUACAUUGUUGAAUUCAGAGCUAAGGGCACUGACCGUUGGGUUGUUUAUGGAGAGAGUAAGUUACAGAAGAUGCUGAUUGAAGGUCUGAUUGAAAACACUGAGUAUGACUUCAGGGUGAAAGCCAAGAAUGAUGCUGGAAUCAGUGAGCCCCAGGGUACCUUCAGCUCUGUGGUCAUUAAGGAACCUCUCAUCGAACCAACUGCUGAUCUAAGCAGUAUCACUAACCAGCUCAUUACCUGUAAGAUUUCCAACACUUUCACAAUUGAUAUUCCCAUCAGCGGCAGACCUGCACCCAAGGUCACAUGGAAGCUGGAGGAAAUGAAGCUAAAAGAAACUGACAGAGUCUUGAUCAGGACCACAAAGGAGAGAACCACACUGAUUGUGAGGGACAGCAAGAGAAGUGACAGUGGGAAGUAUUAUCUGAUCCUAGAGAACGCUGCUGGUGUGAUGACUUUCACAGUGACUGUAGUGAUCGUAGGCAGGCCGAGUCCCCCCACUGGCCCUGUAGAGGUUUCUGGAAUCUCCUCAGAGUCCUGCACACUGUCGUGGUCUGAGCCUGCUGAUGAUGGUGGGACUGAAAUAACCAACUACAUUGUUGAAAAACGUGAGUCUGGCCACGCUUCAUGGCAGGUGGUAAACUCCAGUGUGCAGAGAACCACAAUCAAAGUAACUCAUUUGACCAAAUACAUGGAGUACACAUUCAGGGUCAGUGCUGAGAAUAAGUUCGGAGUCAGCAAGUCUAUCGAGUCUGCGGCUGUUGUGAUCGAACAUCCAUUUAUUCCUCCAAGUCCUCCAACUCGUCCCGAUGUGGUGUCUGUUUCGGCCAAUGCUAUUGCCAUUAAGUGGGAUGUGCCAUAUUCUGAUGGUGGCAGCCAGGUGACCGGAUACUGGAUUGAGAAGAAAGAGAGGAACACAAUCCUGUGGGUUAGGGAAAACAAACUGCCCUGUCUGGAGUGCCAUUACAAGGUAUCCAACCUGAUAGAGGGUCUGGAGUAUCAGUUCAGGGUCUACGCCAUGAACAUCGCUGGACUCAGCAAAGCCAGUGAAGCUUCCAGACCAGUGGUGGCACUCAAUCCUGUUGAUCCACCUGGUAAUCCUGAGGUUACAGACAUCAGCCGCUCCUCUGUGUCGCUGUGCUGGACUGUGCCCUUCAAUGAUGGUGGCAGUAAGAUUGUCGGUUACAUUGUGGAGAGGAAGGUCUACAGCACUGACGAGUGGGAUGACAACCGUUGGCUUAAGUGCAACUACACCACAAUCACUGAGAACUACUUCACAGUCACAAACUUGGGAGAGGGAGAAACCUACGAGUACCGUGUAAUCGCCAAGAAUGCAGCUGGAGUCCACAGCGUACCUUCUCAGUCUACCGGACCAGUCACAUGCAAGGACGAAUACUCUCCUCCAAAAGCUGAACUCGACAGCAAGUUUACACGCGAGACCAUCACUGUUAUGGCCGGCUCCGACCUCGUCCUGGACGGUGUUGUAGGAGGCAAACCAGAACCAACAGUCUACUGGUCCAAGGGUGACAAGAUUUUGGAGCUGGGAGAGAAAUACUCCCUGACAUAUACAUCGACAAAAGCCAUGGUUGUGAUCAAGAACUGUGACAGAUACGAUUCUGGCAGAUACAUCCUCACUGUCAAGAAUGCCAAUGGUAUCAAGACAGCGUCAGUAAAUGUGAAGGUUCUGGACACUCCUGGACCACCAGCUGACAAGAUUAUAAUCAGCAGAGUGACGGAGGAGAAAUGUACGGUUUCCUGGAAGAUUCCACUGGAGGAUGGCGGAGACAUUGUCUCCCAUUACAUCGUAGAGAGGCGUGAAACCAGCCGACUCAACUGGGUCAUAAUGGAGACAGAGUGCAAGUCACUGUCGUGUGUCAGCUCCAGGUUGAUCAAGAACAAUGAGUAUAUCUUCAGAGUCAGAGGAGUCAACAAGUUUGGACCUGGAGUUCCUCUGGAGUCUGAACCUGUCAUCGCCAGGAACGCCUACACUGUCCCAUCCCCGCCUGGCGCCCCAGAGGCCACAGCAGUGGCUAAGGAGCACAUCAUCAUCGAGUGGCUCAAGCCAGAGAGUGACGGAGGCAGCGAGAUCAAGAACUACAUUGUGGAAAAACGAGAAAAGAGCAGCACCAGAUGGACUCGGGUUAACAGAACCUACACCAUUUAUGACAUACGUCUGAAGAUCACCGGCCUAUUGGAGGGAGGAGAGUACCAGUUCAGAGUCACAGCUGUCAACAAUGCUGGAGAGAGCCAGCCAAGCGAUGCCUCACCAUACAUCCUCUGCAGAGAUCCAACAUACACCCCAGCUGCUCCUUCAACACCUCGUAUCACUGAUACAACUAAGCACAGCAUCAGCAUGACCUGGACCAGGCCUAUGUAUGACGGAGGCUGUGAUGUCACCGGCUACGUCAUAGAGAUCCUAGAGGAAGGGUCUGAGCAGUGGUACCGAGCCACCGCUAAGCCAAUCAAGACCAACGAGUAUGUGGCCGCUGGCCUGACAGCCAAUAAGAAGUACAGGUUCAGGGUGGCAGCCAUUAACAGCAACGGCACUGGGGAGUUCAGUGAACCCAGCAGCGAAGUCGAGCCUCUGGAGAAAGUUGAAAUGCCUGACCUGGAACUGGCAGAUGACCUGAAGAAAACCGUGGUUCUGCGUGCUGGUGGUACCCUCCGUCUGUUUGUGUCAGUCGCUGGCAGACCGACACCAGUUGUUACCUGGAGAAAGACUGGCGUGGAACUACAGAGCCGAGGCUACAUUGAGACUACAGACAGCUACACCUGUCUGAUUGUUGAGAAGGUGAAUCGCUACGAUUCUGGAAAAUAUGUUGUUGAGGCAGAGAAUCCAUCUGGAAAGAAGACUUCUAUCAUUCUGGUUAAGGUCUACGACACUCCUGGUCCUCCUGGUUCAGUCAGGGUAAAGGACUACACCAAGGAAUCUGUUGUGAUCACGUGGGAUGUCCCAAGCCUUGACGGUGGUGCUCAUGUCAGCAAUUACAUAAUUGAAAAGAGAGAAGCCAGCAUGAAGUCAUACAAGACCGUAACCACAGAGUGCAGAAAAACUCUGUACAGGAUCACCGGCUUGGAGGAAGGCGUGCACUACUUCUUCAGAGUCCUCCCUGAAAAUAUCUAUGGCGUUGGUGAACCCUGCGAGACAGCUGAACCUGUGCUGGUGUGUGAAGUGCCUUCAGUACCUAUGGACCUCAGUAUUGUGGAUGUCACCAAGUCCACUGUGACCUUGCACUGGGAAAAACCACUGCAUGAAGGUGGCAGCAGGCUGACCGGUUACAUCAUAGAGGCUUGCAAGGUGGGUUCAGACAGGUGGAGCGCCGUGGCUACAGUUAGGGCCUCGGUCUCCCAACACACCAUCCAGUCCCUGACAGAGAACGACCAGUACCUGUUCAGGAUCCGUGCCACCAACAGCAGGGGAGCCAGUGAACCCAUGGACCUUAUGACACCCAUUACAAUCCAGGAGAUUACAAUGGUGCCCAAGAUUGACAUGACCAGUAUCCCUCAGAAGAUCGUUCAUGUGCAUCGUGGCAGACCUAUUGACCUGAACAUCCCAAUCAAAGCCAAACCACAGCCGGUGUGCUCCUGGCAUUUCGGUGGAAUUAAGCUGAAGGACAGCUUGGACCGCAUUAAGAUAGACAGCAACGGCAAAUUUACCCACCUCAUCAUCCGUGACACAACCAUCAAUGAUACGGGAGAUUACACUUUGGAGGUGAAGAAUGCUGUCGGCAUCGCCACUGAGGUUAUCAAAGUCAUCAUUCUCGACAAACCCGGUAUUCCUGUGGGUCCCAUGAAGAUUGAGGAGGUUGAUGGUGUCUCAGUAACUGUUAGCUGGGAGCCCCCAGAGAAAGAUGGUGGUGCCAACGUUAGUGGUUACGUGGUAGAGCAGAGGGAAGCACACCACCCAGGCUGGUCCACCGUCUCUGAAUCAGUGACCAGACCGUGUUUCAAGUUCACCAGGCUUAACGAGGGAACAGAGUAUGUGUUCCGUGCAGCUGCUAUGAAUCGCUUCGGCGUUGGUGGCUUCCUGCAGUCUGAGGUGGUGGAGUGCAAGAGCGCCAAGACCAUACCUGGACCUCCAAGCAGGCCAGAGGUUAUUGACGUGACCCAUGAAGGCAUGACUCUGACCUGGCAACCUCCUGUGGACAACGGUGGCUCCACCAUAGCGGGCUACAUUAUAGAACGCAAGGAGGCCCGUUCUGACAGAUGGAUGAGAAUCAAUAAGAAUCCAGUCACUAUGACCAGAUACCGUUCAUCUGGACUGAUUGAGGGCCUUGAAUAUGAGUUCCGUAUCACAGCAAUCAACUCCAGAGGAACUGGCAAACCAAGUGAAAGUUCUGCCAUUGUUGUUGCUAUGGAUCCCAUCGAACCCCCAGGUCCUCCAGUUCAACCCAGAGUCACUGAUAGCACACGGACAUCUGUCUCCCUGGCAUGGCUGCCCCCUGAAGAAGAGGGUGGUUCUGUUGUCACAGGCUAUCUUAUUGAGAUGCAAAAGGUGGACCAGGUUGAAUGGACACUGUGCAACACCACACCGACCAAGAUGUGCGAGUACACGCUAACCCACAUGCCUCAGGGAGCGGAGUACAGGUUCAGGGUCAUUGCAUGCAAUGCGGGCGGUGCUGGAGAGCCUGCAGAGAUUUCUGGAGUGGUUAAAGUCCAAGAGAUGCUUGAUUAUCCUGACUUUGAGCUUGAUCGUAAAUAUGAGGAAGAAUAUGUGGUCCGCCAAGGUGGUGUCAUCCUACUGUCUGUGCCCAUCAAAGGCAAACCUAUACCUACAGCUAAGUGGACAAAGGACGGUCGUGACAUCUCUCAUCGUGCCAUGAUUGCAACCCAUGAUGACAUCACUGAGCUGGUAAUCAAAGAGGCGCAUAAAGAUGACACUGGUACCUAUGACUUGGUGCUGGAGAACAAAUGUGGUAGGAAAGCUGUGUACAUCAAGGUGAAAGUGAUUGGUCGACCUGAUGCUCCAGAAGGUCCUCUUGAAUUUGAUGACAUCCAAGCUAGGUCAGUACGCGUCAGCUGGAGACCACCUUCUGACGACGGUGGAUCUGACAUCCUGGGCUACAUAGUAGAAAGGCGGGAGGUACCAAAGGCCGCCUGGUACACAGUGGAUGCCCGAGUAACUGAGACCUCUCUGGUGGUAAAGGGCUUGAAGGAGAACGUGGGGUACCACUUUAGGGUAUUUGCUGAGAACCAGUUUGGUGUAAGCAGAUCCCUGAAAUCAGAUGGCGCUGUUCUGCCAAAGACACCUCUAUGUCCACCUGAACCUCCCAGUAACCCACCAGAGAUAAUGGACGUUACCAAGACCACUGUGUCUUUAUCCUGGGCCAGACCCCGGGAUGAUGGCGGCUCUCGCAUCACAGGAUACUACGUUGAAAGAAGAGAGAUUUCCACAGAGAAGUGGGUCCGUCACAACAAGACUCACAUCACUACCACCAUGUUCAAUGUCACCGGUCUUAUACCCAAUGCCGAGUACAUAUUUAGAGUGGUGGCUCAAAAUGACAUUGGGCAGAGUGAACCUGGUCCUGCCUCAGAGCCAGUGGUCUGCAAAGAUCCAUUUGACAAACCCAGCCAACCGGGAGAAAUUGACAUCAUCUCUAUUACGAAAGACAGCAUCACCAUUCACUGGCUCCGGCCAGAACAUGAUGGCGGAAAGGAGAUCCUAGGUUACUGGAUUGAGUUUAGGGAGGCUGGAGAGAGCGCCUGGAAGAAGUGCAACAAGGAGCGCUCCAAGGAUCGUCAGUUCACCAUGGGUGGAUUGAUGGAGGCCACAGAGUACGAGUUCCGAAUCUUUGCUGAAAAUGAGGCUGGACUCAGCCGACCUCGUCGCACACCCAUGGGCAUUAAAACCAAAUUGAGCGUUGGGGAAGCUCCAGCUUUGAAGGAGGAGGUCCAAGAUGUAACCACUAAGCUUGGCGAGUCUGGCACUCUAACAUGCGGAAUCAUCGGCAGACCUUUGCCUGAGAUCAAGUGGUAUCGAUAUGGCAAAGAACUGAUCCAGAGCCGCAAGUACAAGAUGAGCUCAGAUGGCCGUAACCACUCCCUCACCAUUCUGACAGAGGAACAGGAAGACGAAGGAGUAUACACCUGCAGGGCCAUCAACGAGGCUGGAGAAAUAGAGACAAGCGGAAAACUACGCUUGCAGGCAGCGCCCCAAUUCCACCCCGGCUUCCCGCUAAAAGACAAGUACUACGCUGGGGCUGGUACCAGCCUCCGCCUCCAUGUAGUCUACAUCGGCCGUCCGAUCCCCCAGAUCAUGUGGUUCUAUGGCAAGAAACCUCUGAAUCCAUCUGAGAAUGUAAUAAUUGAAAACACUGAAAGCUACACCCACCUGGUUGUGAGGAAUGUCCAACGAAAAACCAACGCUGGUCGCUACAAGGUGCAGCUUAGCAAUGUGUUUGGAACUGUUGACACCUCGCUGCGUGUUGAAAUCCAAGACAAACCUUCUAUCCCUGAGGGUCCCAUAGUUGUCGAUUCCCUUCUGAGAAACUCAGUCGUAAUCAGCUGGAAGGUUCCAAAGGACGAUGGAGGGUCCGUGAUUACUAACUACAUUGUGGAGAAAUGUGAAGCCAAAGAGGGUGAACAAUGGUGCCUGGUGUCCUCUUCUGUUCCGGGUACCACCUGCCGUGUUCCCAACCUGAGUGAGAGCUCUGGAUACUACUUCAGAGUCUCUGCACAGAACCAGUAUGGUGUGAGUGAGCCUCUGGAGAUUCCAUCUGUAGUCAUCAUUAAGAGCCCAUACGAUAAACCUGGAAUCCCACAGCAGCCGUUCAUCAUCAGUGCCACCAAAGACUCCUGCGUCGUUUGCUGGAAGCCUCCAAGUAGUGAUGGAGGAGCGAAAAUCACCAGCUACUUCCUUGAAAAACGCGAGAAGAAGCAGAACAAAUGGAUGUCCGUAACAACCAAAGUAUUUACAGAAACCAGCUAUGAAGUCACAGGCUUGAUUGAGGGCUUUGAGUAUGAGUUCCGUGUGAAGUGCCAGAACAUCGGUGGCGAGAGCGACUGGUCUGAGAUCUCUCUGCCCGUUAUACCCAAGUCAGAACAGGCUCCUCGUGCUCCUGCAUUCAGGGAGGAGAUCAGAGACAUGACUGUGAAAUACCACAGCAAUGCCACCUUUGUCACCAAGGUCGUGGGUCAUCCAAAGCCUGUGGUUAAAUGGUAUCGCAGUGGAAAGGAGAUCCUGGCAGAUGGAACGAAAAUAAAAGUGCUUGAGUUUAAGGGUGGCUACUACCAGCUGGUCAUCAAUGCCGCUGAUGAGAAUGAUGCCUCAGUAUACCAAGUUAGAGCAACCAAUCCCUCUGGAUCUAUCUCUACAACAGCCAACCUGGAGGUGGAAGUCCCUGCAAAGAUACACCUCCCUAAAGAACUGCAGGGAAUGGGAGCCGUUCAUGCUGCACGCGGCGAUCACAUCACGAUCAAGAUUCCCAUCUCAGGAAAGCCAGAGCCAGCGGUUACUUGGCAGAAGGGUCAGGAGAUCCUCUCCAACUCUGCCUAUCACCAAGUUAUCACCACAAGGUCCUUCACCUCCCUUGUGUUCCUAAAGGGAGUACAAAGGAAGGACACUGGCUACUACAUCAUCACUGCUAAAAACAGAUUUGGAGCAGACAAGCAAACAAUUGAGGUGAAUGUGGCUGACAUUCCUGAUGCUCCAAAGGGACUUGUGGUCAGCGACAUUUCACGGGAUUCUAUUACCCUCACCUGGGAACCACCUGCCAACGAUGGUGGCAGUGACAUCAUUAGCUACAUUGUAGAGAAGUGCCCGACCACUGCUGACAGAUGGAUCCGUGCUGGUCAGACCGCUGACUGCAGUAUCACCAUUGUCAGUGUAUUUGGAAAGACCAAAUAUCAGUUCCGUGUUAUCGCAGAGAACCAGUUUGGCCUCAGCCUUCCAUCUGUUCCAACCGAACCCAUCACCACCAAGGAAGACAAGUCUGUGAUCAGGAACUAUGACGAGGAAGUGGAUGAAACCAGAGAGAUUACCAAGGAAGAAGCUUUGUUCUACAAGGUGAAGGAGCUUUCUUCCAAAUACAUCAUCUCAGAGGAACUUGCCCGGUGCCAGUUCGGAGUGGUCCACCGCUGCGUGGAGAUUGCCACAAAGAAGACUUUCAUGGCCAAGUUCAUAAAAGUCAGAGGAACUGAUCGUGAGUUAGUUCUGAGGGAGAUAGAGGCCCUUAACAUUGCAAGACACAAGAACAUUAUCUACUUGCAUGAAUACUUUGAAAGCAUGGAAGAGAUUAUCCUGAUCUUUGAAUUCCUCUCUGGAGUUGAUAUCUUUGAGCGGCUUGGCACCAGCAACUUUGAGCUUACAGAACAGGAGAUUGUCCGUUACCUGAGGCAGGUUUGCUCCGCUCUCCAGUUCUUACACAGCCAUAACGUUGGCCACUUUGAUAUCCGCCCAGAUAACAUCAUCUACACCACAAGGAGAAGUCCCAAUAUAAAGAUUAUUGAGAUGGGCCAGGCCAGGCUGUUGAUCCCAGGAGAAAACAUCAGAAUGCUGUUUUCAGCUCCAGAGUAUUUUGCGCCAGAGGUUCACCGCCAUGAUCUGGUCACAACAGCCACUGAUAUGUGGUCUGUUGGUGUUUUGGCAUAUGUUUUACUCAGUGGUCUUAAUCCAUUUGCCGCAGAGUCUACAACAAAAAUGAUUGAAAACAUCUCCAACUGUGAGUACAUAUUUGAUAGGGAAGCAUUUAAAGACAUAAGCUCGGAGGCCAUGGACUUUAUAGACAGACUUCUCGUUAAGGACAGGAAGCUCCGUAUGACUGCUCAUGAAGCUCUAGAGCACCCAUGGCUCAAGAUGAAGAUUGAGCAUGUCAGCAACAAGGUCAUCAGGACACUGAGACACAGAAGAUACUAUCAAUCACUAGUAAAGAAGACAGAUACGAUAGUAUCAUCAGCCCGUGUGGCGUUCGGAGGUGCCUUCAGAAACCAGCGCGGACUGGCUGUUGGUAAAGUUAAGGUUGGAACCGAAUACUGUGGCUUGCGUGCUGGACCUGUCAUGCAUGCCUCAGCUGAGGAAGGUGGCCACGUCAGAUUUACUUGUAGCAUUGUUAACUAUGACAAGAGCACUCAGGUGUCUUGGUACUUUGGUAACCGUCAAUUGCAUCCGAGCCCCAAGUAUGAGAUUUCUUACAACAAUGGCUUUGCCAGCAUUUAUGUGAAGGAUAUUGAAGAGUCUGAUGAUGGCGUCUAUAGAUGCAAAGUGGUGAGUGAUGAUGGAGAGGACAGUGCCUAUGGAGAACUCUUCGUCGAGACUGUGAGGAGUCUCAGGGAGCAUUACGUUAGCCGUACCAUCAAGAAGCUGAGGAGGAGGGUUGACAGAACUAAACUUCUGCAGAGACCACCGGAGUUUACCUUGCCUCUCUACAACCGCACCGCCUACAUUGGUGAGGAUGUGCGCUUUGGUGUCACUAUCACUGUGCAUCCAGAGCCUCAUGUGACCUGGCUGAAGAAUGGAGAGCAAAUAAAGGAGGAGGUUGGCAAGUACACAUUUACAAGUGAUAAGGGCUUAUAUCAACUCAUGAUUCAUAAUCUGGAUAGUAGUGAUGAUGCCGAAUACACAGUCAUGGCAUACAACAAGUUUGGAGAAGACAGCUGCAAGGCUCGUCUGACUGUCAUACCUCAUCCUGUGCUAGAGGAAACUCUGAGGCCCAUGUUUAAGCGUUUGCUGGCUAACAUUGAGUGCACAGAAGGAGAGAGUGUCCGCUUCGAACUCAGGGUGUCAGGAGUUCCCACUCCCACUCUUAAAUGGGAAAAAGAUGGACUUCCACUACAGUUUGGUCCCAAAGUUGUUGUUAUUGAACAAGACAUUGAUUAUCAUGUCCUUCACAUCAGGGAAACUCUGCUUGAGGAUGCUGGUGUGUACAAAGUCACUGCAACAAACUCUGCUGGGUCUGCAAGCUGCCAGGCUACUUUGAAAGUGGACCGCAUCACAUACACCAGAAGAGAGUACAAGAGCGAGGAGGAGAAACACAGACAUGUUCAGAAACAGAUAGAGAAGACCAACAAAAUGGCUCAGCAAAUUGCAGCUACUGAGGAGCUUGUACCUCUGAAUCCCACUGCACAGGAGGCCCUGAAAUUUGCUGCAGAAGUGUACAAACCUGCAGUAAGCACAAAGAACAUUGAGGGCGAAUUUGACAUCACAGAGGAGAAGACAGAGACAAAGAAGCUGGAGGAGGAGAGGCGGCUUUUCAUGCCAUAUGAGAUUCCUGAUCCUGUGGUUCAUGAUCGAAAAGCUCUUGAUGAGGACAAAGCUAUUAAGCAGUUUGUGCCUCUUUCUGACAUGAAAUGGUAUCGCAAACUACGAGAUCAGUAUGAGGUCUCAGAGAGAACAGAGAGGAUUGUUCAAAAGAGGCAGAAACGUAUCCGCCUGUCCAGGUGGGAGCAGUUCUACGUGGUGCCCCUCCCCAGGAUCACUGACCAAUACAGACCCAGAUGGCGCAUUCCCAAACUGACAAUGGAUGAUUUGGAGACUGUUAGACCUGCCCGCCGAUCUCCAUCCCCUGAGUCGGAAGCCUCCUUCAGAUCCAGGAGGAGGUCUCUGGGAGAUCUCAGUGAUGAAGAGCUGCUGAUGCCUGUGGAUGACUACCUAACAAGAAGGAGAUCAGAGGAGGAGACGAUGAUGCUGGAAGAUGAGCUUGAGCUCGGCUUCUCAGCCUCUCCUCCUGGAAGUCCUAUUCGAGUUCAGCGACGAAUUACUGAACGUGAAGAGAGGAGACAGGAAGUCAUGCAUGAGGCUGCUGAAGUUACAGAGACCAAGAAGAAACGAACCAUUUCUCAGUACAUGAGAAGGAGAAGGUCUCUAUCUCCUACCUACAUUGAGCUGAUGCGUCCAGUCUCAGAGCUCAUCCGACCACCCCGAGCCAGAGCUGUGGAUACUCAGGGAGAGAUUGUCGAGAGAAGGUCACCAACUCCAGAGAGGACCCGUCCUCGUUCUCCCAGUCCUAUCAGAUCAGUUGAGAGGUCUUCACGCUCCUCGUCCAGAUUUGAGCGGUCCGCACGUUUUGACAUCAUGUCCCGUUAUGAAGCCAGGAAAGCUGCUCUUAAGUCUGAGAGGAAAUACCAGGUAGUCAGUCAAACACCUUUUAGCUUGGAUCAUGCUCCUCGUGUAACUGUCAGGAUGCGGUCUCAUCGCAUACCAAUUGGUCAGGAUACAAAAUUCACCCUAAACAUCCAGGCAAAACCAGAAGCUGAAGUAACAUGGUUCCACAAUGGUGCAGAAAUCUCUGAAAGGACGGAGAAAUACAUCUUCACAAACAUGAGUGGUGUUUUGUCCAUUACUAUUCUGGACUGCCAGGAAGAAGAUAGUGGCACAUACCGCUGCGUGUGCACAAACUCAAAGGGCGAAGCAUCAGACUACGCCAUCCUGGAAGUGUCAGGAGGCGGAUACACCACAUUUUCUUCCCGUCGCAAGGAUGAAGAAGCUCCUAAAGCAUUUGUGCCUGAAGUCACGCGUAUUGAUCACUAUCACUCCACUCACUUCAAAGCCGGCUACACUUCCCAAACCUACCUGGAAGUCGAAGAAAGCAAGUCAAAGCUAACUGAGACACGUAGUGUUGUAACGCAGGAAAGAAUCGGUGCCUCAUCUGAGAGAUUCUCUUCUACUGAGAGGUAUGACUCAUCUCUCAAGUAUGCCUCCACUGAAUACCUCUCCUCAAGUUCCUCAUAUUCCUCAGAGAAAUAUUCUUUAACUGGGAAGCAUGCAACAUCCGAAGAGAAACUAAAAUCAUCCUCUAUUGCUGCUGCUCCUGAACAAGUUUCAUUGCCCAAAGAGAAACCAUCUCUUCCUGCUAAAAUCCUCACCAAGCCACAAUCCGUGACAGUUGCAGAGGGAGAGACAGCCCGGUUCUCCUGUGACAUCGAUGGGGAGCCUGCAGCAACUGUGACAUGGAUACAUGAAAGCCAAACCAUUGUAUCAUCUCACCGUAUCCAUGUCUCCACAACUCAGUACAAGUCCAGCCUGCAGAUCUCAUCUGUGAACAGCUCUGAUGAGGGCAGUUAUACAGUGGUGGUAGAGAACUCAGCAGGUAGACAGGAGGCACAUUUUACUCUCACAAUCCGCAGGCCACCACCUAAGGAGGAAGUCAAAGCUGUCAAAUCCACUGAGCCACCUGUAAAAUCCCCUGAGCCCCCAACUAUAUCACCUGCUCCUUCCAUUACUUCGCCAGUUCCUAGUGUGAAGUCACCAGAACCCAGUGUGAAAACCCCUGAACCAUCAGUCACAUCUCCAACUCCAAGUGUAAAGUCUCCUGAACCAAGUGUAAAAUCUCCCACUCCUGGAAUCAAAUCCCCGGCUCCAAGUGUAAAGUCCCCUGAACCGCCUGUAACAUCUCCCACCCCUGGGGUUAAGUCACCAACACCAAGUAUAAAGUCCCCUGAUCCGGACGAAGCAAAAUCUCCAAAGGGCAUUAAAUCUCCAGAGCCAUCCACACCCUCUCCUGCACGAGGUUUAAAAUCUCCAACUCCUGGAGUAAAAUCUCCUGAACCGGAAGGAAUUAAAUCUCCACGUGGGAUCAAGUCUCCAGAACCCAGACUGAAGUCGCCUCCGCCAGUCAAAGCCCCUGGAGGUGUGAAGUCACCAGAACCUGAGGAAGCAAAAUCUCCCCGAGGCGUGAAAUCACCAGAGCCUGCAGGUAUCAAAACACCAAGGGGUCUGAAGUCCCCAGAACCUGCAGGGAUCAAAACACCAAAAGGCAUCAAGUCUCCAGAACCUUCGGGUAUCAAAUCUCCAAGGGGGUUGAAGUCUCCUGAGCCUGAGGGAGUCAAAUCACCUCCGAGGGUUAAAUCACCUCCCCCCAUUUUGUCUCCAAAGAGGGUUGUGUCUCCCCCGACUGUCAAAUCCCCAACCCCAAAACCUCCCAAAGUCCUCAGUCAGCUAACAGCUGAGGCCUGUGAGGGUUUGGUCCAGAUGUCCUGCAUCUGUGAGAGCAGUGUCAGGGAGGUGGCAUGGUACGUCAGUGGCAGGAGGCUUUCACAGAGCAGCCGCUUUCAGAUGCAAUACUCUGAGGGUUCCUGCAGACUCCUUAUCCAUGAGCUGUCAGAGAGUGACCAGGGAGAGUACACAUGUGAGAUUACCUCAGAUGGAGGAGUAUCCAAAUCCUCCUUCUCAUUUACUGGUCAGGUUUUCCAGUCCAUAUACAAAAAGGUGUCAGCUUAUCGUGAGCAGCAAAUUGCGCUUAAAGCAGGAUCAGUGAUGAUGAGUCACCAGGAGUCAUCCACAAAGGCCUCAUCUCUAAUGAUGAAGAAAGAAACCCACAUGGUAGAGGAGUCCUCUGCCUUUUCCUCCUCUGCCCAUCAGGCGAUGAUGUCGUCCAUGAUGGAGUCCAGCUCCUUCAGCAGCAUGGCAGCGGAAAUGAAGUUCGAGACCAUGUCAAUGUCCAGCAUGUCCUCCAUGACAUCGGAGACGUAUGCCAAGAGCUCCAGCAGCUUGACAGAAAUGAUGUCACAUAUGGAGGGAUCCUCAAUCAGAGCAAUUGGUUCUGCUCCUCGGAUCGAAGCUCUGCCAGAAGACAUCAGCAUAGAGCCAGGCAAAGUCCUGACGGUCGCCUGCGCCUUCUCUGGCGACGCCAAACGCAUAGAGUGGUCACGCAGCGGUAAAACAAUCGACGUGUCCACAGGUGGACGAUUCCACAUUGAGACCACGGAGGACCUGACCACCCUCAUCAUCACUGGGGUGAAGCCGGAGGAUGCCGGAGCCUACACCCUUAGGCUGUCCAACGAGCUCGGGUCGGACUCCGCAACCGUUCACAUCAGCAUUCGAUCGUAAAAGAAAAACCAAAACAACCUGAUAUUUCAAAACUUCCCCUUUUCCCUUCUUCCUUGACUUUUUAUUUAUUGAUGAAACACAGUAGUCUUCUUGAUAAGGAUCUGAAAUAUUCUUGUAAAUAGGAACUAUUUUUGUACCAAACCUGACGUUAAUUUAUGCCAAACUAGACUAAAGUCUAAAGUUGUAAAAUGUGCCAUAUUGGAUAACUCUGACUUCAUUUUUCUGUGACAUGUACAUAAUGUAUAUAGCCGAGUUUACCGGUUAUGGGAAAUGUAUGCAUUGUUAUUUAUGACAAUAAUAUUAACUGAAACUAAAAGGAACUAAAUAUAGUUUAACAGGAGAAAGUUUCAGCUGGAACGAAUACCCUGUUAAACUGGGAAACUAAACUCUGUGCCUCAACGAUAAGUUGAAGUCUAAGUUUGCCUCAACAGGUAGAGAGGCUCCCUGUUGAUGUUAUGAACCAGAGACAAAACUAUCAGCGCGCCACCGCUAAGAGGGCGGUGCUUUAAUGAUGUAACAGGAGCAUGAGAUCCUGAGUGCUGUUUGCAUCUACCCUCAUGUAAGCAGGACGACUGGACCUCGCGCUCCGACGGAUUAUGUCAUAUCGCCACUUCUAUGACAAGCUCACAGUGCGAGCGGCCUGCACUCCCUGAGCUCAAAGCAUUUCAUUUGUUUGUUUUGUGCUCUGCUUCUGGAAAACGACUUCCAGCUCAGACUCUGACGUCGUUCCAUCAACCUGGCCAAUCACACGAGUCCUGCUGGUGCUUGUUUUCAGAGGCAGAGCUGCCUCUCGGAGGUCUGCAGCGUGCUUUGUGUGUUAGUUUGUAGAGAUUCAGCCAACAGUUGUACAGCGUGGCACCAAGAACACGAGCAUCUGUGUCCAUCGACGCCUGCGGCACAGCGCCAUGAUGAAACAAAAGGUGUUCGUCGGGUGUCACCCUGACCCUUGUUGGAUUGAAGUUAGCUAUAGCUUUGAGUAUUUUCGCAGCCUCCUUGAGUUUUUUUCUGCAAUUCUUGAUUUAAUAAAGCAUGAUCAUCAGCACUA